CCGCGGCUCGGCACGGCAAUGUAAUAGUAGUGGACUGGCAACCGGCGACGGCAGCAGCAGCAGCAGCAGCAGCAACGACGGCGCAGUAUCAGUAGCACCAGCAGUUGGCCACGACGCGUGUUAUCCGCGCGCGCCACCAGACACCGAUGCGAUAAUCCCGAGAUAUUAGUUUUUUACUCGUCUAAGAUUUUCGAUUUGAAAAUACCGCGUUUCCGCCGGUGUAAUAGUUUUUCGGUUUGUUUUUGUUUUUUUUUUUUUUUUUUUUAUAUUGCACUACCCAUUUCUUUUUCGAUUUCGUUUUUCUUCUUUUUUUUUUUAUUUUUCUCGUAACUUCGGCGCGUGUGCGUAAAAUUCGACGCGAUGCAAUUUUUGACGGGUACGUCGCAGACUAGUGCCGGCGGCGGCGGUAUGUUCGGCGGCGCCGAUGGCGCGGAGCUGUACGCGGCCACGGCGUCGGCGCCUGACCAUUACUUUUGCCAGCGAAUGUUGUACGCGAUGCAGUUCGAUUCGGUGGCCGCGGCCGGCGCCGGUAUGUGUUCGUCGUUGUUAGCGUCGUCGUCGUCGUUGUCGCCGUCGUCGCCGCCGCCGUCGUCGUCGUCUUCGUCGCCGUCGUCGACGUCGUCGUCGCCGUUAUCGUCGUCGUCGUUGUCGUCACCGUUGUCGCUGGCGUUGCCGGCGUCGAUCGGCGGCCGUUUUUUCACGACAACCGCCGCCGCGUUAGCCGCCGGUGACGUGAAAAUGAUGGACGCGUGCCCGGCGUCACCGGCGAACGAUCUCCUUCUUCACCAUCAUCACCAUCAUCACCAGCAGCAGCAACAGCAGCAACAGCAACAGCAACAGCACACGGCCGAGAACCGGAAACGUCCGUUACAAGACACGCUGCAGGACGGCGCGAACGUCAAGAGAACGCACAGCUCGACCGCCGCAGGUAAGAUACUAAACAAAUACAUCACGCGGUCCCCGAAUCGAUACGGAAAAUCGAAAUUAUCGUUAACAUUUUAGUGGGGGGGGGGGGAAUGGGUUUUUUUUUUAAAUUUCAUAAGCAGGGAAAUCCAAACGGUCUACAAGCAUUUGUUUGUUUUUUUUUUCUGAUAAUCCGUGGGCCGGGUAUCUCCUGCACGCAGGUAAACACCGCGUUUAAACGUUGACCAAUUGAUUUAACGAAUCAACAUUAAUUACUUCACACUAACAUAAUCAAUAACUUCUCGGUAGUUUAUCGACGGUAAUAAAUUCAAACCGCAAACAACAACAACAACAAUAAUAAUAAUAUUAAUAUAUUUAGCCAGACACCUAUAUAGUGUUUAACGACGUCGGGGUGAGUGGGGGGGAGUGGGGGGCGAUAUUUCGUUUGAAGUCAAAGGCGACUAGUACCGCCUGGCGUGUGUAUAGUUACUACGCUACACAAUAGUGCGAUAUUCGAACGAUAUCGACGGCGGACCGUAAAUAUGUACAAUAAUAUCGGUGUAACCGACGAAAUCUCGUCCGGCAACCGCAUCGCAUCGUAAUAAACACGGCGCGUUAUUUAUUCGAUGAGAACGCGUUCAGAAAAAAAAAAACGGAAUAUAUUACAAUAACCGCGCGAUUUCGCCGUCGGCACAGUGUCGGUUACGCAUCGAGUUGUACGCGGGUAAUUAAUUCUGAUUGGACGGAUGUUAUCCGAAUCGCGUUGACGCAUCCGAACCGGCCCAAUAAUACGGCGUUUUCGUAUUAUCAACGAUACUGUGCGUAUUAUUAUCCGUAGAAGACUUUGGACAGCGUUAUAUCUCGGUCGCCGCAACGGCGGUCGGCAAACGAGAAAAAACUGCGGUUACAGUGCGCGGGGGGCGUACACAAAUAUCGUCAUACCCGUACCUCGGAACACGCGCAGUUUUUACGAAUUUAUCGCGCGCGUUCAAUAAUGGCAAUAACGAUAAUAUAAAAAAAAAAAUAGUGCCGAACAUCGACGUUAAUUAUCAUGUUGUAUAGGCACGUGCGUAAGGCGCAAAGUCGCGUUGCGCCCAGCAGCAGGAUUGAUUUAAAGAAAUUAACAACUACCCCGCGGGGCAGUAUGAAAUAGUUUAAAUCGUUUUGAGAAAAUAAUAUAAAAAAAAAAAAAAAAACUCCCGGCAGGUAAAUCUGUUUUUUUUUUUAAUUGAAGCACGCGAAUCCGCGUAUUUUAUCCAUGGUUUUUUUUUUUCUUCAUUUUUUUGAAUUUAAAUUAAAUUAUUCCACGAUACGUAACCGCCUACAUAGCAUAACAUCGUGUGCCUAUAACGAUCAAUGUUCAUUUGGAGAAUAAUUAAUUUAUAUUAUUAUUAUUUGUUUUGUGUUUACAUUAUUUUUAAUAAUUCCCUGUCACUAUAUUAUUAUUAUUAUUACCGUAUACAGCGUGUGUCGCGGGAAUUUCUACCCGUUGCGAUAUCUCGAAAAGCAUUCAUUUUUUUUUUUUUUGUCCAAGUGUUUGGGAAAAAAAACGGUUCUUUUUACGUUACAUUAUCGUUAUUAUUUGUCUCUUACUUCUUUGGGGUGGAGGGAGGAGUGGUGAAAUCUCGAGCGAGACGACUUCCUACUUUUGAUUUUCAAAAGGCAACUGCACGUAUUGAAAAUUCGAUAAAUAGACGGGGAACAUUAUAUUAAAUACAUUUUGGCAUUAAAAAAGUUUGGUUUCCGUCAAUCCGUUGACGAGACAUUCCACAUUCCAAGUUCGAAGGAGGGGGAGAGUAGUGAACCAGAAUAUUCGAACGCCACGUGCCGCCGUGCCGACACAAAUGAUGCUCCAUUAUCUCCAAAGUGGAACAUCUCGUCAACGGCUUGACGGAAAUAAUAAAAAAAAAAAAAUGUCAACAUCGAAAUGUAUUCAAACUAAUAGGGUCUUCAUCCAUUAGUAAUAGCUAGGUUCCCAUUUAAAAAUCAAAAGUAAGUGUAGUCGUUUUACUCUCAAAAAUAAGGGCGAAAAAAAAUAAGGGUAAUGUAACAUUUUAGAACUGCGAAAAAGUCAAUAAUUUCCGAUACAUCGCAAUGGGUACACUCCGAGAUAAAAUCUUCAUGGGACAUUCCAUCGGCGCAACAAGGGGUGUGCUAGGGUUUUUUUAGUACCCCCGCGUUUGAAAUUAGUACCCUCCCCUAAAAAAAAAAAAACACAAUAAGGUUUUUCAUAGUAACGACUAAAUAUUUUAUCCAUGUAUAUUUUAUCACUAAUGAGCAAAACAAAAUGCAGAUUUCUUACAGACGUAUGAAAAACAAUAUCAUACAAAAUUAUAAAUAAAUCGUGUAGUUGCCUAUUGUUAAGUGAAUUUUGGGGGCAUAACCCCCGUGGUGGGUCUUUGGUAUGUCCAUAAUUUUAACACCCCGAAAGUCGGUGGUUUUAGUGUUGAGCUUAAUAGGGCAUUAUGCAGUUUAUAGGACCCGUGCGUAUUGAACUGAAUUUAGUUGAGAUUUUAAUGGAAAUUACAAUAAAACAAAUAUAUGCUUAUUUGUAUAAGGGGCCGUUUCAGUAGCGUAUGACAAAAAUAUGUUUUUUUUAAAACAAGCGAAAAGGCCUUUAAAAAUCGUUUUUUACGUAAAAUACUGAUAAUAUUGUACAAUAGGUGAUUCAUAGACGUUAAAAUUGUACGGCAACCGAAAAUCGUGGUUAUUUGUAACCAUUUAUUAAUAUGAUUUGUAUAUUUUACGGUAAAAAAUGAUUUUUUUUUUCUAUUUUAGUACAUCCGAUAGUGAGUUCGGAAUGGUGUGAUUCAAAAUUUAUCGACGUCGAUAAAAGUUUUUGUCCGUUAUUUUUGGUUCAUCGAUAAGCGGUAAAUUUGACGAUAAUAACACGACGAAGAAAACUGAGAAAUUAUUAGUUUUGUCGAAUUUAAGGUUAAAUUAUCGUUGAAUGACAUGACCGAAUAAUUAAAAUUUCCGAGUUUGAAGGGGUGUCACACUCCCCAUGCACCUCCCCACCUAUUAUCAUCUCCGAAUGUGUUGAAUAUGUAUAGCGAAUUUUAAAACGCUGACGAGGUUGCUUUUAAAAUGUUGUCAUUUUGAAAACAAUCGUGUAUAAAAGACGUUCUUUCUUUAUUAAUUUUUUUUUUUUUUUAUUUUUAAAACCGAUUUUCAAGGAAUUUUCUUUGUAUUUUACACGGACACGUUUUUGCUCAUUAGGAAGACAACGGCGACGACAAAUGGCCACUGUGACGACCUCUUAACGGCCGGCAAACAUGAACUUGUAUGCGAUAAGAUAAUUACGUUAUAUAGUUAUUGAUAAGUUAAUAGAUAUCAUGUUGAAAUUGUAUUUAUAAUUAACUAUUAUUAUAAUAUAAUACGAUAUGCAUGAAAAAAAAAAAAAAAUUAAAUAAAAAAAAAAAAAAAAAAAAAGAAUAAGUCUAGUUAACCGGACACUCUUUAGUUUUCAUAUUUUUUUUUUCCAAAUACGCGUUUCGAACCAAAAAAAAAAAUGAUUUUUAAAACAAAAAUAACCGAUUUUUUUUUUCUACCAUCAAGAACCCCGACCAUGCCUACGGCGUGUAAACAUUAGGACAACUAGAGCGCCCGGGUUUCGAGCCCAUCGAUUUCCGAGUUUACCCGGUUCGUCGUUGAAGGUUGUUCACCGAAACGGAAUAAUUUUUACAGUUUUAAAACGACACGGCGUAGACGCUGGUAACGCCGGGCGUUAUAAUACAUAUUGAACGAUAUCGAAUUAUAAUAUUACUACGGGAUACCGUCUACGCUCGACGACAAUGCAUUUAACGUCAUUAAAACUGCCCGUAAAUGAUAAUAUUAUGUAAAACCGUCCGGUUUGUCCGCGACGAUAUUAUUAUAUAAUGCAAUUAUUUCCGCGAGCAGUCGUCGGUUAUCGUGAAAGUCGCCGAAUCGACGCGCUACAGGACUCGCCGGGCACGGGGGGGAAAAAAAAGGGGAAAAACAAAGAAAAGAAAAGAAAACCGUCGAACAAAAGGGCAAAAAAAAAAAGACGACGUUCUCCCCGUACGUUUUUAAUUUUCGCGUGUUAGAUUUUACAGGAUUAUUCACACGCGGGUGUGACCGGCUAUCGUUCAUUUACUUUUAUUUAUUUUUUUUCGACACGAAUCGCCGUCGUUUGUCCAAGAGAAUUUUGCUGUAUAUCUCAAGUUUUUUUCUCCUUUUUGCGUUUACGAAAUAGUAACUCUUUUACGUGUUCCCCGGAGAAUAAUAUAUUAUAAUAAUACCUAUAAAGUUUUGACAAUAUUGAAAUAAGCGACCCGUGCAUACUGUACACAGAUUCAGACAAAUGAUAUUUCCCUUCUCCCCCCGCCACCCCAAUCCGCUUAUUCCGAUUAAUAUACUAUCGCACUUGCAUAUUAAUCUUGUUUCCGACAAAUAGUUAAUAAUAGUUUCCUUUUCGGCGGCACGAGGAAAAUAUUACGCGGCACACGAGACUUAUUAUAAUAUCUAUUUUUAAACAAAUAUUUUCUACUCGGAUUAUUAUGCUAUAAACGUUGUGUGAUUUUGUUAUCGUCAAUAAAAUAUAAUAUUAUCAUUAGUUUGAUGGUAUUAUUGGGGUUAUAAUAUUAAAAUGAGGGAAAAAAUUGUAUUCGAAUGUUCAGAAAAAUUAUUUGCUACUGUAAGUUUACGGAUUUUUUGUAGUUAUAUACUUAAAUACUUAAUAAAGAAAAUCGAUUAUAAAAAGGGUCGAAAAAACCGAGAAAAAAAAAAACUUAAAAACAGCAAUAGAUAGCUUAACACGUACCUAUUUGUUUUUAAUAAAGAGAUAUUUUAGACGCAAAGCUCGUAAGAAGUCAGGUACGUAAUUAAUUAAAAAAUACUUUUUUUUAAUGUUUAACGUAAAAAAAAAAAAAACAUAGUAACUAGGUAUAUUUUCAACUAGAAUUUCCCGGAAAUCGUUACAAAAUGUAAUAAGAAAUAAACAAUAAAUAAAGUAGGGUUCUAUAUUUUGUAUUGUAAUUUUGUAAAAAAAAAAAAUGCACACAAUCGGACAGCCGACGGCUCUAUAAUAUGGUUAAUCCGAAGCACCGGCACCAGUCGUACGUACACCGAGAAAGCGAAUUUGAUUGAUUAAUAAUUCGUCAUGAAAUAUUCAUGGGUCGGUUGAAUAUUUGCCCUCUUAGCAUAUGGCUGCCGACUUCAUAGCUCUUAUUGUCCACGCGACUCCAUAACGCAGUCGUGUGUCUAUAGUCGUUGUUUUGUACAGUAGGUACGUCUACGGGCACACAUAUACAAAUCAAUAGAAAACAAAUUUACUUAUAGACUACACGAUAUAUAGAGUAUAGCCAGGUAUCGGGAUAGGCAAUUAUAUAUAUAUAUAUACAUGAUAUCAAUAAUUUAUUAGUUGUUAGUUUAUUACUGCACCAUCGAUCGCACUGUCUACAAACACAGUCCCCUACUGGGUUAGUUUUUCGUAAAAAAAAAAAAAAAAAGUAAUUUUUAAUAAGCGCACGCGGUAGCUGUGUAGCCGCAUCGGAGCGCGGUCCCACCGAUCACUGCCCAUUUCGCAUGCCGCCUGCUUACGGGUUUAGUCGCCGAAGACCCCCGAACGACCACGCGGAUAGGCGAGCCCGUAGUCCCGAUCUCUCGACGGAUACGACCCCGGCGGCGAAGUCCCGACACUCGCCCGCCUAACGAGAGUUCGUACACGUUGGGACAAAUCCACGGCACUGCUAAUGUCCAGCGGCCACGAACGGGCCUGUACCGUUUGAAAAGACCGCGGGGUGAAUCAGUCCCUUCGGCCCCUCUGGGGGACCUCCGAGGAUCGACCGAGAAAUAAACCCUAGCCGUUCCCCCUGCCCCGGGGCAAUCCUGGCUCGAUUGAAAAUCCAACUGUCGUGUUUGUAUCUUUCGAAUUAUAUCAGUAAACAGUAUCGGUAGAAUAAUAAUAUACCCGCAGAGUGUGUGUGUAAUAAAUAAUAAUACAAAUCAAUGGAAUAUAACAAUAAAAGAAAAACCAACAAUAGCAAUGAAACUGUCUAUUGAACCGUGGUCCGGGUCUCACGUUGCACUUAGCUAGAACAUUAUGAUAUCAUUAAAUUUGAGACUGUACUAUCGUAUAACUGGGUGUGUGUACGAAUGUACAAUAAACAAUUUUCUAAAAACGAUAAAUAUUGUCAUUUCUUUAAUUGAGUCGAUAUAAGUAGGUACCGUCAUUAUUGAUUUUGAAAAUCGGCAUAUUAUAAUAUUAUUGAACAAUUAAUGAAUAUUGCACUCAUAAAAUUAUGAGUAUACACAAAAUUAUAUUCUCCGAAUCGAGAUAAAAAUUCAAUCUCAUUCUAAGCAUUAUUUUUUUAGUGUUUUUACAUUUAAUUUUUAUCGCUACAUAAUAUAAUAUUAUCAUCGGUUAUUGUCUUUUCAGCCACUUAAAUUAGUGACUCCAAACUCUACAAAAUGUUUCGAUAAUUUUACCAUGUCCAUAAAAGGCUAAUAUAAGUAUUUUAAGAAAAUUUUAGACGAAAUUCAACGGUUAUUUUCAAUUAAAUUACAGGAAGAAAGCGUAAAUAACAGAAACAGAUAUUUCGUAAAUUUUCCCGGUUUUUCUCGGUUUUCCCAAUCAUUCAGAAAACUAUAAGGAAAAUCAAAAAGUAACUCGCUCAAUUCUCCGACUAGGCAAAGUUUUCUAUCAAAAGCUAUAUCAUUCGUGUUGAUGAUUGGAGUAAGAUCUUUGGAAGAAAAGUUAUUUACAAACAGAAAACGAAAGAAAACGAAUUAUUAAGAUAAAAUGUGUAAAAUAAAGGUAACUAUUGAUUUUUUUUAAUGAGGGUCUUAUAAUUUAUAUCACUCAGAUAAUAUUUGACAAGGUACAAUAUUAUAAUGAUUUAUAUUUGUUCCAAUGCAUAUUUUAUAUAUUAUUACACCUUACACCAGUGUAAAAUCUUUUUUAGAUUAAAAUCCAUUAUGCAAGUUUAAAUUCAAAAUUAAUAAAUUAAGUUUCUACCUACUUAAAAUUAUGUUUUCUAAUUUCUAAAUAACCUCUUAAAAAUUAUAUUAAAUUCCAGAAAUAUCGGAGUAGUUUAAAGUUUGUAUUUUAUUGAUAAUUAGAUAGAUCCCGUUGUGUAUACUUUAGGCCAACGAAAUAAUAUUAUGGUUAAAGGUUUUCUACCUGCUUUUAAUUCCAAAACUAUCAAUUAUCAUCUCAAAGUUCAGAUAACCUUUGAAUUAUAGUGUAAUAUAAGACAAUUAAUUUAACAUAAUUUGUGUUGUAAUAUAAUAAUAUAAGUGCACUAAUAUUGAGUCAAAUAAUUGCUAUCUAUGUUAUUUUGUUAUUUUGAGUAGGUACCUAAAUAAUAUGGUUUUCGUUACAAUAAUCUAUUAAAUUUAAUAAACAAGUAUUUGAAAAAUAGUCACAGCCUGGCAAUCGAUUCUCCCCCAGCCGCUAUCUAAUUUGUGUAACAUUUCUAUCCUAAUUUUUUUAUACAUAUAAUGACAAUUAGUUUUUUUAUUCUGUCAAAUAUAAUAAAUUAUUUCUUCCUCAAUCUUUCUCGAUUAUCAGCUACAUUCCGGACAGCCUGAAUGACCGAAGUCUGCCAAGACUUCCAAAAGAAGUCGCGGUCUUCCAAGUGGUCUUUCUCCUCUAUGGGUUUUCGAGUAUCACUUAUUUGACCAUUGAUUCGUGUUAGAAUGGACAGGUCAUGAGAUACCUGACCUGCCCAUUCUAGCUUCAUUCUCGUUAUCCCGUUCAAUGAAUAUAUAUUUAUUUUUUAUAUAUAUAUGUAAAUCACGUGCACGACGAGUUUAGGUGCGAUACACUCUGUAACUGCUAAAUCGAUUUCGAUAAAAAUGCUCAACAUGUGUGAUUUGGUCCAACUUAAAAUAUAUGAUAGUUUAACGUUCCAUUCCCAAUCUCGUGAAUUAUAUAGGGGUUUUUUUUUUAAGUUUUUUUGAUACGAAUAUCUAAUUGUUCGUGUAAAUUUAUUUAUUUACUAGUUUUCCAGCGCCCGGCGUUGCCCGUGCCUAUAUGUAUUAUUAUUAUUUUACCCGUAUUAAUUUUUGGUUUUGACCGCGAUGUCAGAAUCGAAUGAAAACAAAUAGGUGAAAAGUUGGUAGUCCACCUUUGGCGGACUAAAUGUGUUCUAUUGUGACAUUUUAAUAAUACAAAUAAUAAUAAUUACAAUAGUUUUGUUUUCCGUGGCAACCCUUGAAUAAACAAAAAAUAAAUAAAUAGAAAAUUAGAUGUGCGUACCAAAUACACCUAUGAUAAAACCCCUAUGAUUUUUUUCGUGAAUCUUACCGAUAUUUUAAUGGUUAUUCUGCUAUUCGGGGCGGAGACGAAUCCAAUAAAUCAGUGAUCAUCAAAAUCGGUCUAGCUGUUCUUGAUUUAUAAAUGGUGUAACCAACCCGGCUUUGUUCUAUUUAUAUAGAUUUUUGCUUAUUCGUGGGUUACCUUGGUGAUACAGAUGAUAAUUUGGUUGUCACGGACAAUAAAACUACUAUUAUUAUUAUUAUUAUUAUUUGCACUAUGUUAUCUAGCAAUAGCAAAGCAUUGUCAGGUCAGCAAGUAUUUUUAUACUAUGAAAAAUAGUAUAUACAUAAUUUAAUAAAAUAAUAUAAAAUAAAAAAAAAAACCGAACGACUGUUCUCAAUGUUAACGUCCAACUCUAAAUGAAUUGAAUUAUUAUAAAGUGUUUUGUUCUAUUGCAUAACAGUAAACAGGUAGAUCGCUAACUUAGUUGUUUUAUUCUCUUGAUCCGUUUUGUACUCGUGUACAGUUAGAAACUCGGGUUUGCAGCUUUUUCUUUGAUCUUAUUUAUUUUAGUUUUAAAAAACAUAGUGUAUUUGACUAUAUACUGCGUGCACAGUUCGGUCAAUCGUAAGUUCUUGAGAACGUUAUGUAUGUAUGUCUGUAUAUGUGAAUGUGUGUGUGUGUGUGUGUGUGUGUGUGUGUGUGUGUAUGUGUAUAUUAUGGCCAUCAUAAGAUUUAAAGUAAUAAAACCGUGUUCCGUGAUCAAUACCACAAUACCAUUUGACUAAAACAACAACAUUAACGUCUACUUAAAAUCGCGAUAAUGUGAUUAUAAGUUUUGGGCAAAUCUAUCGGUUUUGUCCGAUCGUUAUGUCGGCGUUUUUUUUAAAUUGGAAUUUUGAAAACAAAAAUUUUAUUGUCAGCAUACUAUGUUUUUUUUUCUAUUAGAACGUAUCGUUUUUUUUAAUACAGCGCCGAAACAUUACGUUUAACUACCGAAAUUGUAUAAUAAAUAUUUAAGUGUUUAAAGUAUCUGGUUUACAAUAUUUUCAUAGAUAUUUUCAAUCAUAUAUAUUUUAUUAUAUUCGAUAAAUAUUUAAUAUUUCGUAGUUUUGUCGGGGGACGCAGUUCGUAGUUUUUGUUCUAUAUUUUCUAGCGUUGUUGUUUCGAACACUGAUUUUUAAGGCCGAACCGAACUUUUAAAAUAUUCAAUCGAACUGUUUUAUCGUAUUUUUUUUAAUUCGAAAAUCGUAUAGUUCGUAAAACCGCAAAUAUUUUCCUUGGAUCUGUUUUAGAUUUGGUAUGUAUUAGUAUUUAUUUGUUUUUUUUAUCGGUCGCGUGAACAUAAUGAACGUAUAGAUUAUUGUACCUAAUACACUAUUUUAAUAUAACCAACCACUCAAUAUAAUAUUAUCAUUUUGUUUACUAUAUUUAAUAUUUAUUAAUAGAGCGGUCUUGUAAAGAUUAAAGGUCACGUUUUAUUCUGCCCACCAAUACCAAUAAUAUUGCUGUAUAUUGUAAUAAUAUGUCGUUUAUGUUUUCAAAAACACAGACAAAACAAAACAAUAUUACAAUAAUGUUACGUUAUUCAAAACUACUGUACGGCAUUCGCCGCAAUUAACAUUCAAUAGUUCAAAAUACGAACUACAUAUUGGAAUUGUCCUAUGAUUAAACCGCAUUUUAGUUUCAAAAAUAUGUAAGUUUAAAUGACAUGCUAAAUAUAACCUAGUUAUAAUAAUAAUAUUGUAUUGAACCAGAAAACGUUGCGAAAAAAAAAUAAAAAGACAUCCAAAUAAAAGUAGAAUAUUAACGUGACGAUUUAUUACAAAUCCUGAUGAAUUACACGUAGGCAGUAGGAAUAUAAUAAUAAUAAUAAUAAAAAAAAAAGGACAAGGAUCGAUAACGUUAAUAUUUUUAGCGUAACUACCUGCGUAUGUGACUACGGUCUAUUAUUCGAUAUCAAUGUUAUCGAAUAGCAUGGGGCGGAGGGUUUAACUCUCCAUUCCCCUCCUCCCCCCUUCCGCUUGCGCAGAACAGAAAAACAAAAAAAAAAAAAAAAAUAAUCGAGGGUGUCGAUUGAAAACCCAACGCGGACGAAAGAAGAAGACAACGUUAAAACCGCCGAAAUAUUAAAACAAUGUUCGUACACUCGGACGCGACAUUGCGGCGGCGGCGACGGCGGCGACUGUUAUCAUAAAAACGUAAAAGCACAAAACGUUCGAUCAUAACCGCGCCGAUACACCGCGACCGCAGCCGUCGCCGGGUACGCCCGGUGCGUACUGUAACCGGCCGACGGAGCUCCGAUUUCACUACGGUUUUCACGUGUUUAUAGCGGGGGCCGUCAGCGCCACGGUAUUCGCCUCCCCGUGCGCCAAAUUUUCGGUUUUGAGGUUAUUGUCGUUUUUGCCGGAACGCGCGAGGCGGCCGAACUCCUCCGCCGGGGACAGGUACCGCGCGGAUAACUCGGCGCGGUCACCGGUCCAGUAUACGCGCGCGUUUUUUUUUUUUUUCUACAGUAAACGGCGCGGUUCUUUUAUAUGUUCCUAUAAUAUUAUUUUACUUUCGGGGCGAACGUUCAAUCGUCCGUUGUAAUGGAUUCACGAUAUGUGGGCAAGUGAUAUGCACGGCGUUAUUAACGCGCCGUUACAAAUUUAUUGCAAUUUCAAUUAUUCAAUUUCGACUAGUGUCCACAAGUAAUUCGAUGCGUUUUAUUUUUCGUCCCGGGGAUUUUUUUUUUAGAAGUUUUUGUUUUCUUUCUCUCUGUGAACAGCCGACUACAAUAUUUUCGUCUCCGUUAUCGGCAAUUCGAUUUUUUCGUCUGGAAAUUUCGCCCCGAUAGGUAUACCGCAGAAAUAUAAAUCGUUUAAAAUUAAAAAAUAUUCUAUAGCCGCGAAUACGAUGUGUUAUUCGGUAAUGUUAAACACUAAAUUCGGUAAAAUUCGGUAACUACAAAAUUAAUUUGUCAUACCUAUAUUAUUUUCUUUCAAUCGUAUAAAAGUAAAAUAUAGUGAACCCUCUUCGCUCCUAGAAAAAAAUCGUAUCCACGCCGUUACUGAAAAAGUAUAAUAUUCUAUAUUUAUUAUAUUAUAUUAUAAAUUAUCGGGAUCAAACAUGUCGGGAAAGAUUAAUUUUCCUAUAUAAUAUAGUGAAAUAUUUAAAAUUUAAAUAAAAUAUUUUUUAGUAAUUCGAAAAUAAUAAUAAUAUGUAAUCAGACAGGUAAAUGAUUUGUGUUGUUAGGUAACGUCAUAUUAAUAAAAUAUACGUGGCAGGUAUUAAAAUGUCCCAUACAGAAAAAAAUAAAUAUAUCACAAUAGUUAUGGAACUUUUAAUGUUCUAUUUGCGUAUCUUUUCGAUUUUCAAUUGACCGUUUUAAAAUAUUUGGUUUUUUUUUUUUCGACAUUGACUCUUGCUUCAAACCACAAACAGUAUAUUAUUAAAGUAUUCAUUGAAAAAAUGGACGUAUACAACGAUAAGAUUUAGUAUCAAAAACUUUAUUUGAAAUUUGUGUACUCAACAUAAAUACCAUUGUCAUUUUGAAACGAGUUUGAAAAUUAACCGACUUCGGAAUAGCGGGUAUAUAGGUACUUACUGUACGUAUUGUAUUCGUUUGAUUAAUAGUAAUAUAUUAUACGUAAAAGAGUCUUGAGAAUAAUGUUGUUUACAUUUUUUCAUAUAAAUUACUGUCGGCACAUUAAAUUACACGACAGGGGCCAUGGCAUUUAUUUUAUAACGAAAACAUUGCUGUUUUAUUUUUAAUUUUCGUUUAAGACAUAAAAAUAUCUAUUUGGAAAAUUGUACAAACAGUCGCGCAUUUCGUUAUGUAUAAUAUACGGAAAACAUAAUUAUAUACAGAGUGCGUAUAAAACUAUUACGACUUAGCACACUUUAGUAAACGGUACUGGCUGUACGGCUUUAUGUCACUCUUAAAGUGUAAGUUCCACUCCGGAAAAUCGAUAAAAUGUACUCGAACAAAUUAUACACUGCAAUAAUUGUGAGAAGUUUGUUUCUAAAGAUGAUUGAUCAAAGUGCCUACGCGCAAUAUAUUCUACGGCUAUGUAGAUUACAAUAUUUAAAGUUAAAAACUAGUGAUUUUUUUUUUUAAAUUUUAGUAUUCGUAUAAAUACACAGCGAUAUAAUUAAAAAUUCUACGCUGACGUUCUUCGCCAUGCAGAAGUGUUACAAAAAUGUAAAAAUGUCCGGAUCAAAAAAUCAGCUGGAUGCGAAUAAUCUCUGAAUAAUUUUGGGUUUUGUUGGACAUAUAUGUAGUUGAAGCGGAAUUUCCGUGGUUAAUUUGUGUUUAAUGGUAUAAGAAUACCCAUUAUAUGAUUCAUAAGUUCCAAAAUACAAAUGACGCAAAAUCGUAAAAUUUAAAAAGAAAAGUUGAAUUUUAAAAUUAAUUUUUGCGAAGUACAACUAUACAGCUAGUAUUUUACAAUUCGGCAAAACAGACUGACUGUAUAGAGAACAUUUUCAAUGCAAAGUAAUAAACCGUAAUAUUAUUCAUCAAUGUUGAGUGCUGAUACAGAAUCACAAUAGACAUAUUUUGUACACAACGUAAACAUAAAAUUGUACAAACUGUACAACUACUACAAAUCUUCAUAACAUUGGAUCUAAUCAAAAACAUAUAAAAUAAAACCAAUAUAAAUUAUAAAUAUCAUUGUAAACGUUUAAGUAAAUCCGUUCCUAUAGACUUGUGUUAGUUUUUGUUAUCUAGCUACACGUACAGUGUACAAACCCGAAUUUUUACCUCCGGACAUUUUUUCAUCGGACUUUUAUUUCCUCGGACAUUUUUACCUAGAACCUUGCAAAACGUAUAUUUAAUAAUAUGUUUUAGACACACCCAUUGAACAAAGUCAUCUUAUACAAGGAAUUAACGUUCGUAUACGUAUACGGACAUUGUCACCUUGAUAAAAUAUUAUAUAGGUACGGUAUUUUUGAAAAAUGUUAUAUGUACCUACCUACGGGUUUUAUAAGGUUUAUUAUAUUAUAUUUUAGAAUUAAAAAAAAAAAAUAAUAAUAAAAUGAUAACGCGCUUAUAAUAAGUAUAUUAUGUAUGUGCAUGUGUGUGUGUGUGUGUGUAAUGUAGAUUAUUGCAGGUAGACAUUUUUUAUAUUAUAUUGUUCCAGUUUGUUGUUAUGCAUAAAUUAUUUCGACUUACAAGGUAAAAACGUACUUACUCUACUAUAGUCGUAUUAUAUAAUAUAAUACAUUUCUAGACAAUUUUAAUAAGAUUACCACAUAAUAUAAUAAUAUUAUUAAUACCUAACCGUGAAACGUACGUCAUUUUAUUUUAAAAAUCGGCGUUCCUUGAAUUAUUUAAAAAUUAAAAAUAAAAACUAUAUGGAUGAGAUACGGUGAUAUUGAGUAUCCGACAUUUUAUCGUUAUACUGGUAUAGCACUUCAUUCGUCUCGCGGCGCAAGUCUGCUGCAUAAUAUUGUGUAUUAUUUCGAAAUAAUGAAAACAUGACAUAGGUAUAAAAUGAUCAAUCCUUGAUAAUACACUCGUUAUCUCGGAAAUGAUUAACUUUUAUAGGAAUUUUUUUUCGCAUAAUUUAAGAAAUAAGUAGUUCUAAAAUAUUUCAUUUCCGUUAUUUUUUGUCGCUCUUAGUUUUUAUUAUAAUUUUUUUUUUUUUUUGAGGGAGAGAUCUUAACUUACGAGUCAUUUUAAUUUUCAAAAAGCGAUUCAUAUUAAAAAUUCCACAAAUAAAUGAAACUAAGUUACAUUUAAAUUACGGUUUUAAGUUUUAAUAUACCCAAAACUGGGAUUUGAAGUGUAUAGAUUCUAAUGUGAUAUAAACUUCUCUUAAAAUUAAACAGUUUAUCGUUAGUCAAAUUGUAAAGGUUUACAUAUUAUGUUAUUUAACAAGUUUUGUGUGAUGUUUCUAGGUGUAAUUCUAGGUGGAAUAAUAAUAUCCACGUUAUUAGUAUGCAAUAUUAAUUGCAUUUGUACAAUUCGGAAUUCAUCAUUAAAUUAAAAACAAUUUUAGUAUAAUAACCGUAAAGGAAUAGUAAUUUGUUUUAAUUAUACAUAGGUACUAUUUAUUUUUAUUUUGUUAUCUACGAAAUAGGUACUUACAUGGAGCUUUUGGAGUUUGCUUUUUCUAUCCUAACAUGUAAUGGACUAAAAUUUUCUUAAAUAAUAAAAAACUUAAAAAGUGCUGUACAGACGGUAAUUUACUAUACGCGCAUUGAAUGCAGUAAUAAAUUGUUACAUUUGAAAAAGAGCUUAGUGUAUAUUAUAUUGUAUAAGUUAAUACAUAACAUUGAUUUUGCUAUAAACUGUAGGGUGAAUUUCAUGGUGGUAGUUUUGUUUGGAUAGGUAGUUUAUUUCCCGUUCGUUUAGCGAAACUUUUCAGGAAUAUUAUUGUAAUAUUUAAAAACGACCUUUUUUAAAUUAUCACGUGUUCAAUUGUUUAUCUUUAAAGUUACGGGAUAAACUUUUUGAGCUUUUUUAAAACCUUAAUAAAAAGUGUUUGUCGAAGAGAAAAAUGAAUACACCAUUCAAAACUAAAUUCUAUUCGGUCUGCUGAGAAUCUAAAUACAAAUUAUAGAUGUAAUAAUACAAAUAUGAUACGUUCCUUUUGUCGGAAUCCAAAAUGUUUUUGGCUAAUUAUUAUUAUUUUCAUUUGAUUAAAUUCCACAAGGCGGAGCGAGUUUAAUGAAUAAUAUAAAAUCGAUUGAGUUGAUUUAAAAAAACUAAUUGACAAGUAUAAACUCGUGUAUAUAUAUAUAUAUAUAUAUAUAUAUAUAUCAAUUAGCUAUAUUGUUUUAUUUAUUAAUUUAUACUAAGUUUAAUAAUUGUUUUGUGUUUUGUAAAAUCGUUGUUGUUAUAAUAGAAUGGAUUAAACUUACGGUUUGGCAUAAAUUAGAGACUUCUAGCUCUAAAAAUCAUACAAAUAUGCUUUGAAAAUCUAAUUAAUGGCCUGAUGUUAUAGCACUUAAAAGCUUCAUUCUGCUAAUAUAUGCUCUAAUGAGAAAAAAAAAACAUGAAAAUAUGCAAACAUAAGCACAAUUAAAUUUUGUAUUUAGAUUCGAUUUAACAUGAACAUGAUUUCUAUUUGACUCUGCUACUCUUUACACAAUCCAAAAAAAAAAAAAAAUAUGCAAAUACUAGAAGUCCUGCGUAUUCAUGCGUAGUCAUGAUUAAUGUUAUACACAGGAGGCUUAUCAAACUGGGAAUAUCAAAUUAUACCUAUUAUUUAAACUAAAAAUUCAACAUACAUUAUUGAAUAAAAAUGUACAUAUAUACUAUGCAUAUCUUAUGCGCAAUAUUAUCUAAACCUAUACUCAAAUAUUAGUGCAUAUUACAUAAAUUCUAUGUAUAGUUUUGUGUUAAAACAAAAUAAAUUAAAAUUAACUUAAUUUAAAUAAUAAGUCAGCUUGUAAUUUAUUAAAUUAUGAUAAACUAAGAGUUAAGUUACCUAAUACAAAAAUCGAAGGUUAAAAUUCAAAUUUAACUUGUUAAUUCGUUUAUGUCUAGCCUUGCAAUGCCGUACAAAUAUUCUGAGAUAUAUACGAAUUUUUUAUACAUAUUAAAACAAGUUUAAUAUUACACUUACAGACUUAAUUUCUAAUUAACGAUAUAAUUUUGAAAAAUAAUUUGUCCAUGUAUUUUUCAGCACAAUAGUAAUUAUUAUGAAACAAAAAACUAUAAUUAAUUUUUUCUUGUAUGAAUAAUUAAUUAUAAUUAUGAAGUCGCAUACGUAUUGUUUCUGAUGUUAUUUUUAGAAUAUAAUAUUUUUAUAUUGCAGUACUCACUAUAACAAUAACAAUCGUGAAUACCCAUGAGAGUUUCCUACGGAUUGUUUGCUUUAUUUUAUUGUAUAUAUUACCCAUAUAUCAUUUUUUUUUUAUUAUUUUUUUUUUUUUAUUGUCAUUAUUAUUUAUGUAUUAGAAAGGUGUGAUGAUGUUUGUACUACUGUAGUACUGUUGUGACUAUAUCAUUACGAAUGUUAUGUACCUAUAGGUACUAAUAAAUAUAUAAAUGCAUUAUUUUUCUAUGUAAAGAAGUUUGUUAAUUUGUUGAAUUCACUUAUACCGCAAGGUAAUCUAGUAUCGGUUUGUUUAGUAGUUCGCCAUUAGUGUUUAGUGUAGUUGGUAACAUGUUAAAUGUCGUAAUGAAAUAAAAUAUCGUUAUUCGACAAAUAGUGUAUACUUUAACAUACAAAGGUACAGAAAACCAAACCAUACUAUUGUAAAAAUUGUUUUUGAAUACAAUAUCAAGUUCAUGAAGCCGAUCGGUCGAUAUAUUAUACAAGUAUAGAAUUAAAACCAUUCAAGUAUUAUUAAAAUACGUUUUAAUAUUAAUUUCGUUUUUAAUCUUAUAACCGUUUAUAAUAUUCGUGUUUGAGUGAUAAUUAUUGUAAUAUUGGCGAUGUACUGUUAAUGGUUAAGCAUUUUUUUUUUUUUUUUAUUAUUGUUAUUUUCAUCUUAGGAUAAGAUAAUAUGUUGUAAUAGGCCUAAUUCAAUAAUAAACUAGUGUCCCAUGAAGUGAUAUUGUACAUUUGACCAGAGAAAGUAUCUAUGCAAAUCUAUAUAAUAUCUACGUAUAUAUAGAUAAUUGCAGUAAAAUUUAAAACACCUACGAAUGGCGAAUACCGUGUAUAACACUUUGUACCUGGUUUUUAAAACUGUCAAAUAAACUCGGGAGAUGGGUCACAGAGAGAAAAAAAAAUAGUAUUUCGAAAUGUUCGUUUAGUUACGUGAUUUAAAAUUAAUAUAAUAUAAAUGCUGUAAAUUACUUAUGCAAUGAUUAUGACAGAAUUUUUUUUUUUUCUUCUAAAGUAUAAUAUUGGUAGAUAAAAUUUUAAUAAACAUAUAGGUGUAUAUACAUUUUAAACCUUAAUUCGGAGACAUCACCACUUCAAAUUGAUAUUGUUAUAUUUAUUUAUGUGCCUAUAUUUGUGAAACGAAAUUAAAUUAAAUUAAUUAUGUUUAUUAUUGUUAUUAAUAAUAUUUUUAAUUAUAACACGCCCAGUGAAAUACUCGCUAGUGUAUUAAUAUAUAUAUAUAUAUAAGAGUUAAAAUAAUUACGUAAUACGACUUAGAUAUUUAAAUAGCUUUUUUAGAAUAGCCGCACACUGUUUUAUAUACCUACGUUUUGCCCGCAAUACUUUGUUACUUUUAGAUUCUCUACAUUAUUCGUAAUUUGCCCACGUAUUGCAUAUUGUAUAUAAAAAUAUUUUAACACAAUCGCAUUUUGUGACAGGUUAACACUAUAUUAUAUGAAUGGGUAAUUAAAUAUGAAUUUUUCGCUCCGUUUAUUUUUGUCCGUGUUAUUGCAUAUACCUGCCCGCAGUAUACGUAUCACAGUGUUAUAAUAUGUGGGUUUGAUUAAUACUUUUCAAAACGUCUGCACAAUUGUCACUUUUGUAAUAAGUAUAAAGGAACAUUAUACCUACUUACAAUUUAAAUUUGAAAAAAAUGUCUCUCAGAUAUUUUCACGUGUAUUAGAUAAUUUUUAUUUUUUUUUUUUUUUCAAAAAUAAAUCAUUGAAAAAGAUAGUAGGACGUGUACAAAAUGUUGCUCGUUUGAUGCGUUACGGUUUUGUCGUUCUUUUCGUUUAUUUUUAAGCUUAUAAUUAUUAACAUAAUACUUGACAAGCAUAUUUCAACAGACGAACAAUUGUAAGAGAUAGAAAGGGAGAGAGAGAGAGGGAGAAAGAGAAAUAUAUGUGGUGUACGAUGGCAGUUAAAUUACAACUAAAAAUAUUCAAAAAUGUUUUCAUCGAGUGUCAUUUACAUAUUGUUUGUCCAAGAGCGUGCAUACUAAUCCCAAGAGUUAACAUGCACUGUAAACGAAUCAUUCCGAAUCAUUGCAACAAAAAAUAAUAUUAUUGAUACCAGCGCACGAUUUUCUUGUGGAAUUGAAUGGGUUUAGUCGGGCGAUCCAAUUAUUAUUAAACUUGAGUGCUUAUUAGAGUGCAAGUUUAUUUUCAGUGCGCUUAUCGGAAUUUCAUAUCUAUACGAAAGUUUUUUAUUCGGUUAUGCUUUGAACUCGCGUCCGCACGUUUCGAUGACCGUGCGUUAAGACAAACCGAAAAAUAUGAUAAUAUUUUGAAUGACUGCGGUAGGUAACUGUCGUGUGACAACAAAUCGUAAUGCACUAAUUCAUUCGUGAGUGAAGGUCGAUAACAAAAGUUACACGAUUACGUUAUAGGUUGUAAAGACCAAUAAUUUCAUCUUCAUAUACUUACUGCCUACAGGUGUCAUAAUAAUUUAAAACAAGCGGUAAACACAAACACUUGGCUAUUUUACUUUGAGUCUCUAUUCCGCAAUAAUAAUAAUUAUUUUCUCCAACAAAUAAUAUCAAAUCACUAUUGUAUUUUACUUUUGACGAUACAAUUUUUAUUAUUAUUCUUCGUGAGUCAUAUGUGCAUGCUUUCGAAAAUCUGAAAAAUCAAUCAGUCAAUGGUGAAAACUUGAAUUUUUUUUGUACAAAUAUGUUCAGAUAUACAUUAUAGAUUGGAUAUAGGUAUUUAUAUAGGUCUUUCAGUCACCUCAAUUCAACCCGUGUAGUAUUUCGUAUAGAUAUUUUGACUUUAAGAGAACGCGUUCGAAACGCUAUUCUGAGUAUAGUUGAGUAUGUGAUGCAUUAAAAAACACCGAAGAUAUUGUUAAAUACGUGUGUUAAGUUAGUUUCUUGAAGGUCUGUUAAUACACAGUUUUUCAUUACUAAACUACAAAAAAUAAACGGCUACAAAAUUGUUAGUUUCCAAACACUUUGUUAAUAAUAAAAUAUAACAAAUACGUCAUUUUAAUAUUCUACUUAUAUGAAACCGAUUGUUUUCUCGCUCGAUUCCAAAUCUAACUGUGACGUGAAUUUCGUGCAUAUCUAAACCUUAACAUUUUUUCCAUAUUUAUUCCGAUGGAAUAUUUGUAUUUAUUUUAUUGCAAUGCGUUGCAGCGAAGGGAGAAUAAUAUUUACUUAUGAAAUGGCGUAAGUAUUUUUAUUGAAGUUCUUUUAUUAUUUUAUAAACAGUUUUGAAAUCUAAAUACCUUUGCGUAUUCGGUGAUGAUUUCCCAAAUAUGCAGUAAUAGUAGAGUAGAGGCAUACAAAUUGAAAAUUCUUAAUCGCUUGAAACAACGUAAUGAGCUAUUAUAAUAAUUUUCUGAAAUAUUAUAUGAUUGGUUAAUUUCUCGGAAACUCCAUUUUUUUCAGUCUAUGACUGUAAGAAUUGACGAGGGUGAACUGCAGUUAAAUGUAAGUUCACGUCCACCCUGAAAUUUUAUUCGGAUAUUUUUUCUAACGUCCGAUUUUAUCGUUGUUUAUUAUUUAUAUUUAUUAAAAAAUAAAAUAACUAGGAAAAUGAUUAUCUUAAACUGUCCACCAAAAAUGUAAUUCUGUCGGAAUACUUACAUUCGGGGACUAAUACAAAUAUAACUAAUAUAAGCGUGUUCCAUAUAUUACAAUGGUAAAUGUUUCGAACGUAAUUUAUUUACCUUAAACGUUUUUGGUUUAAAAUUUAAAAUUAAUAUUUGUGUUAGUGUAUUCGAAUAUUGGGCAUUUUUAAAUUACCGAACUGUCAAAAGCAUAUUUUAAUUUUGUGUGAAAUAUUCGUAAUAAUAUUAUAUUUUUGUUAACUAAAACAAAUUCGAGCAUAUGUGCAGCGAGUCGUAAAUUACAGAAAUAGAUUAUUAUUAAUGGUAUUAUUUUCUCUGAACUCUUUAUGUGUUGAAGUAAAUAUAAUUGUAUUUGUUCGCCUCUUGUGUACUUAAAACGAAAUUUACCCUUUAUGACGGAAAUGUUACAUAUUUUAUUUUUUGUUUGUUUUUAUGGGCGGAGCAAUUAACAUUUUAGCCUGACAACAUUUUAUUUACGUUUACCUCUAUGUAUUUCAAAAAUAAUAAAUACAAGAAAUAUGAGAUUAACAUAUUCUAAUUAAUAAUUUAUUAUGAUAUAAAAGUUUAACUCGCAUUCUAGUGGCAUUAAGUCCUUAAUUCAAUAAACGGUAAACUGACGUGACCUAAGCUAAAGUUUAUGAAAAUAUCAGUAUUUUGUUUAACGUUACUGUUGUUAUUAAUUAAACCCCACCUACACGAAUAGUUUUACACCAAUGUCAAUAUUUAAUAUAGGUAUAUUUCGUAUAAAAAUAAAUUGGUUUUUUUUCUCCAUAUUAUAUUCAUUUUCAAAUUACGGAUGUGAAUUUUGUUCUGAACUCUUCAGAAGUUUAAAGUACGUAUACAGCGAUAAAACUUAACUAAGUUUUACUUCUAAGAGCAAAAACACGGUUUUUAACAACUCUCAGAGUAAGUUUAUUCCGAUGUAUCUGCAGAGUUUACUUGAAUAAAAAAAAAAAAUGUUAAAAGGGUUUUGCGGUAAUUUAAACAUAUCGAUUGUUAUUGAAAAUGUUCUUCGGCUAUUUUAUUUUUAUUUUUAUUUUUACUUCAAUAUUCUUUGCUUUGGUUUUUUUUUUCCGUGUUCAAUACCCAGUGUCAAUAUCGACGGUGUAUUUUUCUACAUUUUCUGUUCUCUUUAAUCCAAUGGUCGUUCGGAACUACUAGAAUAAAAUGUCAGUACAUAUUAAUAGAAAAGAUCUUGUUAACAAAAAACACGGACGUGUACGUGAUUAGAAUUCAAAGAUAAUGAAAAGUACAUUCAUUGCGUUUGGAUGUUUCUUUAGUUUUGAAAAUUCUAAGUGAAGAAAGUUUUUUUUUUAUUUCGCGUUGAUUAAAUUUUUUCCCCGACAUUUUUAUUAUAUCACGUACAAUAUGGUUAGAUUAACUCUGAGUGUUUGAUUCGGUUUAUUAAAAAUAAAUAAAAUAAAUGCUUUCGGUAUAGGGUUUUUCGUAAAUAUUAAAUGUAGAUUAGUUAUUUUAUAUCGGAACUAGUUUGGUAUUAAAUAAUGAAAUAUAUAUAUAUAUAAAAAAAAGUAAAAAAAAAAAUAAUGAUUAUUUUUUAUAUUAUCCCUUUUUCCUGUCUAUAAUCUUUAUAAUACUUUAAUCAUUAUAAUUACUGUGUUAUUUUAACAUGCCUUAAUAAUUUUUUAAUUAGAUUUUCUUUCUUUUUAAAUUAUUAAAGGAAGAAAGGAAAAUAAACUAAGCGUCUAAGUUUAUUAUAAAAAUCCCAUUUUAUGAAAUAUAAUGUAGUUUUAGUUAGCAUAAAAUCGUUAUGUCUAAAUUAUUUCACACUAAUAUUUCAAUAUUUCUAUAUAAGUACACUAUUAUAUUAUUAUUAGAUGGACUUUGAGUAUGUUAAAUGUUUUCAAAUGUUUUAAAAAUACAUUUGAAAAAAAAAGUUAGUUGGUCUUAGCUUAAGUUACAAAGUUAUUUUGUUUAACCUUUCAAACUUAAUUAAUUAAUUAUUUUUAUUAUUGGCUAGUUAACUUCACUAGUAUACGUUUUUAUUGUACAAACUUAAAUUGUUACAGUUGUAUUUUUUUAUCGACGUCUAGUUAAAUUAACGAGUUGAAACCGAAUGAUUUUUUUUUUUCGAAAUUCAUAAUUCAAUUUUAAUUGACUGUUUUCAGUAUUUACGAUUUAUAAAUAGCAUUUUGCUGUGAUAGUCAUUGAAUCGAUUUAGUUUAUUUUCAUAUAAAUUAAAAAGUAUAUAAAUAUGUAUAAUAUCAUACAUGUAACGUUAUUUCGGAUACUUUUAAUGUUGAUUUUCUUUGUAAGCGAUAAAAAAAAAAAAAAAACUAUUCUAGUUAAGUUAAAGUAUUUUUUUUUGCAUUUUAACUUUUAAUGAAAGUCCUUUUUGUUUAUUUAAUUUAACAUAAUCGAUUUAAUUAUUUUUAUUAACUAGUCCACCUUUAACUAUUAUCGUCGGCAGUUAUACCGGCUGUGUAUGUAGGUGCUUGCUCAGCUACACGUAUAGUGGAAGACUCGCCUUUACCUUUUCGGUUUAACAACUGGGUCAUAUAGUACAAUUACGUUGCUUAGACCGUAUAUUUUGUGGCUUAUCGCGGUUGAAAUUAAACGUUAAACACGAAUAACCACGUUGAAGGAAGAUAAUAUUUCCGAGAAUUGUACGCGAGUAUUUAUUAAAAAAUUGUCAUACAAACGGAGUUUGGCAAUUAAAAAAAAAAAGAAAAAACCAACACGGCUAACUAAUUUUGUAUUCUUUCAAAAGGCCUUUUUACAGCCCUCGGUAAUUAUCUCCUAUUUAAAUACCGUUUGCGUUUAAACUCUAAUUUUCAACUCAAACGUCACGGUAUAUUCUGCGUUCCCGGUGUAUAACGUAAUUUCACUACACACGCAUCGUAAGCCGUUAGUCGGACCGGGACAACAAACGCGGGUGCGAACGCAUGGUAUACAGUGUCCUCUUAAUUUGCGAGACAAACGAAUAUUGUCAUUAUUGUAUUAUUUUGUGCGUCGCGGGAAUUCGGUCGAGGAAUAUCGAUUGUUAGCUGGGCGGUUCGCGUUUGUUAGCGUGCGGGAAAAAAAAAAUUUGUCAAAACGACCGUACGCGGGUAUACGCAAAUAGAUCGCGGGCGCGCGGCGACAUUAUAAUAUAUAAUUAUUACGCGGUGUGUGUGUGUGUGUGUGUGUGUGUGUGUGUGUGUGUGUGUAUGUGUGUUUAAAACCGUGGCAGUUACAUGAUUCGGCCAUAACCGCGACUAUGACCGAGUCAAUAUAUAUUAUUGUUGUUGUUGUUGUUGUUGUUGGUACACCCGGUACACAGGUAUCCGCGUGAUUCGGCUCACGCGUAAUGUAUCGCGAGGUACUCCGCGGAGCCGUCGUCGCGGUCGCGUGCAUCGUGACUACGGCAAUCGUCCGCGGCCACGCAACGGUAGCAGUGCGGUUCUCGAGAAAUGCACACACACGCGCGCGCGCGCGCGCGCACGCACGACGGUUUCUUUUUUUCUCUCCUGCCCAAAGGCGACCGCGUCAGGUGCUUCUCUCGAUCGAUGACUUCGCGUCGCGGGAUAUCGUCCCGGCCGCGGUGUUUCGGUGCGCGGCUGCAGCGACGUUCGCCAAACGCCGCGGUGCCGCGCGAACGUACCCGCGUCCACGUAACGCCGUUAUCAUUACUGUCGUUACAAUCGCAGACCCGAAUAUCCCGGUAACCUCCCCGGCGGUGGUGUGACCGCCGCCACUGCUCCCGGUCGAAGUCGCGCGGCGUCCGUUCGGUACGCGAGGCCCUUAAUAUCAGCCGCGCACUUUUAUAAUAUCGCGAUGACCGUCGCGUCCGUCUUCUUUACGCGUUUGGAACGCGGAACGGCGUGUUCGUAGAAGCGUAGAAGCGUAACGCCGCGGCAUACACGAUUAGCUGUGGCGACGUAAUAUGCACGUGCCCGUAGAAACGAAUUCGGGAGUGCAUUGCGAACGCGCUUAACGGAGAAUCUACGGUUGUUGUUCGGCCGGCGGAGAUUUCGAUACGAAAAAAAAAAAAAAGAGAAAAAAAAAAAAAGGAAUUCGGGAUAGAGGUUAACCCUCGCCGUAUUGGGAGAAGGCGUUUAAAAAUCGAUGCCGCCAGCCGCCGAACGGCUUACACAGCUCUGGACGCGAGCCCCGGGUUGAACGGUAGGUAGAUUGAUUCGUGUCCAAAUGUGGCCAGUUACCGAAUCCGGUUUACACGAUUUGUGUCCGCGAUUAUAAUAGUAGAGUAUCUCACACGCGGGGGCCCCCGGCUAACGGAUUAGGCCGCGGUUGAUUUGUCGAAAGGACGACCUUUCGCCGAUAUAUUUAUAUAUAUAUAUACGAGGGCUAAUCAAAAAGUAUCGAGACUGAUAGUAUUACUCGGAAACCGAGCGUUGAAGAGCAAAACGAUUUGUAAACCUAGCUUCUGUGACUUAUACUGAGCACAUCUAUUCGUAUAAAAUCUCUACAAACUUCUUCGUUUUGAUUUGACGAUAUUUUUCUAAAAUUUGUUUUUCACGUUUGGCGAUUUCGUAAUGAAUCCAAAAGAAGCGGAACUCGCUGCCGCUCGAGGGCACAUUUUCAGUUUUUCAAUUGACAUUUAAUGGCAAAAACCACGAAAUGUUGCAUCCCUCUGGAACUGGAAAAAAAUGCAGACGAAUUGUCUAAAAUCUCCAAAUCUGUCAAGUUACUCUUCUUUUGGGUUUAUUACAAAAUCGCCAAACUCGAAAAAUAUAUUUUACAAAAAUAUCAGUGAAAUCAAACCGAAGAAUUUUAUAGAGAAGCAAUAAAAACAAAUUUACUCAGAAAAAGUCAUAGAAGCAAGUGAUACCAAUCCUACUGCUCUUCGAUGAUCCUUUUCCGAAUGAUACUACACUGGCCGUUCGGGACCCUAGGCUGCCGUCUAUUCGGCCCGUCGGUUAAUCAGGCCCCGUUUCCGCGGAGUUCCGCACGACAGGGUCGGGGUUCACGAGCGUAAAUAUCAAAUACGUACGUACCUAUUGUAGGUACGUCCGUCGAUCCACAGAUCCAUAGGUAAUAAAGAAACGGACGAGCCGCUCUUAUAACAAAUUUUGAGCGAGGCGAUGUUCCCGGAGGGGCGGUAAACUCAGGCGAUUUACUAUCCACCGUUACACAGAUAAAACGCCUCACUCUAUGGGACUGGUAUGUGUAACUGUACCCGGCCGUUUUGAAACGCACGAUGAGGCAUUGGUAGCCUAUCUACAUCUUUAUGAUCUAUGCCCACGUCGCGCCGGAGUUCGUGGUACGAUAAUAAUAAUAUUAUCGUGUGAUAAUUAUUUCGCACGUACGUGUACACCGUGUACACAGUAGGUAAUAAUGUGUAAUAAUAAUAUGCAAUAAAUAAUACAAGGCCUCGGCGUUUUUUUUUUUUUUUGUCAUCGACGCGCGGCAAACGAUUCGCAAGACAAAACCGCGGCAAAAUUCACACGUAAUAAUAUAAUACAGAAUACCCCUGCAGUAUACACGCCAUAGUAUAUUAUUAUUAAUCCCGCGAGAGCGUUAAUAAAUCGCACAUGCCUUUAUAUUAUUUUCGGACUUGUAGUAAUAUAUAAGCGCGCGACAACACGCCGCACAGUGAUAUAAUAAUAAAUCGAAAUGUAGGUUAGCGCGAUAUUUCUCCGUAAUACCGUCGUUACUAUAUUAUUACAGUGUUUAUAGUGUACGAAACCGUUUUUUCCCCCCCCCAUCAAAAAGAUCGCUCUGCCCUCCACCAUUAAAUAUGUGUUUAUUAUAACGACGACGUAGCUGUUAAAUAAAUAAAAAAAAAAUAAUAAUAAUAAUAAUAAUAAUAAUAAUAUGCUCGUUUGAUAUACAAGACCUAUGGGUAUCUGGAGAUGCACUGCAACGCGGACAACGAACCCGUCCGACACAAUAUGUAUAGGAACGGUGCCUUCUCCUUAGUCAGGAGACGGGGUGAUUACAAACCCCUCUCCUCCGUGAAAUGUUUAAAUGUCUCGUACAGCCACUUUUGGUGGCUAAAUGUUUUAAAAAGUGCAUAAAAUAAUAUUAUAAGCAAUUAUAAAGAAUUCCCUACCUUAUUUAAUAAGGGUUAUUAUUACAACGACACACGAAAUAAUAAUUGUUUGUUAUAAAAGGCAAUGUGUUUCGAAGACCGUGAAUAAAUACAAAAACAAAUUGUCGAGUCGAGUCCUCCGAGUACUCGACUCCAGAAUUUUUCCUAAGUCGAGUAUUCGCACAUCUCUAAUAUUUUCUUUUAAAUUUAUUCGAAAAUUACAUCAUACAUAUGGGUAUGUAGCGGAUAUGAAGACGACUCGCUUUAGAUUUAGGAUUUUUAGAUUUUGGUUCUUUUUUUUUUAUUUAAGUUAAAGAUAUUGUAGUAUUGUUAUAUUAUUUAUAUUUUUAUUAUAUUUUACUAACAGUAUUUUCACAGAAUUUUUUUAUUGACCUUUUCUAAAUGUGUUAAAAUCGUCAAAACGUUCUGACGUUUUUUGAGUUAUUUAUAAUUUAUAAACAAUUUGAAAUUUUCAGUUUUUAGUUUCUAUUUGAUUUUAUGUGGAUAAAAUUGUUUUGACUGAACAUAAAUUUUUGAAAAUGUCGUUAUAGGUUCAUCAUAUGAUAUGCAAUUAGUGGUAAAAAUAAAGUUGAGCAUAAUUCAUCAGUUUUUUUUUUUAUACGCGUUUCGAGUUCAAAUUUUGAAUGCAAAUUAUAGAAUUUCAAAACAUAUAUAACAGAACCUUGCUCAGAAUUGUAUUUGGUAAGCAAUGAUUUAUCGUAACAUACAGAUUAUAUUGAUUAAAUAGCUUUAUUUAUCUUAGUUUCCCAACUUGCCACCUAAAUAAAACAGCGGCACACCCAUAUCAACUUUUUUCUGUUUCAUUUGCACAGCACGUGAUAUGUAUAGACAACACGGUUCAAACGAUAAAAAAAUGUACAACAUAGUAUAGGUGCUGAGUUUAUUGAAUUAAAUUAGAUUAAUAUACAGAAAAUAGAUAUUAUAUCGAAUUGAUCUCUAUUAAUAAUAAUAAUAAUAAUAAUACUUCGAUAUUAUAUUUCAGUUAUACGAUCAUUUCAAUCUUAUGGUUAUAAUAUGUGUACUUAAAAAAAUAUGUUCUUAUCAUUACUAUUUGUAUAAUAGCGGGUUUUGUAUGAUUUCCGCUUAGACUAGUAGAUACCAUUAAUAAACAGUGUUUAUUCAGAUUCCGUGUAAAGAAACUAUUAGUUUUAUCGGCAAUAGUUGAUAUGUGUGUGUGUCUUUUCGUUAGUAUUAAAAUGCUGUAAAACUUUUCUACCGCGGCGGUGGUACUUUUUUAUCCAAUAUUUUUCUAAAUGCCCAACAGUUUUUCCAAAAAAAAAAAAAUACUUGACAUCCAAUCACAAUAAUAAUAAUAAAUUGGGCCAAAAAAGUACAAGGAAAAAAUAAAAGCUAAAAUAGGUUUGAUUAAACACCUUUUUUUCUUUUUUCAACGACUUGAAACAUUUUUGUGUAACUGGUAGAAAGUUUUUUCAAUGCCAUAAAUCACUAUAUAGGGAUAGAUAAAUUGUCAGUACGGACUGCGGAGUUCGAAGAACAAAAUGUAUACGUCGUAGGCGUAUAUAAACGAAAAAACAAGCGAAGGAAAAAAAAACAAAUAAUAACAGAAUGAACAAACGCCGCCGCCGUCGUAAUACAAUUGCGGAAAAUUUGUUUCUUGUAUAUUCACGACGAAACGCGUCUAUAUAUGUGACGUAAAUAUUUAAAAUGUCUAGUGAUAUAAAAUCCAUAAACUUGACGGGCAUUCAUUCAUUUUUUUUUUUUUUUUUACCGCGCCAGUGUUUUUUUUUUCUUUUGUGAAAAACUGACCGUAUAUUAAAACCGCGGUAUUCAUACGUUAUUAUAUUAUAUUUUUAUUACUAACGUAAAAUAGAGCAAGAAAACAGUAGUUUCCAAUAACCAAAAGUAGUUUUCAGUUAAGUUAAAUUAGGUUUUCCUUAGGAAACCAGGUAUUUGUUGCAUAUCGGGUAUCAUCGGGUAUACGUAAAUGCGUAAUAUCAAAAUCUUCAAUAAUAAUAAUAAAAAUACGUAUUUACUAAUAAAUUAUGAAUAUCUAUAUGUGUUUUAGUAUGCGUGUACUAAUUUAAAAAAAAAAACGUACAAUGUAUAUUCACUCGUUCGGCGUUUGUGUAGUCAAUAUAGUGUGUCAUUAUUAUAAUCAACGGAAUGUAAACAUGACGGUUUUUAGUAUUGUUUUGAUUACAAUUUGUUUAAUUCAAAACAUGUUUUUACAACAAUAUUGAGUUAUUGCUUUGUUUUAUUGAAUAUUAUAUGAGUGCAUUAAAAAAAAAAAAAAAAAAUCACAGUACACAGUAUACUCUAUAGGUACACGAAUGCAAUGUCAAUUUUUUAGCAUUUUGCAAAAAAAGUUCUAUGAUCUAGUCACCAAUCUAUUAGCAGAGGAAAAUAUCUUUCACUGCGAUUAUUAUUCAAGAAAAUCUAGCCAAUAUUAAAAUACAUGCUAUACAACUUAGUUUAUAGUAUUACUAGUAUAUUAGACUAUGGUAUCGAGAUACUUAUAUUUAAAAUAAAACAACUAAUAUUUUGUGUAGGUUAUACUUACUAUAAUUAUAAUUGUUACUGUUACAUGUGUAAGUUAUAUGUAAUGGUUUUAAAAAUAAUCAAAUUUUGAAAUAUAAUUAAUGUACACGAUGAUUGCCAAUUAGGAUAGUGUCGGUUCAUUUCCCGUACAUUGAGGAAAAAUCAUAGAACAUAAUAUAUACCUAAUCUCAAAUGUUUCAAUAAAUUAUUGAUUCGUCUGGGGCUUUCGGUCUCCUACAGCUCUCGCCGGAACUUAAUCAACAAUAACCACGGGAAUCUCGAAUGAGAUAGGAAAGAGGGGAUUUGCCCCCUCCCCCCGUGUUUUAAUGUAUGAAAAUGCGAGGGUGACUAAAAAGUUAAAAUUCGUAAUUUGUUUUUUUUUAAAUUACAUUCGCCCUCCUGCCCCAGAAAAAGUCUACCGAGUUCCAUGAAAAUAACACUCGAUUUGCGUUAAACAAAACCAUGUCGGGCAGGUCAGAGUGGAAACAAGUUUUUAUUUCUUUUUUGGAUUUUUGUUUUCUGUUAUCUCGGUAUAGAAGAACUACAUAAGUACAUACAUGCAUAGAGUAUAUUACUUUAAAUACAUUUAUUCAUUUAUAUAGGUAACGAAUAUAUAACAUACCUAAAAUUUUGUUAAAAGUAUUAUUGUUUGCAAAAAGUAUGGUUUUGUUUUUUUUUUUAUUUAAAACUAAGAAAAUUAUACAUCUAAUUUAAAAAAAAAGUUUGUUGACCAAUAUUUAAUAAUAAUAAUUAUUGUAUUAUGACUCGUACACGAAUAUGUUUUUAAUUUUCUAAGAAACAAUAUAAUAAGUAAAUUCGAUAAAACUAUAGAUGCGUCAAUUAUAUUAUUCGAAAGAAUCGUAACCGUCCAAAGUCGUAUUUUUUUUUUUUUUUUUUUUUUUGAUAUGUAUGCAUUGUAAGUUAAUAAUACAAUAAAAAUGUAAUAGGUACCGUGUACACCGAAAGCAAUAGUUAUGAUAUUUUUAUUGUUGUAUGCAUAAUGCUGUUUUAAUCGGCUCAUAGCGAUAUGUUUAUGAGUAAUAUAUAUGUGUAUAUAGUGUGUACAUAACGUAAUAGCAGAAAAAAAACCAGUUUAAUGUAAAAUAUUAUGCUCAUUUACGGAGUCAUCGGUUUAAUACGAGACGUUUUAAAUCGCAGUGAGUGUAGAGCAGAAACUCGAUUUGUUUUAUAUUAAUGUUUUUAUUUUUUUUCCCCAUUGGAAAUCUGUUAGUAAAAAUGCUUAGGUUAGUUCAUGCUGCAGUACGAUAGAGGACGCGGAUUUCUUGCCUAUAGCGGUAAUUAAUUGAUUUGAACGAUUUUUCAAGAUUUCCGACAAACGUUCCUUAAAAAUAAAGAAUAAAAAUUUACAACAAACGGCGACACAUCGGUUUUAUUUUUGUUGAUUUAUGUGGGUUACUGCACUGGCCGCAAAAGGAUAUAACACAACCACCAAUACUAUAACACAACCUUACCUGCAGUUUACUGCAGAGCUCCGCUCAGGACCGUUUUUCGAUUGCAAUGAUUAAUUUUCGCUCUCGAGAUACCUAUAAAUUAAAUCGCCCUAUUUUCCUAAAUACCUUUCCGACGUCUCACCUACAGAUUACAACGCGGUGGCCUAAUACCCGCAGUGUGAGGUACAUCCGGCUUUUGUUGGUUAUUUAUUUUCCUCGGUAUCGUCUGUCCAAGUCGAUUUUUAAAUAUUCCAACGCACUUAAAGACGGUGUACACACGGGAGGCGGCAAUUAAAGCUGCUACUACUUACAACUGGUUAAGUAGUUUAAUAUUUAUCAUGACUGCACUCUUCGUGGGUAAUGUAUUCAAAAAUGGCUUUAAGACAUUACGAUAAUAUUUUUGAAUUUGCAUUUUAUAAAGUAAUACACUUGUGUACGUCUGCGGCUCUGCUGCACACCUAUAUAGACCGUAGUAGCAGUACUGCAGCGGCGUUAUGGUAAAAAUAUAAUAACAAUUUGAAUAUCAAAAGCUAUUCUUUCAUUAAACUAAACAGUAAACCCCCGGAAUUUUAAGCAGCAUUUUAUUGUUCGUCAAACCUAUACAAAAUUAAAAUACGAUUCUUCUUUAAAAAAUGUAAUAUUUUUGUUUAUGGAAAAUAAAUCUUGUGUACCGGUGUUUUCUUUAUAAUAUGUAUUAUUAUUAUUAUUGGUAUGUAACACACUAUUGGUAUUUUAACAGUGUCUUGUUUUACAUACCGUUCUUGAUUUCGUAAGAUUUUUUUUGUUUUUUUAAUCCUAGGGUAUUUUUACGUUUGUUACAGAAUAGUUACUAUUUUCUGAUCAGAUAAACAGGAUUUAAAUAUUAUUGUACCAGUGUAAUAUUGUAAUAUUUAUGAUAAAUUAGUAUAAGAAUAAAUGUUUUUAACUUUGAAUAUGAUCGAUUAUUAGCAUCUAAUAUAUUUUUUACGAAAACAUAAAAAGCAAAAACACGCGAUCAAUUCUAAUAUUAUACUGUUUUUAGUCUUGCACAAAGUCCAUUAUCGGCCAAUUAUCGUUUUUAAAUUUAUAUUGAAUGAUGUAUUAAAUUAUUAAAAUGUAUAUCGCAGGUCGCUUGGGAAAUAAUGUAAACUUAAUAUUAUAUCGUCAAGUAUCGUAACGAGGAAAACAAUUUCAGGGGGGGGGAAGAGGUAAUCAUAAUUUGUAUUAUUAAUCAUUUACUAUUUUUUUUUAAAUCAUCAAAUAUAUACCAAAACAACCUAAUAAUAACCUAUAAAAACACAUUUCAUUGAAGGGGUGAGUACGUGCUUCCACUGCCUCCUAAUUACGACACUGAUGUUUUCGACAUCCUUUGAAAAAUAAUAUUAAUAUUCUAAUAGUUGGGUACUUGAAAUUCAUUAUAUGUACUGUAAACCCAGUCGUUAGGGGUCACGUAGCCACAGGGUGGAAUGAUGUUUAUAGGAUUGUAACUCCCUUGGCCCUAAAAUGUUUCCGUCAGCCGCUUUUUAAAUGUUUUAAAAACUACAUACUAAUGUUAGAUUGGAAUAUUAAAGUGGGUAAUUAUAAUUAUAUGCAGUCAGGCGCAAUACUGGCUUCUACUUUUAUGCUGGGAAACGAUUAAAUAGCGCUCAUUUUUAAACAUAAACGAUCGGCGUUGUUAUGCAUCUAAAAAAAGUCACAAAACUAAAACAAGUACUUUGGAAGAACAGAACUAGGAAAAAUCGAAAGCGUGUUAAAAUGAAUAUAGACUCUUAUAUCUCCUAUAUUCGAAGUGCCCUAUGGGAAGAUCUCGGUAUCCCGGUGGGACAGUAUCUACGCAUCCUGAAUGCAGUUUACGUUAAGAUUCAGCUGUACUUUAUUAAGACAUUGUAGGUGUAUGCGGUUCAUCAAUAAUUGUUUAACGUUAUUUAUGGAAAAUCAAAUUUUUUCCAAGUGAAUGAGAGGAUUGCAGAAUUGACAAAAUUCCUCUCCCCCCCAUAAUUUGUUUUGGUUACGCCACUAAACGUAUCAUAUUAUUACUAUAUAAUUUUAAUGGUGCCUAUUUACGUACGAGAAUUUUUAAUGAUGUUUUUCAUAAAAUUUCGCAAUAAAUUAAUUAUAAGGUUAAGAAUGUUUAUGAUGCGUGUUCAGAUUUUAGAAUCCGUACUAUAAACUAUACAGUACGAUUUUAUACACCAUAUUAUUAUUAUGUAGUUAUUUUUGAUAAUUUAUCAAACACGAUUUUUUUAAUAUUUAAGUUAUUGAUCAUUAUAAUAAAUAUUAUGGUAUGUACUAUACAUAUUAAUUUAUUAUCCGAUAGUAUCAUAAAUUUUUUUUUCAUUAUUUUUCUUUUAUGAUUUAUUUUUUUUGAUUAUCACGUUACUGUCUUUAAUUGACAAUAUUUUAUUCGUUUAUUAUUUUUUUUUUUUUAGUAAUCAAACAAUAUUAUUAUCAGUAUCUAAUUGAACAUUUUUUUUUUUUGAACACACUUUUUACUGGAUUCUCAUGUACGCCUCAAAUAUAAUUCGAACGUUUAAAAAGAUAAAUACCCGACCAGGUCACAGAAAAACGGCAUUGAACUCUCACCUGUCUUUUUUCGUCAAUACUUUUUAUUAUUAUUUUAUAUUAGUCAAACCAAUAAUAAAUUAUCGCUCUUGAAAAAAGAUUCUCCGCGGAGUUGCAGUUUCUCAUAAUAUAGUGUUCACAAAUCGGUUUUUUCUUUCAAAAUUAAAACUCCAUAAGUAGCUGUACCCAUUUAUGGUUGUUAAAAAAAAUGACGAGAAAUCGUUUUUAAAGGGUGUAUUUCAUAUUAUAUACAAUAGUAAAUAUUGAUUUAGUCUUGUAUACAUUAUAGUUUGAUUUCGAGUCAUAGAUAACCAUGAUUUUUUGCUUAAAAUUAUAAAUUUUAUUGUACACGUUAUAAAAUAUUAAGUGGGUACCUAAUUAGUAAUUCCGGUGUAUUUCAAAUUUCAAACGUUCAAAGAAAGAUAGAAUGCAUUUUUGAACAUAAUUUUAGUCACUUGCUUUGUAUACUGUCAUCGUGAAAUCAUUGAUUGUGUUGUAUAUAGGUAUCUAUAUCGGUAAACCACCUGAGCUUGACAAAAAAAAAAAAAAAAAAACAGUAUUUAUACAUUUACUUCAUUUACAUAGACAUUUUAAUGAAUUACGUAUAUGAUUAUUUGUAUAUUUGACUCGUUUGUCCGAAAAAGCUGCUUUCAGCUAUAAUAAUAUAAAAAUAUCUUACCAUAUUAAAAUGCGUUUAAAUACAAUAUGCUAAACAUAUUGUUAUUAUUUGUUAUGUCGAAUAACCAAUACAUUUCCAAUAUUUUCACAAAAUCUAAAACUGAAACGUGCGUGUUCAAUACAAUUUAAUUUUUUAUUAUUUCCAUAAUUUAAGUAUAUAAUAAUAUUUGGUCGUUAUAAUUUUGUUUUCUUUUAAUUCGUUUUCUUACGUGACUUACAAGUUACAAUUUGUUAUAUUACAGGUGUACACGUGAACGUCACGAACAAUUCUCGAAAUUCGGACGUUUGAUCGCAAAAGGAUAUUUGCAUAAUUUAAUAGGUACAACAUAAUAAUAAAAAAAUAACUACAAUAUAAUGUGUCGUAUUAUAUCAACUGUAAUAUUAUGAACGUAAAUGUUGCUCCAAGUACGGACGCUGCAAUUUAUUUAAUGUGCACACCUACGGUCGUGUUCUAGAUUUAGUUUUUCGGUGUAAAAGCUACCUACACAACCAUGGGAUAACCUUGGGGAUCUGGACCGUCUAAAUAUUUAUACGUAUCGGUCUCUGUUCGUCUAAUCGUUUUAAACUUCAGAUGUUAUAAAUGCGUUUUAGAUAAUAUACAAACACACGCGCGCGCGUAUGGCAAUCGGCCCAACAGAGUACUUUGAGUCUCGUCAUAAAAAAAACUGACGCAAUCGUUAUAAAUUAAUGCCUAAUUGUUUUUUUUUUUUUUAUUUUAUGGAAAUCGCGGCAAAAUAGAUACAAUAAUAAUAAAUUAUGUGUGUGUUGCAACGAUAAUGAUAUAAGGUAUACCAAUACACUGUACAGUCGGCAGAUUGAGGAGUGAGAACGUAAUAAAAUAGUCGUACGUUUUGUACUGUAAAUUCAAUGGAUUAUAUAAAAAAAAGAAACUUUCAAAAAAAAUAAAAAUAAACACUUAAAAUACCAAAAAUGUGGCUCGAAAUUCCAGUAAAAGAAAAAAACCGAUCAUAAUAAAUGCAAAAAUAUAACAAACAACUACCGCCGUCUUAUGGCUUAUAGUGAAUAUAGAUAAAUCAUGUAUGUAUUAUAUUUUCAGUGUCCAUCAUUCAUCAUAAUCUCGUACCUGCGGUAGAUAAUAUAAAAACAAAAUAAAUAUGUUGGUUUAAUAAAACGUUGAAAAUAUCGUAGAACGCGUAAAAAAAAGAAAAAAAAAGGCGAGUAAGGAGUGGGAAAGAACUAAAAACUCUAAAACGUCAAAAAACGCGAACAAUUAAUCGAGUAAAAAAUAAAAGUUUCGAAAAUGUGGUAUUCGUUAUAUAAUAUAUAAUUUGAACGUUUUACAAUAAAAAAAAAAAAAAAAGCUGUCUAGGGGGUGGGGGGAGGAGAAUAAUAAUUAAUUAAAAACGCGCAGCCCGCGUCCCGUGUUGCGUCCGGGAAAUAGGAAAAAUAAAACCCCAUCUCCGUUUUCGAUCGGAUUCGUUUGCAUAUGCUAUUGAUUUAUUUUCGCGCGAGCACCGAGCACAUGUAUCCGAACGGGGCGAAAGUUAAUUGACCGCGGAUCUCCGAAACUUAUUGCGCGGCGGCGGCGUCUACGCGUGCAGUUGCCCCGUAACCCCGCGGGGUUAUUGGUUAUUUUCCGUAAGCCGCGGUCGUCGACGUCCGGAAAACGAUUACCGCGGUGCCGGUCGAAAGACGGUUGCCCAUCGUAUACCUCCGCCGCACGUGAUGAUAACGACAUUACUGUGUUUCACGUACGUGCGAUCCCCGAACGCGGUGGCCGAUAUCUGAUUUGCAUCGUGUGCGUAUUCGUUUCGGGGGUCGUGAGAAAAACGGAAAUUGUGCGCGGCGGUCCGCCGCGACCCGGACGGCGCGGGCCCCGCGCGUAUACCGCACACAUACCGCGGGUGUGGUUGCCACGGUUACCGUAAUCGCGUAGUGCACUCUCGGAAUGUUUUUACCGUGCCCCGGACCUCUCGGUCUCGCGCAAUAAUACGCACUUAAUAUAAUUUAAUAUAACAUAUAUAAAUAAUAGCAUAAUGUAAUAUACAGAAUAAUAAUAUAACAUACACUCAAUAUAGUAUACGAUCACGUGUAGGCGUUUCCACUUUUCGCCAAGACGUCUAAUCACACAAUAUGAUGAUAAUAAUAAUAAUUUUAUUAUUAUCGCCAUUAUAUUUUUAUCGCUUGAAAAACGACACGCUAUCACUGUACCGGUGCCCCAUAUCCGUCGGCUUUUGUUUUUAUAAUAACAUUAUUACCAUUAUUAUACUAUUACAUUAUAUGUGCGUGCGUGUGUGUGUGCUCGGGACAUUCAGCAUUCAUUUGCAUAUUUAUGUUUUGAUACGUCCGUUAAUAGAUACGGAUACCAAAGUGAGUUAAAUAUAACGAGUUAAACGUGUAAAAAUUUUUUUGCGUAUUAUCACACAAUUCGAAGUUUUAUUAUUGUGUUUUAUGUUUUUGUAGACAUAUUUCGAAAAAAAAUUAAAAUAAAAUAGAAAAUAUCAAAAAAAAAAAAAUGUACUUACGAACAUAAGCAGUGAAGUGGCCAGGAAUUGUCAAUGGGAGGUGAUGUAGUAAAUACCACAAAUAAUAGUUAUGAUAUAAUAACUCGCAGAAUCUUCAUCUAUGAACAAUGAGAGUUCAAAAGCCGGAUACAAUACAAACAAUUCUAUUCAAUAAAUUGAAUUUUUUUAGUUUUUACCAUACAUAACUUGGCUGUAAUAUAUAAUUUCGAGAUCAAAUUACAGUUAAUAAAUACUCAUAGUUGUUGUAUUUUUAUGCUAAUGGAGGAAUAUAACUCCUAACCUCCUUUCCUGCACACGUCACUGUCAAUAAGGACCUUUUCAAUAGCAUAAGGUUAUCGUGCUUACUUGUAUAUAAAUUACAUUAUUUUUUUAGAAUUUCAAAUCACGAACCGUAUUAACCGUCGCGGUAAAUUGCGUAAGAUACAAAACUCUGCAUUCAUCGUUAUAUUCCAACCACUUUUCUCCGGAGAAAAUAACAUUCGAUCACGGGAUUACACCUUUUGGCUGCGUUUGCAAGGGACGAGAAUGUAUUAUGAUAUGUUUUACUUUUAUUUGAAUAUUUGGUUUUAAAACAUAUAGGCCGAUUCGAUAGGCACGUGUAGUGUAAUCGAAGGAAAAAAAAAUGAAAAUAGGAGAUUGUCAAUAGUAAUUAUUGUUCUUGUCAAUAAUAUUGUAUUGCUGUGCGAUUAAAACACGGCGUGUAUAAUACGAUAUAUUUUGUGGUACAACAGAUUUUGUAAAACUAUUGAUUUUCAUUACAAAUGUAUUAUUUUAUAAUAAACAUAUCUAUAUAGAGGCGGAUCUAGGACAAGAUAACGGGUGAGGGGAGAUCGCCCGCAUCACCCCCAUAGAUCCGCCACUGCGUGUAUCGCGUGUGUUUUAUUAUUAUCAAACGCGUAUAGGGCUAAUAAUAAUCACCUAAAUAAAUUCGAAUAAAGUUACUCGGUUUAUUUGUUUUCGCGGAACAGUUUGAAAAAACAAUUUCCAAGUGUAAAUAUGUACACAUAACACACGCGCCUGCAAAACUAUAGAGAUUAAUUUAAGGAGCUGUCUAAAGAAAAAUAUAAUCUCCAUUUUUGCUCGCUAUCUUUACUUAUACGUGCGAGUUUAUAGUUCGUACAACUUGCCAUUUAAAAAUCUUACCGAAAUGUGGGGCGAUGUGUGUAAUAUACACACUGCAGUGUAAAUAAUUGCUGAAAAAAAAAAUGGCAUAAAAAAAAAAAAUGUAUGGACGUUAUUAACGAAAAUAAAUUCGGAAUAUGGAAUUAUUUGGUCAGAAUCGAAUCUAUAACGUGAAUAAUAACUGAUCAUCUGUUUUUUUUUUUAGAAUUUUUUUUUUUUUAUUUUUUAUUAUUCGUCAUUUGCAUGUAAAUUUGCCAAGAAUAUUCAAGUAGAAAAAAUAACACGUUCGUCGUCGGCCAUACAUACAUACAUAUACGACCGCCAGGUUGCAAAAAAUCAAUAUUUUAAAAUUGGUUGUGACAUAAACUAGUUUUUGUUUUUUCUUUAUAUAUACUCUCUGAAGAAGAUUGUUUUUAUUUUUGUUUCAUGUAUAAAAACUAGUAGAUUAUAUCAUUAUUAUUUAUAUAGUUGCAUAGGCACUCACCGCGGAAGACCACCUCGCGGAAAACAACAUUUGCCGCAUAAUUAUUAUUUUUUUUUACUUUUUAAAGUAAACGUGUAGUACAGAAAUAGUUACGAGUUUAAUUCUUCGUUAAUUGCUAUAAAUAAUUAAUAACGAACAUAAGCGAGUGUAAUAAUAACUGGAUUAAAACAUAUAAUAUUAUAAUGUCAUGACAGGUAUCCAUACGGACAUCAACGGAAUAGAUACCUGUUCCGUUGAUGAUAAUUGUAGUUUUUUACAAACAAAUUUUUUCGGUUAUCGUACGCGAUUUACCGCGUUUAUCGUCAAUUCCGAAUCGAUUGUACACAAUAAUUUCUUCUACACGCCUGGUACGCGUGUUACAUCUGGGUGUAACGUGUCGCCAUAAAUAAAAAAAUGUUUUCUCUCCGUCUCCGGUAACACGAGUCUGCAGCUGCACGGGAGUCAUUGUCGGCGGUGAAAAACACUCUCGGAGUGCUUCGAAAUAAAUAUAAUUCCGUUAAUUCGAACACCUUUACGCGCGCGAGUCACUGCUGUAAUGCGCGUCGAGCAUCCGUACAAUGCAUUACAAUUCCAUUGUUUCGUUCAAAUAAUGUGCACGGGUGCAAUUAAACAUAAUAAACAAUAUUAUAAUACCCGCGCGCGCGGCUUGAUAUAUUAUUUAUAUAGGUAUUUAAGCUGUACAAUAUGACUACCACCUAUAUAUAUUUAUAUAUAAUUUAUUAUAAUCACUCGUUUGAUAUUCGGAGUAAUAAUUUUACAGAAAUAUUACGUACACAACGCAAUUUCCCCGCGCAAUUCGAUCGAUAUUACGGGCCGUUGUAAUAAUUAUCACUCGUUUUUUUUUUUUGUCUUUUUUUCUUAUAACAUUCUGAACGAAACGAGAAACGUAUCGCGAUGUGUUUCUUUACGAUUCUCGCGGUUUUUUUUUUUUAUUUAUCUGUGCGUCAACAACUUUUCUACCAGAAAUCCAAUCGAAAAAAAUGCUUCGUAACGGUUUAGAUACGUUCGGUAAGUAGAUGAGGUCACGGGGUUUUUUUUUUUGAUAUUCCGUGUAUAGUUUUCUUAAUAAUCGGAAAAAACGGUAUUAACGGAUUUAUUAUUUUCGAUUUGGUUAUAUUUCAAUAAUUUGGUUAAAAACAAUCGUAGAGACUUGACAUUUUCACAGAAUAUUUAUAUUUGGUAGCUUUAUCUUGACGUGGCCAAAUGUUCUGGCGAUUUCUGAGGCAUUCGAUUGUUUCUAUUUUUUAUUAGCGUUUUGUGUUCAAAUUUUGACGAAAAUUUCACUUAGAAUUAUAUUUCAUCAACAAUGUUUUAUCGUUGCUAGGUACAGAAAUAAAUUGAAUAAUAUUGUAACAUUCUACCAUCCCAAUUUUCCACCAUCAAUAGUGACACAUCCAUUAUAGCUAUAAUAGAUUGUUUUAUUUUUAUUUCAUCAAUUAAAAAUCUUUAUGUUUUUUUUUUUUUUUUCGAAAAACUGGUUGGUUUUUAUACAAAUAAAUAAGUGUAUUGAUGUGUAGAUAAGAUAGCUCGCGGUCCAAGUAGCGUGAAAUCAAACCAUCGUAGAUCGACGCAUGUGUAUAUAAACCGUCUGUAUAGAUUUACUCGUAAACAGUUAGAAAGGUUAUCAUUUGUAAAUAAUAAUAAUAAUAAUAAUAAUAAUAAUAAAAAAAAAUAAAUACAUAUAGGACGAGGUAUCGUAAAUCAAUUUUAUUAAAAAAUUACUACACAUAAAUUUGCCUGUCAAAAACCGAAUAAUUGUGGGGGAAAUUCACAGGAGCGAUAAUUAAAUUAAAAUCGAUCGGCACCUGCAGCACGUAGUAAUAUAGUUGGAAUAACAAUACAAAACUAUACGGGACUGCGCCCGGCUGGAAAACAAAUUAAUAUUGUGGGCGGUAAAAUUUUCUGAUAAAUAUUGUUAAAAAAUAAAUACAAUCUUUUUUUAAAAUUUUUAUCAACGACGUGUAUUAUUAUUAAUCGAUUCAAGGUUGUUGUAGUACCUAUCAACAAUUAUUCGAUAGUAAAAAAAAAAAAAAAAAAUUGUGCAUGUAUAAAUUAUUCCAACAUUAACUCAGCCAUCGGUGUUUUACAAUAUCAUUGCUUCGACUAUUAUGUUAUAUUGUUUUUCUGUAUACACGAACAAUACAAAUAUCGAAAAAUAUAGCUAUACCUACAAAUAGGUACCUCCAUGUUUAAUUAUACUUGCGAUUGUGUUUCAAUGCAGGUAUAUACAUGAUGGUAUAAUAACAUUUUUCAUUACGUUAUCAAUAUUUAUGAUAAUAUUCUCGUAUAUAGGGUGACUUUUUAUUCACGAUCCUGUGCAUACAUAAUAAGAUUCCGAGUGAAAUUGCUUUCGGUUUUCUUCAGCUUAUAUAACCACGUGCAGUGAUCUCGUUUACCACAUUUCCAAAGUUUUACCUUUUAAAUGGGAUUCAAACGGAUUCGAAUAGGAACGCCCGGAGGAAUAUAGGGACGGGUUAUUAUCUAAAUAUGGGUAUGAAAUUAUUAUUACUCUUCAGCCCUAUAAUAGUUAAACAUCCGACAUACAUUAUUCGUUAGACAUCCGGUAUAACUCACGAACGGUAUAUCCUAUAUUGUUAGUGUAUUCGUGUUAAAAUGUUUAGAGAAUUAUUCAUCUUUUCGUAUCUGCGUUGAAAGAGAAAAGAAGGGGUGUGGCGUUGUCAAUUAAAAAUAAAUUAAUAUAUUAAUACUUAUUUAAAGUACAAGGAGUAUAGGGGUGAACAGUUGUAAAUAACGUUGAAAUAAAGUUUAAGCGGACGUGAUACCCGCAUGUGCUGUUUCCGGUUUACAAAUAACGUAUGAAAGCUAAUUUGCCAUCAGCAGGGACAACUUUGCAGUGCUGUUAUGGUUUCAAUAUUAGAAUGAGUUGAACUGUUAUAAAACUUAAGGUAAAACCCGUUAUCUGUACGACCAUGUAGGUGUUUUUCGAUUUUUUCCGUUUUCUACAGCGGGAACUGUGAAUAUGUGAAUUGGCGCAGUUCGUAAACGCAUAUAUCUCGUUUAGCAAUUAAAAUAUCAAAAAAAAAGCGCAUUGUGCAAGCACAGGUAACGUUGUUCUGACGUUAUUCAGGUAACGAUAUAACAUUCUUACCUUUAAGUUUUAUUACAGGUCAAUUCACUUAAAUAUUAAAACUAAGAGCGUAAAGUUGUAAGACGCAGAAAGCGUAUGCGGAUGUCACGUAGUCCUUGUUAACGAUCGAAAGAAGCAGAAUUCAAAUUUACUCGCAAUCCUUCGAGAAAAUCGCCGGAUCAUGAUAAAAAGCCACCCCGUGUAAUAUAUUUAUACGAAUUCCAAACGGGAAUAUUUAGCAUUGUACUGAUAUCGUUAUACGGCCGUCGUAAUGUAUUUAUUCGCGUUUUAAACAUUCGUGUAUAAUGGAAUACACACUCGUAGCGACGGCCAUAAGUAUCGGUAGGUAUUGUAUUAAAAACCGUAAAUUAUAAUAUCCUACGGGAAUUAAAUUGAUAAUCCUCAAUAAUGUUUGAUUGUUAUUCGUACGCAACGUUGAUGACAAUACGCACGUUGGUGUAAUAUCAUAAUGUUAUAGAUGUAUUGGGAGUUUCGCAUAAAUAAUCAACGCGAUAAUAACAACGUUAUUAUUAAUUUCUCUGUGGAAAACGAUUAUGUUGUAAUUCAACGUGCGCGGAGAGGAACAUUCAGCGUUUAUCUUAUGUUUCGCAAUAUCAUUAUACGCGUUUACGAUUAUUACCAUUAUGAUAUAAUAAUAUAUUGUGCCUUAUGUAUUUGGAGUUGUUUAUAAAAAACAAAAAAAAAAAAUAAAUACACACUCUGUACGAUAUUAUUAUGUGCGCGACACAAUGGGUACCUUAUCGUAUCAGAUAAACGGAAGAAGAAGAAAAAAAAAACAAUGACAUAUUGGUUUACGUUUAACCGUGUCGAACUUUAAAAUAGUACGCUGCGUUCGUACGUUUAUUUUCCCGGAAACGCGGUGUUUGUGUAAUUGUUAUUAACGUUUAAAACGCACCCGAUCCUUCCCCGUCCCGCGCGUCGAUUGCACGCAGUUCAGUAUAAAACGCGCGCGAUCGCCGGAAUUGAAAAAAAAAAAAAAAAAAAAAAAACGCACCCGCGCAGUGGCGCACUCUGAAUAUUUCUGUUCAGAGUGCUGGGGCGAGUUGUGAUCACGGCAAACGACAACUGUUAUAUGAUUAUAAAACGUGCGAGCGAAACGUUUGCGUACCAUUUGCGUAACACGCAAGUAUUUUUCUUGGCGUUUUUUUUGUAUUUUUUUUCCCUGCUACGGUACACAUGAUUGCGGUGAUUGCUCAGUGCGGUCAUUUGCACAUGCAACGUCCGUACUCGAUUUAUCUGUGUAGCGCGGUGCAAAUGUACAAAGACUAUUGCCGUUAUAUCGGUAACGUAAAUUUUCAAUGCCGAACGGUUGAAAUUAGUUCGGUAUUCUAACGCGGCCAAUCGACGAGGCUCGAGGACCCCGAGGCUCCACGUAGCCUCACCCCGCGGGUACGCCGCGUCGCCACUCGUCACGUCCGGCGUCUAUACUUACCUCAAAACGCCUGCAUAACAUUAUCAAGACGCGCGCAAUGAUAUUUAAUAUAAACCAUAAUGUGAUUGGUGUGUUGUAAUUGUAAACGCUGAUAUUAUAAUAACACGAAACUAAAACCGUUUUCAACCGUAUUUUCUUCGUGUAUAAUAAUAAUAAUAAUAAUAAUAAUAAAAACGCUUUUAAAAUUUACGAAAAACUUAACAUAAAUUUAAUGUUUUUCGGUCAAAGUUGUUAGGUGGUAACGAAAUUUAGCCGGAAACUAAUAUAUACUAACAAAAACACGAUUUUCGAAACUUUGACGUCGUUCCUUUCCACAGCGAGUUUUUCGAAAACUUUUUAAAUGAAAUCGAACGCAAUUUGCAACGCCGAUAAAAGUGUUCGACAAAGGAUAAAUCAUCAUAUUCUAUUUGAAUUUUUUGAAUUAUAUUAUACCGAACACAACGAACGAUGACGGCGGCGAACUCGUGGAAUAAAAAUUAUUUUCGUCCCUUGUCGGGUAAAAAAUAGUAUUUAUAAUAAUAAUAAUAAUAAUAAUAAUAAUAAAAAAAACCGCUAACGUUCUUCCAUAAUUUGCGUUCACGAUUUGUAGAUAGGCGCACCUUGACCGAAAACGAUUUUUUUCCCUCGAGACGUAUGAUUUAUUUUAAAGAUUUUUCGCGGGGAAUGAUUCGGUUUUUAUUUUACUAAUAUCACUCUUGUUUCGUCCGAUCCUCAUUCAUGGAGACACGGACGGUACAUACAGAUAUAAUAACAGUAUUAGAGAGGUUAUUUUUGUAACUGACCAUGACCGCUAUAUUCUGCAGCUGUGAUCCGUAUAUGGAUACGCAUUCACACGAUUCGUAAUACGAUCUUGAAACGUAUGCAGAGGGAAUUGUCCGCGGUGAAUUGCGAAAAAUCGAAAUUUAACGAGAUGCACGCAAAACCUACGGCUCGUUCGUUAUUUUUACCCAUAUCGUUUUUAAUUAUUUCAGUAUUGGUAACAAUAACCUUAAACACGCGUCAUUUUCACACGCGUUUGUUUUUUUUUUUUUUUUUAUCAUUAUUUUUGUAGACGUUUUAUUAUGUAACUUUCAAUCCAUCGUGUCACCGAAUGUACAAUUUUUAUUUAUUUUUUUUAUAUGUAUAUAUAAAAAAAAAAAACGCGUGUAUAAAAAUCAAUAUCUACGAAAUUGGUUAUAUUAAUAUUAUAUUCGAACCAUUACGUGUCUACGUUUUUAUCGUUCAGAAUUUUUUUUUUUUGCUUUUUCAACGCAACGAUAUAUCACUUGUCGGAAAUGUAUAUACUAUUACGUAUAAUAUUAUUCCGACACCGACUAUCGUCGACUUGAGCGAAAAGAGACGAGUAUAUCUGUAUAAUAUAUUGUAACGUUCUGUUUUUGUAUUCUCUGUAUUAUGUGGUUUUUUUUUUCCCCGACACAUUUUCGGUUCAGAUAGAAAGAUUACAGAGAAUAUUUACUGCGCGGGCGAGUUUCGGUAACAGAAUAAAAAAUUGCAUUUCAAAUAUUAAUUUUUCACAGGUAUUGCAACUUACUUGAGGAAAAACACAGUUACAGUUGACGGUUGUAUUAAUAAUGCUUCCGAUAACUAAUAGACGUGUAAUGGGAGUUUUUCGCCUUAAAAAGUUUAAAAAACUAGGUGUAUUAUUUAAAGUGGCAAUUUGUAUUUUAUUAAACCAUUACGUUCGCCAGCACAGCUCUUAAAUUUCCAAACCGAUCGCGAUUAUUGAGAGUUUAAAAAAAAUAUAUAUUUUUGUUUAAAAGGGGUCAGAACUCAUCUAUUUUUCAUACAUUUUAGACCAAUAAGCUGUGGAAAAUUACACAUACUUUCCAAUUUCCGAUUUAAUUUUUUGAAAUAUAUACCCGUUUUUUGACGAAUUGUCUAGGUUAUUAAUGUAGUCCAAAAAAAACGUUGUUACGUUGUACGAGGCAAGAGUCCUGUAAACGAUAUUUUAAGCAAAGCAAAAUAGGUCAUGCGCGGGCCUUUUAAUACAAAAAUUAAAACUGAUUGAAGUUUUUGUUGUUAAAUCGAAGCAAAAUUUCUGAUAUAAAAGUUGUUCAAAGGAAAAAAGAAGUCCGUAAUAUUUUUUUAACUAAUACUUACAUUUCGUACAUUUUCAGUUUUUAUUCUUUUGGCUUUUUACAUUUGGUUAUUUUAUUAUUAUUCUUACUAAAUAUGUUUUUUUUUUUUAUUUUUAUUUUAUUAUAUAAUAAUCAAAAUAUUUUUCUUUCAUCGCGACCCAUCAAAAAUAUUUCGUGACCCAUAGGUUGGGAAACACUAUUCUAUACGUGUACUUUGAGAUCAUAUUUUUUUUUAAUCGUUCAAAUUAUUCUUUACUAAUAGCGCUCUCUCGUAGAUGUACCGUCUGUUUUUUUUUCUACUCGUCACUCAGGUUUUGAAGGUCAGAAUUAUAUAUAUAUAUAUAUAUAUAUAUAUUUACUAAAAAAAAAAUUGUUACUCGUGACACAUCUUUAAGGCAAUAAUUGCAAUGUCCUCACGCGUCCAACAUUGUGGAAAAUGUACAUUUAAUCAAGGGACAGACGGUUUUUUUCACUGAUGGCUAAUUUUUUGUACUUAGUGACUAGAAAUAAUUGUUAUUAGCAAACGAUAUUUAGCUAGGUAGUGUAUUGUAUAGUUUCGUAAUUUUUUUUUAUCAUUCGCCAUCGCAUUUACCUCGUUACGAGUUUAUUUCUGUAGCCGCGCGAAGGGAGUUUCUAUGGUAUCAAUAAAAAUAUUUCGCUUUAUAUUAAAUCGAUAAAUUUUAAAGGCAUCAACGCGUCGCCGUACAGUUGUUAAUUAUUGAAAAAAAAAAAAUAAAUAAAAAAAAUCAUAUAUUUUUACCGCAGACCGUAUUUCGAAUAAAACGAUUCAAAUCGAAAUAUUAUUUCACGCCACCGUGUAAAAAUAAAUCAUUUGUAAUUUAUAUUAGUUAUACCUAUUAUGAUAAAUUAUGUUAGUUAACAAUAUUAUUAAAACGUUUUAUUAUUAUAAUGGUUUUCAAUGGGAAGUCUUAAUAAAUACUGCGUCCGCUAUAAUUAUGUUUGAUUAAGUAUACGCGUCGACACACAAACUAUAAUAUCCGCUUAGAUAUACUUUUAACUAUUUUUUUUUUUUUUUUUUAUAGUUAAUAAAUAAAAUAAAGUAAGAAAAUAACGACGAUAAUACAUUUUCCUUUGAACCGCCGUUGGUCGAGAUUGAAAUUUAACGCGUUUAGUCGGUCAAGUUAUUUUAUCAUCUGUAAAUGAAAUUAGUCGCAUAAAAACUUCAUAAAUACUAAAUAAUAUUACAUAACUAUUCAUUUAGUUUUUGAAAAAGAUUUGUACAAUUAAUAUUUUGAGCUUACGACGCGGAAAUAUGUCAUUUUUUUUUUUUUUUUUUUUAAUUUAAUUUAUCGUUUAAUAAAAAGUGCCCAUAUAAUAUUUUGCGACCGUAAUAAAUUAAUACAUUUUUUUUUUUCCAAAAAUUUACUACAUUGAAAUAAAUUGCAUGUUAUUUAAUUGUUAUUACGAUUUGUCAAAAUUUUACAAAUCUAUUUAUCCAUAGGUAUUGCACGUGAACAAAAAACUUCUGGUCGUUAUUUUAAACUACCAACAUACAACCUAAGUGUAGCAGUCAGUAGUUGUACGAUUUCAUUCGAUUUAAAUUUUUUCACUUUGCAUUUGCAUUUUAGAAUAAUGUAAAUUUUUUUAGAGUUAGUAUUGUAUUCGUCUUUACAACUACCUAUAUGAAUAAUAAUCAGACAUUUCCACAUAAUAAACACAUCCGCGUGUUAUAGGUAUGUAAACUGUCUAGUCUGAAAGAAAUAGGUUUACUAGCUGUUGGUAUUGUUGUAAUCGUUUUUUCAUGGAUAUAUUAUUGUCGUCUAAUGUCAAGAUAACAUUAAAACUAAUGCUUAAACUAAUGUUGUUACUGUAUAGUAUUUUGUUUUAAAACUCGAAAUGCGAUACUAAAUUCGAAAUACGCAUAUCGUGCGUUUGUAUUCACAUGUCGAAAAACGAUAAAAAAAAAAAAUAACAAUAAUAAUAAGCUGAUAUUGCUGAUGGGCGUAUCACUGUUUUAGAAGGAAAGUCGGACGGGAGGAUAAUAUAUAGAGUAAUUAUUUAAUUUACGAAACGAAAAACGAGUCUGAUUAGAUAGUAUUAUUAGUCGUAUUUUACCCUUAUCGUUGUCAACCCGUACAUCAAUGGAAGUUAUACGAAAAAUUGCCAGUAUUCGCUAUUUAUUGCGAAAACUACGAGGAAAAUCAAACAAUUAUCUCCUCAAUGCGCCGGCGAUUCGAUCGGAACAAAAUUUCUGGUGAAGAAGUCGUUUGACAUUAUAUAAUUAUGUAUAUUAUAUUACACUAUUAUGUAUUCAACAAAAAACGAAAAUAAUUUAUGCGUAAAUUAAUUAAUAACAACCGCUAGGUAUUUACCUAUACUGCGGACGGAUUUCGGAAUAAUACACGCUGGUCAACUUAUAUAUAGAUUAGAUCCCCUUCUGUUUUUUUAAACUCGAAAACACCGAAAACAUAUCAUUAUGUAAACAUACAAAUUGUAUGCAUUAUGCAUUACAGUAUCGAUUUUGUGUUUGUCGUUAUGUGAAUGAAGUAAAAGCAAUGGGGCCAAUUGGCCAUCGACACACUGCAAUCUCGUACAGUAUUUUACAAUGAUGUUCGAAUGAUUUUUUUUUUUUUUUUUUUACCGAAUUCGUUUCUUAUAGAUUAUGAAUAUUAACAGUCGUUUUAAUGUUUCAUCAAUCGUCUAAUUCUAAUUCUAAACAAUCGCAUAAUCGUCCAGUAUUUAAUUAUUAUUAAUUAAAUCGGUACCGACUAUAUAUAGGUACCUCGCACGCUUUUUUUUUAAAUUUAAAACGUAUACUAAAUAUUGACUGCUAUCGAUGUUUGAAUCGAAUUUCAAGUACCUACUCAUCGUCCGAAGGAAUAUUUAACGACAGAAUUUUAACGCUAAUGAAAUUAUUAUUAUUAUUAAUAUUUAUUAAACGGUCGUUUCGAAUUUUCAUAAUAAUUUCCCGUUUACACAAUACCGCUCGUAUUAUACAUAUACGCAUCAAUAUUACUAACGUGCGUUUAUUCGUUGUGGAAUUUUCAAGUAGAAAUUGCCUGUGCCUAUUCAGAAUACAUUUUCAGGUAUAAUAUUUCGUCUGUAAUCCAAUGAUACUGGUAAGUAUAUAUUACGCGUUAAUAAACCGUUAUAAUAAUAUUGCAGCAAUAUAGUACCUGUAUUUGGUUUAAGAAUUUAAAAUAUCGUAUUUAUAAACCGCCCGUCGAUAACUCACCGCGCAGAGACCGUCAUGGUUAUCGAUUAUUUGCUAAUAUUUUCAUUUCGGUAAAAUAUUUGUGUGUUUUUCUCUCGUGACGUGCCCACAGUUGCUUAUAUACCUAUUAAUAUCUAAACCAUUUUGUGUGUAUUAUAAAUAAAUUAUGUUCCGAGAGCCGUAUAAUUAUUUCGCAACGAAUACAUAACGUUUAAAAAUAAUUUUAGAUAUUUAUUUUUAAAGUAAAAAUUAUAAAUUAUUACUAUUAUUAGGUUUUAUGUUUGAUUUGGCAAUAAUGAAAUGCAUACCGCGGUAUCCAUAUUACAUCGAUACAGCGAACAAUUUUAAUAUUUUAAUAGCUAAGGUGAAUAUUUUGGUACGGUUUUAUCUCCUCAUUAUUUUGCGUUAAACGUGAUUACUAUUUAUUGUGUUUUAUAACAUUUCUAUAUCGAUACACAUUAAUAUCAUUAUGAAAUAUAUAAUAUUAUGAAUAUUCAACGGUCAAUCGGUUAAAAAAAAAAAAAAAAACUAAUUUAUUUAUACCUAUGCGCAAGAGAAAUUUUUAAAUUCUCUUUUUUUUUUUUUUUUGGACGUAUAUUACGGAAUUCGAUCCGUGUGGAAAAUUAUAUACGACCCGUGAAAACGUAAUUACGAUGUAAUUAUAAGAUAUUAGAAGAAGUAUAUAAUGUGUGUAUUAUGGAAUACCGCGACGAUCCGUGUAUAGACAUGUGGAAAUUUAUAAUGAUAUAGUAAACAGUUCGAUGAAUAAUAAUAAAAUCGCAUGUAUUUAUAGAGUCCAUAGGUACGUCCAAGGUUUUAAACGACCCAUGUAGUUUUUACCUGCAAUAUUAUAAUGUAAUUAAUUAUAAUAUAGUCGUUGAGAAUGAAAUUUUCAAUAAUGUCGGUCGAGUUGUAUUUGUUUAAAUAAUAAAAAAAAUUUAAAUACAAAACGUACGCAGAGUGAUCAAUUCCCAAAAAGUAGGUAUACAGUAAAACCUCCUUAUAAUGGAAUCCCUCGGUACCUACUGAUUUUUCUGUUAUAAAAGAGUUUUCAUUCUAAAAAGACUAAAAUAUACGUCUAAAGGUUAAGCAGAUUUGAUUUACUGUUGUUUUUCGUUUUAAGGAGAUUUCUGCUUUGUAGGGGGUCCGUUAUAAGGAGGUUUUACUGUAUUAGCUUUUUUUUUUUUCGGAAUUUUUUGUUCGGACGAUUUACGGAACAAACAGUGCUAAUAUGUUAUAUUGACGUUGUUUUUUGUCGCUUUUAUUUUCGAGGGCGAAGUAUUAUUUGCGAGGCGACGCUGUGCGUGGAGUUUGAACAGUAUACUGCACUGCUUUUCCCCUAACUAAACUUAAAAGUGUAAAAUCUCAUCAACGGGUUGACGAUAAUUAAAAAAUGUCAACGCCGAAAUGUUUUAGCGGUAAAACGUAACAUUUUGGAGCUACUCGUUUCUUAAACCGGCAAACAAAAUAACAAAGUGAUAUAUUUACGGUUUUUUUUUAUAUGGUGGGAAGGAGGGCAUUUACUCAAUUUAGACGGUCAAGUCCACCUGUACGUCGUACCGGGCCCACUAUUGUUAUAAAAGUCGUGUGCUUCUGGCGAGGGUAGACACCCCAAAACGUCCGCGUAAAUACGCCAGAGGUCUUGGUAUAUACGUCAAUGCUGCAAUAACGAGUGCAAUGGAUAUGGAUACGAUGUGAAUACAAUAAAAUGUAAUACUAAACCGAUUUAAAUUAUAUUAUAUUAUUACCAUACGCGUAGUACCUAAGUGUUGAGUCGUGAGUCCCGACAUUCACUUUACGUAGGCAUAGCGGAAACGUACCUACAGUCGUUUAUUAAUAAUAAAUGCGAUAGUUAAAACGGUUAGGAAUCAAAAAAAAAAAAAAAAAAAAAAAAAAAACUAUAAUAAUUAAAAAAAUACGAGUUACAGGUAGGUAUAGGGAAAGGUAACAAAAUCGUUUUAUUGGUUUAUCAGCGAUAAGGAUAUUAAUAGCGUAAAAACGUGGUGCGUGUAAAUUGAAAAUAUGAGCAACGAUAUUUUUUUCUGUCGGAACACAAAUUAUUAUCAAACUGCGCGGCGGGAACGAUAUAGGUAUUAUUAUUUAUUUAGGUAUUGUGUGAUAUACAGGUACAACCUACUAUAGUAUUGCUUUCUGUGCGGUGUAAAUUAACGAGGAAGAACUGUAUAAAUAUUGUGAGGCAUAGAUAUUUGUUUUUCGACCGUUUCGCGUAUUUUACGUCCUUAUUAAAAACAAAAAAAAAAAAAAAAACAGUAGUCGUGUAAUUAUAAUGUAGUUUUUUUAUUUAAAAUAAAAAAAAAAAAACUAGUUCUCUUUUUCCGAUUUGUGUUUAUAUAAUGUUAUUACAUACCGAGGGGCAACCGGUAAAACUGUACAGUGUACGACGCAAAUAUCGCCUCGCAGUGGCGGCUUAUAGAAAAAAAAAAAAAUACCUGCAGCCGGCAGAGGUGUCCAGCUCGGGUAUACGUACGAUUUUUGAAGGUCGAACCGGUUGGCAUAAUAAUAGUAAUGAUAUUACAUACGUAGUAUGCGUAUACCUCUGUACACAGACUAAAACUCGCGCGCGGCGGCCGAACCAGUAACAGUAAUCCGCAACAGAGGUCGCCGGGGUUAGGUAUUAUACACACACACACACACACACAUACACACACACACACACACAUUAUAAUAUUAUAUGGUCGUGUUUGGAUGGAUCUGCUUUGCCACGACCUUGAACAUGUUGUGUGUGUGUGUGUGUGUGUUUGAAUGUUACAUGAUGAUUGGGCUUUUGUGACAACGAAAAAUAAUAUUAUGAAAACGCGUAUGUCUGUCUAUAUCGGUGUUUCCCAACCUGGGGGGAGGCGCUCCUUGGGGAGACGCGAGCAGUCGUCAUGAAGUAUAAUUUUAAUUUAUUAAAUUUAUUAUUUAUUUUUUUGUUUUGGAGUGGGCACGAGAUUUUUGAAAAUUUACAAUGGUAACGUAGAAUAAAAUAUUGGUUGGAAACCACUGGUUCUUGUACACGCGCGCGCGGUUUAUACUUAAAAUAAUAUUAUGUAUUUUUAGGAUACAUUUAUAUGUAUAUAAUUAGUCGUGUUAUAGAUCUCAGUAAGAUAGAUAGGGAGAGAGAGAGAGAGAGAGAGAGUGAGCGAGAGUGAGUGAGAGCUAAUAUGUUACACGUCAAAUGCAGCUAAAAUAAUAACAAUAAUUGAUGAUAAUAUAUGCGGAAAAAUUAGCGCUGGUAUACGGACGGGAGGUGGGAGACGUAUACAAAUAAUAAUAAUAAUAAUAAUAACAGUACUAUAUAUGUUAUUAUGUUUUAUAAAUUGGCGCACGUACAAAACUUUGUAAAGUUUCACCGCGGGACCGACUCGUAAAUGUAUAUACACCAGCAUAUAUAUAUAUAUAUAUACAAGCAGUAGAUAUACGUCACGCAUUCGAAAAAAAAAAAAAAAAAUUUACGGCGACAAGUUCGCGACGGUUUUCGGUUUUCGGAUAAUAUAAGUCUUUCGCGACUUUUACGUGACAGUGCAACCUUCUGCCCGCCGCCGUUUCAUUCUCUCGCACUCUCUCUCUCUCUCUCUCUCUCUCUCUCUCUAUCACACACUAUCUCUCUGUUUUUCUCUCCCUCUUUCUUACCAACCUGUCCACCCGCAAACGGCAACUAGACCGUAAUUUAAUAUUGUUAAUAUAGUUGCGUCAAUGACGGUUUUUACGCCCGCGAUUCGACCCUGAGUUAUUGCCGCCGGCACCGUCGCGAUAUCAGCCGAUUUUCAAGUAUAUCCGGCGAAAUAUCAUUAUUUUGCCACCGUGUUGCACUAUUAUACUAGCUCGGGCCAAAGGACGAUUCGCGAACACGUUAAAAAAACAAAAACAAAAACCCGGUACUGCUGAUGAAGACGUUUUUGCUAUUGCGCACGGAAAUUGGAAGGGAGGAUGUAUAAUAUAAAAUAUACACGUCAGUGCGUAACGGUGAACCGAUGCUAACGAAAAACGAUCCUGAGCGGGUACGGGUUCACUCGUUGUUGAGGCGUAACCUUCAGAAAUCAAUAAAACAUUAUGCAAAACUUAUCAGUUUUCCUCGUUUAUAUUUAAAAAUUUCCUCAAUAUACCAACUAGAUCGAAAAUGAUUAUAGUAAGUUUGAGAAGUUGUUUACACACCAAGAAAAAAAAAACAAAACAAAACGUAUCGUAGUUAAAUCAAUAUAUUCCUUGCUUCGUUCAGAAUCUAUAAACCGAUUUUACAUAAAUAGGCACACCUAAACUCUAUAGGUCGGCAUUAGAUUUCGAGUGUAACGCGGGCAAGCUAUUAGUUUUACUAUAAUAAAUCGUGUUUUUUUCUCGGUAAACACUUAUUCCGUUUGGGAAAAACUCUUCGAUUUUUUUCAUACACCGAUAUUUUAAAAGAUGCAAAUUUUUCGCCCUGUGCAAAUAUACUUUAUUUGAACACGCAUUUUCCCUGUAUUAUAUUCCCGAAGGUUUUACUUUAAAAAAAACUUAAAACAAAUGUUUGUUUUAAUAGCCGAUUAGUUUGUUUAGAAAACGCGAUGGUAUUUGUUAUUGCUUGCGGUCCAAAUCGAAUAUUGGCCGUUUGAUCGUUUGAACAAGACAUCAUUAUUUUAUCGCGCUUCCGUAACACGAGAAGUCUUUUUAAGAUUCACUUUUAUAUUGAUUUUAUGUAUAGGUAUAAAACACAAAAAAACAGUCAAUUUUUAAAGCCCAUAAUAAAGUUUAUAACUUCAUUAUUGAAAAAGAUACAAAGUUUGAAAAGGUUUUUUUUUUAUAAAAAAUACAAAAGUAAUUUACUCUAGACCUCGUUGUUAUAAUAUAUAGAUAGAACUUUUUAAAGUAAAAUUGUGUCGAUGAAGAAAAGGUUUGAUCGAGUCGUCGUUUUUAUAUUAGUUAUUUUUUUUAUUUUCGAAAUUGAAAAUACUUCACUAUACGUCAUGUUAACAUUUAUUUUAUGUUACGCAUUGUUAUUUAUAUACAAAUAAACAGGAAAAAAGCAAAUACUACUGAUGGAUGUGACACUGUCGUAGGUGGAAAGUCGGGACGGAGGAUGUAUAUAGUGGUUAAAUUUAUAUUUUUCGAAAAUGUCAAUGAGUAGCUUGACAAUGGCCAGAAUAUUUUGAAGAAUUGACCAUUCCUAGUAAAUAUAGAUGUACAAUAUAAUAUAUACAAGGCAAAUUUCAGACCUAAACAAUUAAUUUUAACCGAAUCGCAAUAAAAUUAUUAAAUUGAAAAUAAUGAAACCGUUAUUGCCGUAAACUUGCCCGUUUUUCUCCAGUUAUUAAGAAAACUACAAGGAAAAUGAAAACAUGAUCGUUUCAAUGCACCAUGUUGGUAAAAAGUAUACAAAAAAAUACCGCAUCAUAGCAAAAUCAAUGCAUUACUCACUACGCUUAGAAUAUAAAAAUAUAUUGUUAUUCGUAGUGAUUUUAAUAACAAUAUUUUUUAUCCCAAGGGAUUGUGUCAAUUUUUUACUUUUCCAUAAUUUUGUCUCGUUAAAUUUUUUUUUUGUCUAGAUUUCAAUACUUGUAAUAUUGAAAAUUAAUAUACCUAGGUUAUUUUUGUUUAGCAAAAGAGCAUAAGCAUUGAAUUGCCAUAUUUAAGUUAAGACAUUUAAUAUUUUAGCUAUUUAGCAAUUAUGUCGUUAUAAAAUUUAGAAAGUUUCAAAAUUUAGAUUAAUUGCAUUGAUUACUAUAUGAAAUUGACUUAACCGUUGAAAAUUUGGAUUAAUAUUCAGUUAUCUAUGUGUUUUUUUAUUAAUGUGCAAUUUUAUAAUAAUCAACUCCGAUACUUUGAUUAUUUCCUUGGGCACAAUAUGUACUGGGUAUUUUGUUGUUCGAAAAGAUUCUUAAACGACGUGUUGACUUUGAACGGGUCUCCAAAUCGAUUUGUUCACACGGAGAAAAUGUUUUUCCUUUUACCCAAUAGGUAAUAAACAUGAAAAACUCAAUAGGAUAGAAAUGUAAUACACACUUUGUGAAAGAAAAAGUCGAUUUUAUUUAUUUAUUUUUUUAUUUAGUUUAAUUUUGAAAUAUCUCAGCUACCGGCGGUGACAUUGUUUACCGACUAUAGUCACCUGCGAAUCGUUAGCGUUAUUGUAUUGCCCCUAUACUAUACUAUUAAUUUGAUUAUAAUAUUUCGUCUCCGUCACGAAUGAUGCGGGCGAAAAUAAUGAGUUUAUUAUUGUAUAUUUAGUAAAAAAAUUGUAAUUGCGCCUUGAAAAUUGUUUAUUUUGCUGUACCGAAAAAAACCUUAAUCAAUCGAUGAGUUUGUUUUCGAAUACACCAACGUUAAAAAUCGUAAUCAUCGUGUAAAAAUAUAAUCAACUUUUUUGAAAUCACAUACUUAUUAUAAUAAACGUAUAAAUAAAUAAUGUCUGUUCCCAGAUUGGAUUUUCAAAAAAAGGUUUUUUUAUAACGUUAACGCUUUUACUGCUGAAUUACAUUUUUUCCUAGUAAUCCGGCAUACAUUUUUAUUUUUUGGAUCAACAAUUAAUAUUUCAAUGUUUUUUUUGUCAUUAAUUUAGGACUCAUUAGUUAAAUCAUAGUUCAAAUUUGAUAUUGGUUCCCAAAACAGUCGAUAUUAUCGCGUUAUUCUUAAUUUAAUCGUGGCUGCGCUCUAAAUAAAUCGGUAUACAGGGUGAUUUUAUUAUCAUGAACCGGCAAUUAUCUCAGAGGAUUUUAAGUGAAUCUGUUUGUUCUUAUCAUUAUGGAACCGUUUAAGCUUUAUUUUAAACGCCAUUUUUAAUUUUGUACCCCUACUCCAUAUACCUUAACAAAGUGCAUACAUUUGCUUUUCAAAUAGGGAACAUAAAUACAGAAUAUUUUUCUAUUCAAAUCUGUGUUCAAAAGAGGGGGUUCCCCAUUUGAAAAUCAAAUGUAUGCACUUUGUUAAGGUUUAUGGAGUAGGCGUAAAAAAUUAAAAAUGGGUUUAAGUUAAAGCUUAAACGAUUCCAUAAUGAUUAAAAAAAAAAACAGAAAUCAAAUUCACCUAAAAUCCUUUGAGAUAAUUGCUGAUUCAUGAUAAAAAAAUUACUCUGUAGAUAAAUAUCGAUGGAAUUUCGGGAACCCCGGACUAAAUCGUAUUAUACUUAUAACUUCUUUGUACGAGUUCUUUUUAUUAUAUCUUUGGAUUCGUACAUUAUCAUAUUAAUUAAAACAGCUGUUGUUGAUUUUUUAAAAUGGUAGGACGCGCAUAAACGCGUCCAAAACACCGCGGAGUUGCUCACCACUGGAUUUUAUAACGCGUGUAACUGCUCAGGUUUUUGUUUCGCCAAUCGCCCGAGAGUUGAACAAACAAAAUACAAAAUAUACCUGUUACGAAAUUCUCGCCCAUCAAUUAAAUCGCGCAGUUAUGAUAUUAUACGUAUAUUUGUACAAAGCUUAGUCGAACUUUUAGCGGUAAAUGUAUGCAAACGAUAUUUGUACAUUUUUGGGUUUUCGACUAAAAACGUAUACCACGUAUACGGUACACUCUGUGAACAAUAUUCGACUCCGUGCGCAACGCGUAACUACUGUAUAUACGGAUACAAAUUGAAAAUAAUUUGUCUACUCUUAAAUUCGAGUCGGAUGUUAUAUUAUAUUAUAACACGCUGUCGGGUGAGCUUUAAGGAAUAUAAUAAUACGUAUGUAUAUGUAUACGGCGGCUGUACAAUACUCGUUUGUGAAAAGUUGAUAUGUAAAUACGUUGAUAUGUAUUAUCACUCGUGUUAUUUUAAAUCGUCGAAUGCUAAUGUAAUAUUAUUAUUUAUUAUUAUAUUAUACGUUAGCGUCAAUGUCGGAAAUUCAGACAAUGUCGGUAAUGUAGGCAAGAUGUAUCAAUAAAAUCGCUUCGUUUAGGGGACUUUGGCCACUAUUAAUAAAAAAAAACCCGUUUUUGUUAUGCGAAAUCACGUCGGGUAGGCUUUUAUUCGCGAGCAUUAUGUCAAUUGCCGACACUGACGCUGACGUAUAAAAUUAUACAGCAUACGAAUUAUACGAAUUUUCAGACGGAAAAGGAAACGAAACUACGAGUUUUUAAAGGUAUCUUAAAGUUGUUAAUACGCACCUAAUAUUCCCGUUGUGUCCGCCCAUCCGUGUAGUUACUACUUGCAUACCUAUUACCAGGGCCACUAGGCCAACAAAAGGGUACAGUAUUUCGAUUUUUGUAUCCAUCUUCAUCCGAAAACUAAACGAAAAUGUUUGAUGAAAAACACCAUCAGAAUAAAUUAUCUAAUCAUCAAAUUAAAAAAAUUAAAAUGAAAACAAAAUAAAAAUAAAUUUCAACGAUAGGCAUUUCAAUUAUUAUUCAGUAUCUCUUAUUUUAUAAUAUCUUAUUUUAUUACUCUCGUUGUAAUUUAUAACGGUUUUCGAUUUGUACAACAAGGAGAUGUAUAUUAUUUGUAGCGUUAUCAAGUACUUACCGUAAACUAGGUAUUUUAAAAUAUAUAAUUACGCGUAAUUUUUAUGUGAUUAUUUCCGUGACGCGUAUCUCUCGAAAGAUGGCUAAUAUUUUGAAACGCGGUUUCGAUAAAAAAGGUUUUUUUUUUCGGGAUAUAAAAAAGAACGUGGGCUCGUUGAUUUUGAAAAAAAAAAAACGUGCUGAAAGGAUAUUAUAAUAUACUACUAUUCGUGUUAUACGUACUGAUAACGAGUUGUUUAAAUGAGCAAAUGAUUGUGGCUAAAACAUAUUACUAUUUACUAAGGUUCCUAUACGUGUAUACGCUACCCGAUGUUAUUAAUUAAAACAAUCAAUUUUCAAUUUAUAAAUCAACCGUAUACGCGUAUACAGGGGUGGUUUAAUUCGUUGGGGGCUUACGCUACUCCGGUACUCCGGGUUCGGAUAUGUUUAUCAUUAUUAUAUUAAUUCAAAUACGUAAAAUAUUAAACGUAAAAUUCGUAACGGGGUACUUUGAGUAGUUUACGAAUUUCAAAAAUGCCCUGUCGUCCGUGUAAUUAAUACUGUUAGCUAUUCCGGUACUAAAAAUUCAGAUGUUCAACUCAUUUAGGUUUCUACGCACGUAAGCGCGAGUAAUAAUUACGCUGCACUAUUAGGUUAUAUUAGGUUAUCAAAAUCGUACGGAAUAUCUACGGAACUGUUAUAUAGUUAAUUGUAUAAAGUACGUUUAGAAACCGGAGAGGGGGACAUUACACGCUCGCGGUGUUUUUUCUGCAACGAUUUCAGUGCUACUCGUUUUAUAUUUUCACGAUACAUUUUCUGAGUUGUCGCGUGAAAAUCCGGUUUUUGGUUCAAAUAUAAAUCUGGGGCUUUGGUCAAUAAGGGCCAAUCUCACUUUUAAUGCAUUUUGGGAAAUUGAGAGUAAAACACGUUUUCCGGUCUUUUUGAUAUUGCAAUAGUGAUUUUUCUAUCGACAUUGAUAUUUUCAACUAUCACAAUAGUGAUUAUUGAGAUACGUCCUUUUAAAGCACAUACAAUUUCGUAUGAUUCGUCAUAAAACUAAUUUUCACCACAUUAAAAUGUGACAUCUUGGCCUAAGCCCUAGGAAAAUUACCGACCGUAGUAGUUGUAAAUAAAAGUGCGAUUUUUUUCUAAAAAUAUUUUGAAAUGUCAAUUUUGCCGCAAUUCGUAAAUCAUUUUUUUUUUUUAGCGUUAACAAUUAUUCACUUUAGCCCGUAAAGAGUUUUUCGAAGGGUGGCAAGAAAAAAAAAAAAAAACAUACAUCAUUGGAAACUAAUAGCUUCGUCGCUUUACUCGGAAUCUAAAGUGAAUUCCGCUGCACUAAAGUGUAUAAAUUUCAGGGGGGAAAAAAAAACUGUCUAUCACCGAAUACUAAUAAUAUCCGUUGGCUGUACUUUUAAAAGUAUUAGGUCGAACGUUUAACGAUACCGUACACAAAGUUUGUUGGUAAACUGAUUAAUGAUUUUAAUUUUAAAUCCACCGAAUCGAAUAAAUAAUACGGCAUCCGAACGUUUUUAUCGUAUAAUUAAAACGUGUUGUAUCGCAUAUAAUAUAUAUUUUGUACAGUUAAAAUCCCAUAAUUACUACGAUAUACCGUCUACGGAUUUUUCUCGCCGGGUAAUUAUACAAGCGAGUUGAGAAAACUCUGCAAAGACCGAGAAUAUUUUCGGCACCAUAAACAAAAAUAUAAAAAAAGAAAUCAUUUAAAGAGCGUCGGGAUUAAACGUAAUGCAGUAUACACUUGAAUAAACAAAGUUCGUUGGAAACACAUCGAACGUUUAUUGUUAAUAUCGCGUAAUAAAUUAAUUUGAAUUGAAAAAAUAAUAUUAAUCACAGCGUUUAAACGGGUAUUAUGAAAAUUAAAAUAUAAAACGUUGAACUUUUUCGCCCAGUACCUGUACCGGCCAGUUACACUGGUUAGGAGUAAUAUUACAAUACCUGCUGUGUGCAAAUCGAAAUUCGCGGUUCGGCCGCCGAAAUUCGACCUCAGAAUAAUAAAAACCGCGUGUUACGACGACAAUCAUUUGGAGUUUUCCUUGAACACGCGAACCGAUAUCGAAACGAAACCAAAACGCGUUAUGGGCACUGUGCGGCGACGAAAUAAUUAAAAAAAACUCCGUCUCUGUUUACAGAGCCCCGCGGGACAAUAGUUACACUUACCCGGUGCCCGUUUUAAAUCAAUUUAUUUACACGGCCCGAUAUGAUCUCUCUUCUGUUAAUAUUUAUAAUAUAUACUACGACGAGAGCACUCGGGGCGGCGCGGUGUCGAGCCGCUCACGCCCGGGCCCGGGCCGCGGAACAAUGUCGCCGCCGUCGUCGUCGUACGCGGCGGCGGCGGCGGCGGCGGUAAUUUCGACAAAUUAAAUUUUCGCCAGGGCACCGGCCGUCGCAGUUCUACUUUUGCGCAGGAGAGAGAAGAAGAAAAAGAGAAAAAAGAAAAGCGACGGCGGCGCGGCGCAGUUGACGAAUAAAGAGGGUGUCGACGGCGGCGCUCCGGGGGCUGAUUAUAAUAAGUGAUUACUGCGGAACGCUUCGAUUUUAAUGAAUUUGCGUUUACUCCGCGGGGCUGCGUACGCGCACGCCGCAGCGUCGGCUACACCGUGUGCCGUGUGCGACUGUACCGCGGGACAGAUUCAAUUAAAACGGGGAUGCCCGAGUAUAUCGCUGAACACUCCGGGGGCGUUCGCGUAUUUCCUAACCGAAAAACGGGAUUCCCGUAGAUUAGAACGUGACGCGCGCCGCCGUGCCGCGGGCGUUCCGAACCGUCGAAAACUAUCGGUUUCGUGUCGACGUGUCGCGCGCGACAAUAACGGCCAGGCCGGGAACGCGUCGAGUCGGUUUCGGGCUCGGUAAACUGCGAAACGUGACGCGCCGACAAUAGUAAUGAUGGCAACAAUAAUGGUCGCCCCACACGCGCGCGCGCUUAUCGGGACCCGCGCGUUUUCGCCGGUUUACAACGGACGGGCGGACGCGUUUUUCCGAGAGAACCGACAAUAAUUAUUGUUGCGCGGACAAAUGUGAAAACAAAAUCGACACGAUUUUUGUUCGUUUAUUGUUUUCCGCGCAACAAACUCGUAUGGGCACUGGUGAUUACUGGAAGCGAACGAAAUAAUCGUUCGUGCGCAAUGUCGUUUGACGAAUAACAUGCAACACUUUUUACCGUAAAAAUAACGCGGGCGCCUAGCCGGACCGACAUCAUCGGCCAUAAAAGAGCUGAUGAACUCGCGCGAAAGAAGCCGCUACUACGGCAAACCCCAUUCACUGUCAAGUAUACUCAAUGUCCGACGUCAAAUUAAUAAACAAAAAUAACAAAAAAAAAAAAAAUACACGACACAUGGCAAAACGAACGGGAAACGUCCAACGUCCUAUAUAACGUCAAUAAAAUGACACAUUUACUAGUAAAGACGAAGCGGUCAUAAAUACCGUCUCAAAAUAGGCCGUACAAGAUUAACCCGUGAUGAUUACCUGAUGAAAAAAGAAGAUAUGCACAAUAUGCCCAACUUGUAAUUUUCAAACAAAUUUUAAAUUUUUUUCUGAAAUUUGUAUUUCCGGUAUCAAUAAUAUACUCGAGUUCCUAAAGGAUCGGUGAACUAUGUACAAACAUAUAGUAUUGCAGUUUAUCAAAUGUUUAUGUAUUUUCACCCUCCCCCUUCAUCUCCGUUCCUGCCCUUAGUUAUAAAUUAUAAUAUUGUUAAACGAUUUAUCGAAUGUAUUACCUAUAGUUAAGUUAAGAUUCCUAUAGCCAAUGGCCUAAGUCGCCGAGACAGUAUGUUUUUUGCGACGUUGCCGUAUUUAACUAUUUUUAUUGAACGAUGUCUGAUACUGGUCUUGUUUUGCAUAGAAAAUUGUGUUCAAUAAUAUUAUAGUAUUACGAGGCAUUUGCGGAAAAAAGUUAGAUUUGUAUCGCAUACGCCUUGGCACGAAUUCACAACGAAAAUUUUACCGGUGGAUAAUAUUAUAAAAAUCAAUGGUAACGUAUGAAAACUAUUAUCUAACCAAUCUAUAAUAGCUGCUGUUACUGUUGUUAAUUUUAACAAUUUACCUAAUAUAUAAGUUGUAUUAUUAUGUUUCGUUCCAUGAUAAAUAAAAACAUUCGUCUUACUGUUAUUAUAAUUAACUGUAUAGAAUCAACUUGUGAAGUGUAGACGAAAAUAGGCCGAAAAUUAUCUAAAAGUAUGCAACGCGAUGAAUCGUUUUAUAGCCGAACCAUGGGAACGUCGCACGUAAAUUCGUUCUCAAUCAUAUUAGUUUUCGGGAUUAGCUCCCGAGUUCUUUUUUGAAUUUCAAGGUGUUAUCAAUUGUUUGACCGACAAAGUAGAUCGCCGGUUUGUCUAUAGUGAUUACAAUAUCAUGAUUAUCGCGAUGCUGUUGUACAGUAUAAAAUACGGGUUGUUAUUAACAUUUUGAAAAAUAUAAAAAUUCGAUGGAAAUAGCUGUUGAUAGCUAGAACUUUCGGAUUUUUAAAAAAAAUAUAUUCGUAUUAUCCCAUGCCUUACAAUGAUGACGACCGAGGCGACACGUAUGUAACAAAAACAAAAAUAAACACGAAUUCAAUACAGAGGCGAGAUUAUUUUUAAAAAAUCGCUGGGAUGAAAAUCCGGGUUUUCGACGGUGGCUUACAUAAUCACAAAAAUUAGAAAUAUGCGGGGAAAAAAUGUGUAAAAAUCGUUAUACUGUUAUUUUUUUUAACUAUCGAAAUAUAUAGAUAUAUAUAUUUUUUUUUUGACUUCAUACUCGAACCGUCGGUGUCACAUGACAUAAAUUUCCGCGGCACUCUGUUAGAUUUAAUGUCAAGCUAUCAGUGGCGUAACUGGGGUAGCGGUCGUGACCCCGAAAAGCUGUAUGGGGUCGCAAGAGUAUCAUUUUGUUACCUCAAAAAUAUUUAUGUAAUUUAAUAAAAAUAAAUUCCGCGCUAGUACGUUUUUACUAUUUGAUUAUCUUUAAGUGGUUAUCAGAAAAAAAAAGUUAUUUUUGAAUUUUCGUGUCAUUGAUAAGUGAUAACAGUAUAACGCAGACUGUGGUAAACUUUAGACCAUUUAUGAUCUAAGGUGGGAGCCACGGGGCUGCACUCUGCUAUCCCGUCCAUAUACAAUUAUAGCUUCAGUAUAAUAGUUUGUGUUUUGUAGACAUUUUUUUCAAUUACAUACCUAAUAGUUUUAUUUUCUGAUUUAUUAAUAUGUACCUUUAUCAUACUUUGCUUAUAUUAAUUUUAUUCUGAUUAUCGUUCAAACUCUCAACAAAAUAUGUCUGAUAACGAUGUGAAUUAUGGAUCAGAAGCAAACAAUUUGUUGAAUUGCAUAUUUAAUUUUGUUUGUUUUUAUUAAAAACUGUGCUUUAAUAAAUAGACAUACUUUCUUAAUAUUUACAGUCCCCAUCACUAAAUUAUGCAUUUGUUAAGGAAAUGUCAAUCGAAACUUAUGAAUCAUUGCAAGACUUACGUUUAGAUGAAAAUUUCAAUAAGUGUUGGGAAUCGUAACAAGAUUUGGUAAAAAAUAAUGGAUUUCUAUCACCAAAACUUCCUCAGAAUAGAAAGAUUUCUCAUAAAAAACUUGGAAGUGGUUAUGUUUUUUUAGAGUUUCAUGAUGAAAAGUCCUAUUACCGAAUCUCUAUAUUUUCCAGUUUUGGAUAUUGUCAUGAAAGAAAUCAAAGAUAGAUUCAAUGAAAAUGAUCAAUCUAUUUUACAUUCACUGAUGGAAACACUAAUCAACAAAAGCUUUAGUCAAUCUUCAAUUCAAGAAGUUUGCAAUUUCUAUGGACCAAAUGAAGAUAACUGCUGAAUUAAAAAUAUUUAACGAAAUGUUUAAAAGCUGUGAAAAGUAAAUAACAUUGGAAAUACAAUUUUGUAUUUAAAAACCACAGAUAUUCAAAAUUGUUUCCUAAUUAUAGUUGAAUUGUUAAAAAUUGUUUUAACCAUUCCCAGUAGCAGCGUAUCAUGUGAAAGAUCAUUUUCUUCUUUAAAAAACCUAAGCAAACUACCAUCAGUCAAUAUCGUCUUUCAAACAUGGCUAUAUUAUAAAUCGAAAGAGAAAGAAAUGUAAACAACGAAAAAAUCUAUCUCUUUAAUAAAAAUAAAAAUCGAAAAAUUGAUUUACAAUAGAUAGUAGGUAAUAGUUUUAAAUAAUUUUUUUACUGUAUGAAUUCCUAUAAUCUUUGUAGUAUAAUAGUAUAUAUUUAACUCAAACUAAUCACUAAGAAUGAAAUGUGAUAUGAUAAAUACAAUUUAUAAAUGUAUUAUAAUGUGGAUUUUUAUUUUAAAACUAAACUGCGGAUAUUAUUAUUAUUUUUAGAAUUAUUUAGAAAGAAGUUAUGCGUAAGUGGUGUCUAUUCAACGGUUUAAACGCAAGCUAAAAAGGGAACACGUUAAUUUGGGUUCUAAAAUCUAAUAUGACAGGAGGGCAUAGGCGCAAAUAGUGUUUUAGAUUUUGGAGGCUUAAGCCAGAAAAAAAAAUUUUUGUCAAAAUUAAAUUUGUUUAUCCUUCAUCAAUUGCUAAUCAUCGUCAUAAACUAUUGUAUUUAAAAGGUAUGGAAAAAAAAGGUCAGAAUAAUGAUUUUUGGGGGGGGGGGUAAAUUGGUAUUCUCGGGGAGUUAGUCUCAAUAACCCCCUAUUUGUGCUUAUGGGAGAAUACGAAGCAUAUAAAAGUGUUCACUACCCCGAACGUUUGCUGCUAGUUACGCCACUGCAAGCUAUAAUGCGUAUAUAUAGCCAGGCGUAAGUCCCUAACCCCGAAUUAAUAACCGUAUAGUACCUAUACUGCAGGAGAAGGCAAUAUUAUUAUUAUUUAUUAUAGUGUGUUACUUAAUAUUCUACCGGGACGUCCGUUUAUAUUAUAUUUUCACAUAUUAUUAUUAGUAUUUCGAACACGAAAUAGUUGUACACAAUAAAAACCGUUAAUCAUUAUUUUUGAAGCCACCACCGUACAAACACGUAUACCGGAGGGUCGGAACGCCCAAGUUGUGACCCAGGAAACGGCAAACUCGACCGUUUUUCCUCCCAGUUGGCUCCCGUUAAUCGGUACCUAUAGAAUUGUGUAAUAAUAUUGUAAUACACUUGUAAUACGUUUUCGUUUGUGCGAUCGCGAACCACGAACCAAAAUCUUAGUCUUGCAGGUUUUUGGUCAAUCUUCUUGGUUAGACUAUGGUAUCGUCUUGGUAGACUUGGUUAGUCUGCGUCGCGAUCCGGAAAUUUAUGUCUCAUUGAUUUUCGACUCAUACCGAACGGUAUGAAUUGUGUCAACGAGUUAACGAGUGCCACGUGUACCGCGCGUGUUUUAAAAAUUAUUUUUAAUUUUACUAAUACGGUAUAUUCUGAUAUAAUAUAAUAAAAAAAAAAAAAUUAGAUCGUGACAAUUUUUUAACUACACACAUGAAGAAAACGACGAUGAGGUUUUUUUCUGGUAUUUGUCGAAAGGAGAAAACAUAAAAAAAAAAACACGAUCCAUUAUAUUUACGCGGAAAAGUACCGAAGGUUAUCAUGCGAAAUACUUAUCAACGGCCGUUUGGAAAACAACGAAAUCGAGUUCGGGGAAUUUUUUCAGAAUAAACCGUGAUUGGUUCGAAUGUUCAAUAUUAUUUCGAAUUUAAUAAGUGACGAUUGAACUUUGAUUCCAAUAGUUUUCGCAAACAAACCAAUAUCACCGGAAGAAAAAUUGGUAGUUAUGCGUCUUCAAAAUCCUUGUUUCGGGGAUUAUAAAUUUGGGGGAUGUUUGGCCACGCGUUCUGUCAAUAUCUCGUCCUUAUCCUUGCUGAACUUGGUCGCUUCAAAACUCUUAGCCGAUCGUAAAUGAGUAUCAUGUUAUAUUAUGCAAUCGUAUUAUUUUUUUUUUCUAAACAACAAGUCUUUCACUGUUUGACAGAUAAAAUUUAGAUCACUAACCGGGAUCGCGCGAACGAAAACUUAUCUUUAUACAUAGUAACACCGGCUAAAUGGGGAGGGGGGGACGCUCGUCUGCCCCGUUCAAAACAUAGAUGGACAAACAUAUCGCUCUCCUCUAAUAAAAUACAGGAAAUAUAAUGGUAUAACUAUAUGGACACCAUCUAUAUUUGUGCCCCCUCCCCUUAUAUGAAACAGUUUCUGCGUUUCGUGCCCAAAUAAUAAUAAUACGAGUGCAAUUUUAUGCGUCGGUGAUAAUAAUAUUACGCAUAUUAAUAAAACGUAAUAUUUUCUCGUCAAAAUCGACUUUUGUAUACUCAUGUAGAGUCGUCUGGUUUUCGAUAUACGAUACCGUAGCUCGAUAUAUUUCCUCGUUCAAAUUAAAACUAGAGUAACAAUAAUAUUUCUUAGGAGAAAUUUCCUGAGAAAAUCGAAAAAUGACCUCCCUAAAAUACUACUCUAAGACAUUUUCCUUUCUGUAUCGUAUACUUUGGAGUAAGUUUUCUGGUAGAAAAAAGUGUUCACAUAAAAAAAAAAAAAAACAAUACAUUUUUUGCUACACUCAGAAUCUCAAACAACGUACAAACACAGAUAAUAUUCUUCGAUUUAAUAAGUCAAAUUUUUGAUUUAAUAGGUCAAUUCACUCUAAUACUAAGAACUAAAUUCAACAACACGAGUUUGGUACUGUCGAACGCAAAUUUGUUAUGCUACACAUGGGUCAGAGAGAGAAAACAAAUUGUGCACUGACAUUCUCUUAAGUGCACCCAAGUAUACUUGUUACUAGUUUUUAUAAUAAGUACCUACGUAUAAACAACAUUGCAGUACCGUUGAAGUGUACGAUAGUAUGUAUAAAAUAUAAUUUAUGUAUUAUAUGUAUCUACAUAACAUCUAUAAAUAAAUAAAUAAUUCAGAUAAAUAUAUAAAUAUUUUUAAUUGCAGAUGGUUUUAGGCUCUGAAGCGAGGAAUGUAUCAUACGUUAUACUAUUACGCGAUUUAAAUUUUUUGUGUCAGCAAACAACUUUUCCACCGAAAAUCUUACUCCAAUCAAAACCAUUGUAGGAAAUUGUUUCUAUUAUUUUUUUAUCUUAUUAGUUUUUUGGUAUAAUUGUUAUUGAUUCCAGUGUAUCUUGGCAAAAACGGAAAAAUACGACUAAUAAUACUCGGCUCAGAAUUGUUUUUCGUUAGCAAUGGCUAUAAAUUAAAUUAUUCUUAAUAUAUUCUCUCUUCCAAUUACCCUUCUAAAAUAGUGGAACAUCAACAGUAUUGGCCUUUCUUUUGUUUGCAAUAAAUAUUGUUAAAAAUUAGAAAGUUAUAUAGCGUAUUUUUGUGAAUAAAAAAUAAUAUAUCGAUUUUAAGAAAAUAACUUAUUGCCGUACAAAUUUUCGUUUAAUAAUAACUAAAUAUCGGUCAAAGAUAUAUUGUAUAUUUUUAGUUUUCUAUUGUUAUAAUACAAAAAAAUAAUAGAUUGUAAAGAAAAGAAUAAAAAGUAUUUAUAUAUAAACUCUAACAAAACUUCUCACAUAUUUUUCGAGAGGUGUUUUUUUUCUUCUUCUCUUGAUGCGUUAAGGUUAUAUAUAUUUUUUGUCUUAUAUUGAAAAAAUGUUCUUUCUAGCGUAGGUGCCUAUAGGAUAAAAGUACAAAACUGUUUUCAACCCAGUCAUCUCGGUCCCCUGUCCUUCAAUAUGUCACAAACAACAAUGUCCACAAAAGCUCAAAAGCGUCACGUUAAAGCGAUUGUGAUAAGUUUUUUUGUACACGUUGUCGUCGUCGAAAAUCGAUAUUUUCGAAUCCAUCUCCGCGCGCUGAUAUAUUAAAUAAUACGAUUUUGUCAUAUUAUUUACUUAGGUUGGUAAUGUUCAAAAUACGAAAUCUUUUAGAACGUAUAGGUACAAUAAAAUAUAACUUUAUAUAGCAACACAGCGUUUAUAUUUUAUUAUAAUCCGUUCUUAAACACGCGUGGGUAAGAUUUUGGAGAAAAUACCGAACGGCUUGUUAUAAAUAAUAUAAAAUGGGUUACCGAAUAGGGAAAUUAAAUAUUGCAAUGUACGGAUGGGUUUUACAUAUUAUAACGUUAUUAUAAUUAUUCAUGUUUUAUUAUGUUCAACGUUUAGGUUACAUCGAAAAAAAAUAAAAAAUAUUCUAUCGUGUGAAAAUAUAAUUGUUCAGUGUACCCCGAACAUUUCUAUAGACCGUUAUUUCGUUUCGGUUUCGGAAUACUUUUAUUCGUAGGUUUAAAGCUAACGUUCAACUGAAACCGGUGGCCGCUAUAACCGGGUACCUGUAAUAUUAUACUGUAUAAUCCGUUGGCACAAUAUUAAACUGAUUGUAAUUUAACGCCCGGUAUGGUCAGACUGUCGUUGGCCGCCCUGCCAAAAUCACUAUCGUACAUUUGCCAAGCCUUUUUUUAAAAAAAAAAAACCCUCAAAUAAUAUCUACCCCUGGCCGUCUGUUUAACGUGCGAACGAGUAUUUUCGUAACAAUAAGUGCUUUUAGCUUUUGCGUGUAACGAGGAAUAUUAUUAAACGCCAAUAAAUUUUAUUGUUUCGGCAUUGUUCAUUUUCCUUCAACAUUAUCAUUCGCGCGAAUAAAUUAUUUCGGAUUAGGCUUUGGCGUAGGGGUGCUCGUGUUUCGUACAAUACGGUUUAAACGGUUUUAAAUAAUCUCACAGGGUAAACAAUAUUUCAAUACCAUUUCGAGUCAAACCGCGAACAAAUAUAUCGGGGCUGUUUGUUUUUAUUGAAAAAAAAAAAAAUAACGAUAAUAAUAACAACGUCGCUUCAUUAUAAUAUAUUACGACUCGCGUGGCUUGGUUAAUCGACCGGGCCGUUACGUUAUGCGCUCGUGUAUUGUUUACCGCAGUGCCCGUGCCCGUACACCCCAAACAAAUUGUACAAUCCAAUAUUUAAUCAUCAAACGUACAGGACCGGGGUUAAUUUUACGCCCUUAAUAAUUAUUUUAUAUCGCAAUGAAAUAACGAAAACCCCGUACAUCGUUGAAAACUACAGUUUGAUGAUAAAUUGUACGUUUGUUGAUUUUUAUUUUUUCAUCAUAACUGUAUAAUGUUAACUUUAACGCUAGUUUAUUUAUGUUGAACCUUUAGUUCGGCGGCGGCGAAUAAUUCCUAUGUAAAUAUUUUAAACUUCGUCAUUAACUCACGUUAAACUUUAGGAAAUAUACGCUAUUGUAGUAGUUUUAAAACAAGGGUUGGGCAGUAUUUGUUAUUUACAAUUAUAUCUUGUAUAAUGAUAAAGUUCUGGAAAGUAUCGAGUGUCUAGAUACUCGUUUCGGGGUAUCUCGGCCAUAGGCAGGCGUCCGACCGAUUUUUUUUUUUUUUGAUUGUUUAUGUUCUUUUGAGUUCUAUAUUUAAAAGUUCAUUAUACUCGUUAAACAAUAUUGUUCGUAAAAUUAAAACUAGAAACUGAAAAAACUUUCGGGAACUCAAGGAAUUACCCUAAGUAUCAGGGGUUUUUUUUUAUGAUGAUUAUUUCUUUAUAGUUAAAAAUAUAAUUUUUUGUUUUUUUAGGAAAUUCGGAUGGAAUGUAUCAUAUGAAAAUUUUAAUCCCGUGUAUUACUGCCGGAGCCAUCAUCGGUAAAGGCGGGGAAACAAUCGCACAGCUACAGACGGAGACUAAUACCAAAAUUAAAAUGUCAAAAACUAACGAUUUUUAUCCUGGUAAGUUGACGUUAUUAAAACGUUUUAUACUAUAAGUAUUUUCAUAUUUUUAAAACAAUUAUUUUUCGAAUCAGUGUUCGAUUUGGACAUGUAAUAGGUAAUAAAUUUCUAAAUGUCCAACAAAUUUUAACUUAAAUUUUAAUAAAAGUAAAAUAUAAUUACACCAAAUUGGUUUAUUUUUAUUUUACUUCUGGUGUCAAACUGGCAUCAUCCAUACACAUUACAUCGUGAUCGUUAAUAUUAUAUCAAAUUUGAAACGUUAUUUGACUUGGUUACGAAGAAACACAAAAAAUGUUUUUUGUUGGUUAGGUAAACCUAGAAUAAACAUUAAGACAAAAUAGAUUUAUAAAUACGUAUUCAAAUGAGUUGGUCAAAAUUAUUUUUUCAUCGUUUAUUACGGUUAAUACAAAUUUAAAAAUAUUUUCUUUUAAUAGCAAUGGGGGCUGGCAAAAAUAAAAAAAUAAAUUAAAUACACAAAUUUAUAAAUCUACUUUUUGAAAAUUAAAUUAAUUUUUUGUCCCGACUUAUUAAAUCCAUAAAUUGCUUUGAAAAAUUUUCAAAAAAAAUCGGCUGGAAUCAAUUUUAUUUUCUCAUUCAAGCAAACUUACACAUUUAGGGAAAUGUUCACAACCCCCAUUGGUGAAACUUGGUUAAACUAUCAACCAUUCAUAUCAUUUAAUAUAAUAUUUUCUUUCCGCACUUAUACUGCAGACACGAUUAUACUUUGAUACAUCUUUGCCCAACAGGCAACUCCCGACAGUCCUAUCAAUAUUAUAGGUAUCAUAAAAUGCAAACAUAAUAUACACCUAAAGCGUAAUUCCUGUAUAACCUUUCUCAUGGCGUUUCCUUUUGUUUUUAAAACGAUCAGUUUUAAAGUACCGUCGGUACUUUAAACACUUGUUUUUGCACCGAUAAAUUGACGUCUCUUAAUGUAUUUUAUUAGGUGGGUAAACCGAGUGUAUAUCCGUGUACUGGUUGUUAUUAUUUUUUUUUUUUUCAGUUAAACAAAAAAGACCUAUUGAUCGUUAAAAAUAAUAUUAUUUUUAAAAUCCGUCAAUGAUUUCAUUAAAAAAAAACCUUUUGUGUAAACUAUGUUAAAAAAAAAAAAAAAAAAAAAACUGAAAAUAUUGAUUUAUUUUAAGUACGUAACUAUGUCCGUAAUUCAUUAUGGUUUAAUUGUUCGUCAAUUUACGAGUUUAUCACAUAAAAAGUUUGAAUUUUCGAAUCUGAGUAGAUAUACUAUUUUCAAAUUAUUUUUUCCUUACUGAAAUGAAAUAUUGUUUUUAACUUACAGUCGUGUCAUUUGUUUAAUUGUAUUCGUUUUAUAAUUCCAUAUUAUGUAACACUUGAACUGAACAUUGUAUAUUUUAAAAAGCACUGUUGGGUUUUAUCUAGAUAAAUGAUGAAUAAUUUAUCUGAGAUAGGUAAUUGAUAUUGAUUUACAUUGUUUAGAUAAAAAUAAAAUAAUAACAGCUAUUAAUGAACAAAACUAUUGUUCCAUUUUUAUCUAGAUCAAAAGUUGUUAAUCACUAUCUAAAUAAUUGAAUUUGUUAUAUAUUAAGCACCUUCAUUUAUAUAGGUAAUUAUCUAGUAAUGAUCGCUUAUCUAUGUUUAGAUAUUUUAAAAUUUAUCUUUAGAAUAUAAUAGUUAUUCCUAUUCCAGACAGCACUUUUCCGUUUUUAUGCCCGUAUAUAUUGUGGUUUUAUCCAGAAUACUUGCUUUAAUUAAAGACUUCGUGCGAGCUUUUUUCUAUCAUUUUGAAUUUCCUAUGAACAUUAAAAAGUUUAUUUUUUGAAAUUUUUGUUUAUUAUCUUAUCUAAAUAAAUGAUAAAUAUUUCAUCCGAGAUAAACAAUUGAAUUACGUUAUACAUUUAUCUAAGUUAAUCUCUUUAAAUUAUAAUAUUUACGUAUUUAUUAGAAAUAAUAGGAUAAAUAUUUAAUUCAUAAUAAUACAAUAUUAUAACAAACUAAUGAACUUUUUUGAAAUCUAGAUGUGUAUCAAAUCUGGUUUACACAUUUACUAUUUUAAACACUUAGUAUUUUAUGAUAGGUUAUGAACAAAAUCAUCGUUUUUAAUUUUUUUUUUUUCAAAGCGUUUUAGUUACUCCAUCUAGUUAGUUAAUUAUAUUUUAUCUUCUUCUAGAUAAUUAUUGCAACGAGUAUCACUUAUAUUUAUAGUGAUAUUUUAAAAUGUAUACAUUAUACAUCACUGAUUAUAAUUUCGCAAAUCUCGCGUGUUCGAGCUGAAUACAAUAUUAUAUCGUCUUCUUCGCGUAUAUGUUAAGAGUGUACUUAUAAGCUCAAGCGAUUGUAUACCUACUUACAAAUUGAUUUACAAACAAUAUCGUUUUACAUAGUAGAUUCAAAAAGCAUUAUAUUUCGCUCCUGCUUAAUCAUUUGUAAAAUAACGGAAAUAAUAUUAUUUUAGACAUUUAAAUCUGUAAUAAGUAUUUUUAAUACAAAAUAAAAUAUAUGUAGUUUCGAUUGUAUAUAAUACCUACUCGGUACACUUGUUUUAGAGAAAAUUUGAAUUUUACAAUAUACAAAUCGACGAAGUAUAAUAAUAUUGUUUUAAUCUAAAUAUACUCCAUAAAUGUGCGGGCCAUUAUUCCCGAGAAAUGAAACCAUAAAUUACAAAUAACGCGCAAACGUAAUACGUAAAAUGCAUAAUUAUUAUAAAUCAUUUUCAUAAAGUUUGUUUGAAUUAUUGGAAACGUAUCGAUUGAUGGUCUUAAAUAAUUAUAUUUACUGUUUUUCGUAAUAAUAUAAUAUUAUCUCUUCGGAGUGCAAUUAUCGAAUAAAAAUGUGUAUAGGUUUUUGUUUUUACCUAACACGCUUAAACUCAAUUAUAAUUCGACAAAAGACUAGAGUCAAAAGAUAUAUAAUGCAUAUUUUUUCACAACGGAGAGAAGAAAUUAUAAUUGACUAUAAUUUAAAACAAUUUUUGUUUGGAUCUAAAAAAAAAAAAAAAAUAUAUUAUAAUAUAAUUAGAAAAAAAUCAACCAAAAGAUAUUUUGAAACAAUCGUAUCUUACAUAUUCAUUAUUUUUCAUCUUUUUUUUUGUUAAGUUCAACCGUUGUUUUAUAGAUCUUACCUACAAUUCUAAAAUUGGUAAAAUAGCUUUGAAAUGUAUACUUUAUUCCUUACACGUAGGAAAAGGUUUCGCUCUACGCAUCUACUUAUAUCAACAAGAAUUGAUAGUUAAUUAUUUCUAAAAACAAAACCAAUCAAUUGUACACUUGGCUAAGUUUUUACUUAAGUAUACGUGUUUUAAUAUAUUUGCAAACGAAGACACAACGCACCUCUGUCUCGAUAGAAAAAAUAAGUAAUGGGACACAAAAAAAAAAAAAAUAAUAAUUAUACUAGAAUAACUCCGUUCGUGUGUAAAUGAUAACAUUAUAAUAUUUUAUCACUUUCGGCAUAAUAUGAAAUAAAUAAAAAAAAAAGAGCUGAUACAGCUGAUUGGUGUGCCAUUAUUGUAAGAGAGUAGUUGGGAUGUACAUAACGACAAAUUGUUGUUAACGAAAAACGAUUCUGAGCGAAGUUCGGUUGUACGCAUAUUUUAAAAUGCCUUUAUUUUUUACGGUUUUCGUAAACAUUUAAACUUAAACAUCUUUAAAAAAAAAAUAACGACAUUACGCUCGACUUUUUUUUUCUUACCAUUCAAACAUAUCUUAUGAGGAACCUCGCGUUAAAUUUUCACAUGUUUUUGCUCGCCCAAAAUAAAUGUAUUCACAUAAAACCUAAUACAAACUAAACAAAUUGAAAAAGCUUUCUUGGCGGGUUUUGGUCGGAGCAAGAUUCCCAGUAGAAAAGUAUUCACAGAUGUAAAUAUAAAAAAAACAAAGCACAGUUGAACCAAUUCUUCCAGGCGUUCCUCUUUUUGCGCUCAGAAUCUAAAAGAAUGAAAGAAAGUACCACAAUCGUGCAUGGAGCCCUUACCACAAGUUAAUCUUUGAGUAGGCCUUCUUCAUUACGUCAAAAGCAUCCCGUAUGCGUACGCAUGUAUGUAUGUUAUCAUUUAAUAUACUCUUAUUCAAUUUCGAUGUUAUCACGAUAAUAUAUAUUACGAGGGAAAAUAUUUGUAUUAACAUUCUCUAUCAUUAUUCGCUUUUCGUUCGAGUGUAGUAUUUAAAAAAAAAAAAAAAAAAAAUUGUUUUAUUUAUUUAACCGUAAAAAUAUCAUAAUUAAAAACACAUCUAGACCAGAGUUAAUUAUUUUAUGACGGUCGUUGAUUCGUACGUUAUUAAUUUGGUAUUCAAAUUUUCUUUCCUGGAUGAAAUUAAAUUAAUUAAACACACACACACACAAGUUUAAUAAUGUAGUACAAACUGCAAAGGACAAGCGAAACGAAUCAAAUUGUGCAUUCGAAUAAUAAUAAUUAUUAUUAUUUUAAGUGUUUUUCAUUAAUCGAAUAAUUAAAUAUAGUUUAAUAAUAUUGUACGUGUUAUUUUGUUCUUUAUGUAAACAAUAACAAAUUUGGGAAGGUAUAGGAUAUAUAAAGUUAUUUCGUUUAUAUCUGUACGCAACGGUAAACCAACGUUAACCAAAUAACGAUUUUGAGUGGAGUUUGGCUAUAGGUACGUGAUUUAAAAUUCCGUAAUUUGUAAAAUUUUCGUAAGAAUUUUAGCUUAAAUCACUUUUGAACGAAUUUCUUCAUUCAAUUUUUCAUCACCGGGUACAAUUUAUGACGAAACUCGAAUAAAAUAUUCAAACAUUUCUGCUCGGCCAAAAAUGUUUAACAUAAAACCAAAGAAACCUUAAAAAAACUAGAAAAUAAUAUGAUGCCUAUAAAUAACAAAACGAUUGCCAGAAUGUUUUGAACAGUUUAUUUCGUCUCUAGACAUAAAAAAAAACCUGUAUAAAAAAAUAAUGAAAUUGUUAUUGCCAUAUAUUUUCUUUUUAAAGAAAGAUAAAUCGCUGCAAUAAAAAAAAAAGAUUCUGAGAGGGGCUCAGAAUCAACAUUUUCGGUAGAAAAAUCAAAUCGAAAAUACCGAAGAUUUUACGGCCGUAAAUAUGUCCCAUUUUUCCUGUGCCUUUUUUUUCGGCUUUCCCCGAUUAUAAUAAUCGGGUGGAAAAUACAGAAAAUGUAUUCUUUUAAACGCAACAAAAAUGGUCCCUAGACAGUUUUUGAUUUGAAGAAGAUGUCUAUUAGUAAAAUCGCUUACAGACACAAAUAAUAAAAAAAAAAAAAGAGGUGAUACUGGGGAUGGGAGCGGCCACUGUUGUAGGUGAGACGUUGAGAAGGUAGGAUACAUAAGGUUAUUUCANUUAUAUCUGUAAGCAACGAUAAACUAUUGCUUGACGAAAGACGAUUCCGAGCGCAGUUUGGUAAUUCAUUAUUUGCAGUGCCGUAAUUUUUUUUGCCAUUUUCGGUUUAAUUUGACUUCAAAACCCUUAUAACAAAAAAAAAAAAAAUUGUCCCAUGAUUUUGAGAAUUUUAUCACGUCUAGGUAAGUCUAAUAUAAGUAUUAUUACCAAGUUUCAAGUACCUAUGUGUAUUUAUAACCGAAUUACAGCAAAAACUCCCAAAAAUUAAGAUUCCUUAAAAGCUUAAGAGUGGUUCAAAAGUUAUGGCAAUGAUACCGUAAGAAAGUAAAUAAAAUAGGCAACAAAAACGGUAUCUUGUGAUUUUUCAAUUAAAUCAUUUUUUCUGGUAGAAAACGUCGUCCGUAUUUUUAUAAAAUAAUGAAAUCGUGAAAUUGUACGUUUUCCUACUGUUUUUCCCAUUCAAGUCCUUUUAUUUAAAAAAAUGGCGUCGAAAAUUAAAUUGCUCUCCUUAAAGUACAAUCUAGACAACUUGAACCUUCAAGUUGCUACACGUAAAAAUCGCAGCAAGUUUACUAGGAAAAAACGUGUCCACAGACUAGAAAAAAAAAAAAUUAAACAUCUUAGUAAAAUCAAUAGCUCCCUCGCUACGCUCGGAAUCUAAAAGUAUAACCUCAAAAUGAAAUCAUAAUUAUACCGAUGGGCGUAUAACCAGUAAUCGGUAUAGUUUUGAUACUAACCUUCUUCAUUCAAUAAAUAACAUUUUUUACAAAUCGUUUUUUUUUUUUUUUUUAAAAAAUACAAAUUUUUCAAUAUAAUAACCGGCGUAAUAUUGUUUCAUUGUGUCUUUGUUUUUUUCUUUUUGUUUUUUACCAUUUACGUAUCGUAGCUAUAAGUGUUAAUAGAUUAUAAUUUUACGAAAUCAAAUAUAAAUAAAUCAGAUUUUUUCUUCUCGAUAUAUACUGUUACAUUGUUACAAUAUAUUAUCAGAGUUAAAAAAUAAUCUUGAUUUAUGGUAGCAGAAAUAUGAAAACCGCAAUGUAUACCUAGCCGAUUCGAAUAGACACGCCGCAUUAGAGCGGAACUUUUGCCUUUGACCUUUGCCAAAUUUAUUGCAGCUUUAAGAAAAAAAAAAAAAAAUGAAAAUAAUAAUAAAAGAGUUUUUAACUAUCCGUUUAUUAUUGUGAUAAUCUUUAUUGUAUUCAGUAAUAUGUUAAAAAUAUACCUUUCCGGUACAAAAUAGCCGAUUAAACGACCGGAUAAAACAUUGUUGACACAAUUGCAAAUAUGUUUUUUUUUAUUAUUAUUUAUUUAUUUAUAUAUAUAAUACAGUAAAGUAUGCGAGUCUUUUCGAGAACAAUAAACCCUAAAAGUGUAUAUUACUCUAUUCACUCGGAAAUAUCUGAUACAUGUUCGCCGCUCGCAUUGUUCGCCGAAAAACAAUAUUAUCUCGGAAACAACGUUUUAAAAAUCUAUUAUUCAAUGGAUCAAAUGUAUUUAAAUGAAAAAAAAAAAAAAACCGCCCUUCGAGAGUAGAGUAUAGACAUGAUGGAAGGAGCGAGACGCGUAAUUCAAUUCGCCACUUAUUUAUCUGCGAAAUAAACAUAUUUUAUGUAGUGUUUUGUUCGGCGACGUCGCGUCGUCGUACAGGUACGUUGCGUAAUAACCCCACGAACUGAGAAAUCUCUAACGUUCCCAUACCAUGUCUAAUAUGUUUAAGCGGAACGAACGCGUUUAUCUACAAAUUUUUAUUUAUUUAUUUAUUUAUUUUUUUUUUUUUCUUCUUCCCUUAUAACUUCGCAAUUCUUUGAAAACCGUUGCCGCCGCUAACGCUGUUUUCCCACUCCCCCGCGAUCGUGUGUGUUCUUUGUCCUUUGUCGACUCACUACGCACACCUAAUAAUUUCUCCGGGUCCCGUUUCGCCACAUCCAUCCAUUGUUCCCUCGGACGUCCUCUAGAUCUCCAGAUCAUUCGACCGUCGCACUUUAGGUUCGACGUUUCCGAUCUCGUAACGCGUCACACGUCCAAACCGUUCGCUUCUCCGGACCUUCACGGACUCCAUAUUAUGUUAUUUUCAGCACUCCCGUAAUAUCUUCCGGAUCUAUUGCUUUUUUUUCCUGUUAAUCCAGCGUUCCGGUUUGUUACACGUAUACCCGGUCACAAAUUAUCAGUGUUUUGUUCUCCGUUCGACAAUUCGGUUAGUGCACCUCACGACCAUACGUUGAUGUAGUUUUAUAAAAAUAUGCUAUUGAAUUAUAAUUCAACAAUAUGUUUAUCGGUUUAAAAAAGUUUUGGUAGGUAUGCUAUAAUUUUUUAGUCACCGAGAAAUGAUAUAGCGAUCACAGAGUGGAAACUAGUAUAGAGAAUUACUAACGAAAUAAAAUUAAAAAAAAAGAGUUUUUUUUUUUUAAUUUUUAAUUUUACUAGCUUAUGCAAAGGAUUACGUCUCAAGCUGUUGAGCUAAUUUUAGAAUUGCGUAUUUUCAGAAGAAAAAAAUGUAAUUCAUUUAGAGUUUUAUAAAGUGCCCAUUGCCCAUAUUCAAGUUAGGUGCAAUAUGAACGGAAUUUAAAAAUUGGAACUUUAUUUACGCUUUUUAGAAAGAAAAAAAAGUACCAAUACUGCAAAGUUUUAAACAUAUUACUUAUAGGCAAUGUUACCAAAAAUUACAAAUACAUACUUUUUGUACGUUGAGACGAAAACUGGAAAAUGUACAUUUUGCAAAAGGGUCGUAUGUAAAUCUUUUUUUUUUUUUUUAGCAAAGUGCAACAAUAAUCCAUUGAAUUUAAAUAAAUAAAAAAGAAAAUUCCUUCUUGUGCUUCAUCGUUUCGUUUUUCUCUUUUCUUUUGGUUUUUAUAGUUUUUUGGAAAACGUACAAGAAUUCAAAAAAUAACUACUCUGAAAUACAUUUUCUAAGGUACUUUAUUUAGCCUACAUAUAUAUAUAUAAAGUCAAGGAAGAAACUUUUAAAGUAUUUUUACCACUUACAAAAAUGAUUUCCGAGACAAGAAAAAACCCGAUGUCGUAAUCGUUGUAAGCCGAAUAGUUUCCUUGUUCUGCUAAAAAUCUAAAACUCGAAACAUUUUUUAUAAUUCGACCUAACCGAGUAAAAUAAUAUUUUUGUACGAAAUGAAAAGGAUUCAGCCACGACCGUCAUAAUUUGUAUUAAUUGUUUUAUAGCGAUUGAUCGUAUACAAUGUAAUAGGUUGUGUUUACUAACAAUUAUAUAUGUGCUAUAAUAAUUGUUUUCUUGUUUUCCAAUAGGAACGACCGAAAGAGUUUGCAUUAUAUCUGGAUCGAGUUCCGAGCACAUAAUGGCCGCGUUAACGUUCAUCAUGGAACGGAUUCGCGAAAAACCGGAGGCCGCGAACAGAGUUCAAAAUUCCGGAGAUGCGAUUGCAGACCGAGAGAAGCAGGUAACAAUGAAAUCGUAUUACGUUACAGCCGGUGUAACCGGAAUUGGUUCCGAAAAGUCCAUAAAUUGAUUAUCGCGGGUUGUUGUGAAAGGCAAUUUCAGUUUCCCGUCCCAUUUUAUACAGACUCAGGACUGUCUUAGUAUUGCCAUUGAUUAUAAAUCUAAAUGCCAUCAACGCGAUACAGUUUUCAAUGGUAUUACGCAAACACUAUUUAAUAUGUACGAUCCAUUGACAUUGGUAGAUUACCGAAUGCGAUAACGAGUAUAUAACCUACCCGGCGACAAUUUAUUAAAUUAUGUACGCGUGUACGUGUAAUGAUGGGAAAUAUGUUACAUUAAUAUUAACUAAACGUUAUCCGAUUGCGUUUCGUUUUUUUCGAAAAUCUUUAUCGCGGACCAAUAAUCGUGGAAACAAUAUUAUUGUCGGGAUGACAAUUUUUUGGUAUGGGGACUGUUAUUUGGAUGCAGUCGUUUUCGUUAGCCGGUAGCAUUAGUAAUUGGACGGAGUUCGUGACAAAGGGUGUAAAUUUGUAACUUUUUAGCGAACCGAAAAAAAUAUUGAAUAAUGUAUGUACCGUACCUACUAGAUAACCUUGUACCCUUUUGCACCAACAGAUUUUCCUAUUUUGAUUUAUGCCCAAACGCGCUUGGUAAUUACACGAUAUUUAAAAGAAAAUAGACAUAUUUCAGUGCCCGCCACCAAUCGAUCCGUCAUGAAAUUUUCCCCAAAUUGGUGUAUAGAAAAUAAACAAUUUGAUAAAAUGGUACUUAUUAAUAACUGAGUUAUUAUUAUACUCUUUUCACGAAUGCCGUCCAAUUAUAUAUAUACGAAUAGUUAACGAAUCGACUCGUAAAAAAUGUAUUGUUGUUUUGUGUAGUUUUAACACAUUUUAUUAUUCCGAAAGAAUCAUAAGAAAUAAUUGAAUACCACGAUAAAUUAUUGCGAUAUGAAUAAACAAUUGUUUACCCGAAAGAAUAAUAAAAUUACAGGUUGUAAAAAUUAACUAGUAAAUUUCAUGAAUCGCACAACGUAGACACGGUACUUUGAACGCGGAACAAAUUAAAUUAUACAAUACGUCAUCACAACUAUCGUAUAUAAUAUGUAUUGAUAAUGUGCGAACCCGAUAGAUAUUUACCCGUAGAGGUCAUCACUAUACGAUAAUGAUUUACAAAAAUAUUAUUAAAAGGUGAAAAUUCUGAUACCCAACUCGACGGCGGGCAUGAUCAUCGGAAAAGCCGGAGCGUACAUUAAACAGCUGAAAGAGGACAGCGGAUGUUUCGUACAGAUAUCGCAAAAAGCAAAGGACACGACACUACAGGAACGGUGCAUUACGGUUUCAGGUAAAUUAUUUUACUCGGACGCAGACCAUUUCGGGCGAGUGUUUAUUAUACCGAAAAAAAGAACGCCCGGGUGCUAGAAAACAAUAAUUUAAGAUAGUUUUCGCAUUUGUCGAGGUACAAGUUUGUGGUAUAUUCAAGCGUUUUUCGUGUGUAUUUGCCUUAGCUUUUCUUUUGUAUAAUAUAUAGAAGAACGGAACGGAAAAUCUAGUUUACGGGAGAAAUUUUUGGAAACUUUUGGAUUCUGAGUGGAGCGAAGAAAUUUAUGGUUGUACAAUGAUGUUUAUUUUUUUUAUUCUGUAGACAGCUUUUUUACCAGCAAUUUUGCUCAGAUUUCCAUUAAAAGCAGUUUUGCUAAAAGAAAAUCAGAUUGGGGAGGUACUUUAAGGAGAUUCAUUUUUUGAUUUUCCCAAUAAAUGGGAAAACCAGGAGAAAACACGGGAAACCGAGAAAACCGUAAAAUAAGUACAAUAUCAAACAAAUAUUAUUAAAGAAAAUAUGUAAUGCAUGUAUAAUUAUUUUACUAUAUGACAUACAUAUUGUUGAGAAAGUAACACUAUCAACUGAACUCCGCUCAGAAACGUUUUUUCGUUAGCAAUGGUUAAUCGUUCUUACAGAUGUACAUUAAAUUCCCGUCUAUAUAUCCUACCUUUCCGACUUCCCACUCACAACAGCGGCUGCACCCGUACCCAUUGUCCUAGAACUGUUAUUUUUUUCUUGCUCAAUUAUUCGGGUUUCGGUGUGCUCGCUGUCCCCUGCGAAACGAAAAUAACUACUGGGGGGGGGAGGGAGGGAAGUUUAAAUAAAUAUUUUGUACGUGAGACACGUGGACAUUUUAUUUAUAUACCUAAUCUCUUUUUGUGCGCUGCAAGUAAAAUAUAUUAUGAUGAUGAUUAGAUGCAAUCAGUCCGCGACGUCCAAGCGGGUAAAAACAAUAAUAUUAUACACUCGUUCAAAUGACCAUCGUCAACCGCUCGUGCAGUUUUUGGUUGGUUUUCCACGAUAACUGCAUAAUAUAUUAUACGUUGUUUGUUCGCAGGCGAUACGGAAGGAAACAAAAAGGUGUGCUCGUGCAUACUGAACAAGAUAAUCGAAGACCCGCUGAGCGCGUCCUGUCCAAAUUUAAGCUACGCGGACGUGAACGGUCCCGUGGCGAAUUUCAACCCCACGGGAUCACCGUACGCGCUGGCCCCGAAUAAUUGCUGUAAGUUUGACAUGGCGAUGUCGUCGACGUUUAGUGAUCGAUUUUCGUGGCGAAACCGUUUUUUCCUUGUCCUAGAUUCCCGGAGGGAAAAGGGAAAAAUGAAAAUUUAAUUUUUUUCUCGGCCCUAUUUUUAUUUUAGGAAAUUUUACUUUCACCAAAAAUGUCUCAAUUUUCUUGAAAAAUAAAACUUUUUUUCAUUUCGAAAUUUAGAUCCCUGUUGGCGGGUGAUCGGCAAAACGAUCACGACGUAUUUUGUUAUUUUCCCGGCAGUCUGAGGUGAGGAAAAAACGAAAGAUACAAAUGUAAAUAUUUCGGAGAAACGCGUUUUUCUCGGGAUUUUUUAGAAAAUUUUAUUUUCACUUAAAAUUUUUCAAUUUGUUGCCGAAAAAAAAACAUUCUUUUUUUAUUAUUCGGAAAUGUCGAUCACUGUUGCCAGGCAGUCGGCUAAAUAAUAAUCUGUUAUCUAUUUUAUUAUCAUUGUGAAUACGUUUCAGCCAACAAUCAGACCGGAUACAACAUGAACCCCGCACCGUUAUCCACGCAGGACGUCAGCAACGGGAUAUUCAGUAAUAAAUUCUUAGACAACGUAAAACCGCUUUUGAGGUCCAGCGGAUAUCCCGAAUCCGCGGUCAACGAAAUAGCCGUCGCUUUUUUGACAUUGGCCAAGUAAGAACGAAUACGCAUAUUUUAUACAUUUUUUUCUCUCUCACUCUCCUUCUCUCCCUCUCUUUCCUAUACAAAAUACACCGCAGAUUGGCAAAACCCCGUUGUUCAACUUAACGAUAUUGGCGGCUAUUCGUAUUUAAAUUACAUUCACCCGGUUCCAAUUACGUAUACGGUAUCAAAGGGUAUAAUUAAAAUAAAGGGAUAUAAUUAAAUCAAUUUAAUUGGGUUUUAUCUUUUUGUUUUUUCUUUUAAUUGCUCAGCAUAUAUAGUUAUGGUCACAGCCUAUAAUACAGAGUGAUCAACAUAACGUAAAAGCACUCGUUAUCUCGAGAAGUAGAAGUAUAGUUCUAAAAUGUUCCCGUUAUGGUUAUUUUUUUUUCGCCAUUUAUUUUAACGGGUUAAACUACUAAUUAACUUUUAUUUUCCGACGGUAAUCAAUAUUAAAAACUCCAUAAAUAGAUGGAGAAUUAGCUGCAGGAACGUAGCGACCAAGGUGCGAAGUUUUAAUAUACGCCCUUGUGAUUUCAAAUUUAUACUGAAAACUCAAAGCAGAAAGAUUAUUACCAACUAUACAAUCAAAUUAGUGGUUUUAAUUAUCUCUCUUAAUUACUUUUGUUUUUUUUUUUUUUUUUAAAUUUUAAAUCUCUAUUUAACGUAAUUCGUAUGGGUUUUUAUUUGUUAAGAUAAUAUUUUUGUGCCCUGCCGAGUAUCGCGCGGGUGUCGUAGGUACCGCUCGACCCUACCCUCUUGAUACGGUCCUGAUAGUAUUAGUUUAAAUUAAAUGUCGAAAUGUUUAAUUUCCGACAACCCGUUGACAAGAUAUUCCACUUUGGAGUUUCGACGGUGGGGGGGGGAUGAAUGUUGGGAGAUACUAUUAAAUCGCCGCGCGUUAUGCCACCUGCACAUGAAUGAUGCAUGAUCACUCCCCCUCUGUCGAAACUUAAAAGUGGAAUAUCUCGUCAACGGGUUGAUGGAAGUCGAACGUUUCAACGUCAAAAGUGAUUCAAACUAAUAUACCUACUCCUUGUAAUUAAGAAAUCUGUUCAAUAUAGUUCGCCGCUUAAAGAUCCAAAGUAGGUAUUGGUUUCACUUCCUAAAAAUAAGGGUGAAAAAAAAAAGCAAUAUACUGUUUUAGAGAUACAUGCUUAUUUAAUUAAAAAACAAAUUCUGAAAAAAAAAAAAAAAUGGAAUAUUUCCGGAAAUAAUGAUACGAGUUUUACGUUCCGUCGAUCGCUCCGUGUAUAAAUAAACACAUGCCGGGUAUAUACGUUAAUAAAAUCGAUUUUCUAUUCGGAUUCUCGGUGUCCCCUCAUCUCUCCUCCCCCCCCCCGUCUAUCCUAAACCUAGCGGUCAACUAGGUAAAUAAUUAAUAAUAAUUAUAAUAAAAUAUAUUUAAAAUGAGCUUUACGACGUAUAUUUUGUUCGCGUUCGCCGAACCGAACGGACGACGACGGUGGUUUAAAUAUCAGCGAUACUACAAUUAUUAUUAUUAUUAUUAUUAUUAUUCAAUGUCCCCUCGUCAUCGCAAACGUAUCGUCAUUAAUUAUACACAUCCAACACAUCAUACAUUACACGCGCAUUAUAUAUUACCGUAAUAAAAAGGGUAUCGGCGGUAUUCAGUACUUAUUGUGUUUGCAUAAAAUAUAAGUAGCCAAGUAGGCGAUGCCUAUUGAAUUCCGUGGGCGAGCCUCGUGAACCCUUUAACGGAAAACUCCUUCGUCAAAUCGCCCGUGGUACCGCUGUUAUAUUGUGUUCGAUCGUUGUUUACACCCGAACGACUUUACGGCAAUUAAAUUUAAUCGAAUAAAAAAAAAAAAAAAACGCCCGCGAGCGAGGCAACACCGUAGAGUCUGCUGCAGUCUAGGGUCGCCGGAGACGAAUUUUCCGCCGCUCGUUUUGCAUUACGAAAGUAAUAUUAUUUUGUAAAACGACCAAUAACCGAAUACUACGAGUAUAUGUACGAACGAAUACGAUCCACGGUUAAUAAAAAUAUACUGGUUACACAGCGAGCUAUGAUAUGAACGUAAAAUUUGGUUCCCAAAAUGUCUUCGAUAAACUGUCGAUAAGAAAGACAACUAGCGCUCAUAACUGACUAAGAUAUCUUAGGGUUCGUGAUCAUCACUACUUAUUUACCGUCACAGCGUCAGUUAAUUUUACAAUUACCAUAGAACGCGCCGUCAGACAUUUUUUUAUAAUUUAAAAGUAAAAGACAUUUCGGGAGUCUUGUUAUCGCGCCUCAUUGUGUAAUUGCAGUAUAAAUUUAAUCGUGCUACAUACUUGAACCGAAAAAAAUGAAAAAAAUUACUAGGAUUGAAAGUCUAGCCCCUAAAGACAAGUAUUUGACACUAACGCAAAAGACGGAAAGUCUGUAUUGAGGUGAUCAAAAAUAACAACGAACAAACGAUCAUGUUUCACAACAAUAUACUGUAAUUCAUAUUGAAAUUCAUCUCAAAUUUGAUCACUUGAGUCUACCUGUAAAACAAUAUUACCUAACUUGCGAGUUUAAGUUCGUUUGGUCGUUUGGUGGGAACCGCUAAAAGUGACCAUAAGCGCAAAAGUCUCACUUUUCGGUGUAAAGUGUAAAAGUCGACAGCAGGAUUUACCAACCAAAAAAAAAAAAAAAAAAAAGCCCCUUUCUAUAUAGAGUUGACGAGAUAUGGCAAUAUACUAUAAUUAUGUAAUAAUAAAAAAUACCGUUUUAUAAAAACAUUUAGUAAAAUAACUUCUCGCGUUUAAGUUGGCACCGAAAUCAAGUUUAUACGACCGACGAGGCGUACUUCCGAGUACUAUUAGAAUGUCACUGGAGCUUUUAAUUUUAAUUUUAAAAACUUGACGUACUUUAUUAUAAUUUGUAAACAAAUAACUUUAUAUCAAAAGUCUUUACCUACGGGAUAACCAAUAAUUUAGAGACAUUUUAUAAAAAUAUUGUUUUUCUCAAAUCUACGGCGCGGUAUUGUCGCGUUGUAGGGUUCGAGAAUUUUUAAUAUCCAAUAGAAUUGUUUGGAAUUGAAUUCGUCGCAUAUUGACUUUUAUUGCAUUUCUUAUUUUACGAUUUUGAGCGGACUCAAGACCUAACUAUUAAUUUUACAAUGUUUUUUUUACAUUCUAGUUCAUUAAAUAAUAACGGACAUGUGCCUCGUUUUUUUCCCUUUUAUCUAAGUAUAGAAAUUGAAUACACGUGGUACUCUAAAGAAGGGGUUUUUUUUUAUUACUAUUUUGUAUAUCGAUUAACAGUUUAAAUAAAACUGCGUGCCAGAAAAAUAAAGUGAAUAUAAUGACGAGCACUAAUGCAAUUUUGAGAUUCACAUAAUAUAUUAGUUCUUUCAUUUAAAAUGUUUAAAUUAAAAAAUAUAUCAUGAUACAUCGCUGUUCUGGGGAAAAAUCGUGAAAAGCUAUUCCAAUACUUUCAUCAAUCCACUUACCUCCUUUUCCAUCAGUCACUCUAAGACUCGAUACAAAAAAAAAAAAAAAAAAAAAAAAAAAAAAAAAAAAAAAAAAAAAAAGAGUGUACUGCUGAUGGAUGUGCCACAGUUGUUGGUGAGAAGCUGAGAAGUUAGGAUACACAGGGUUAUUUAAUUUACAUCUACACGCAAUGGUAAAUUAUUUUUAAGCAGAUUUUUCCGAAUUAUUAAGAAAACUGUGAGAAAUGAAAAUUACCUUUUUAACGCACCAAAUAGAUCAUAUAGUAAAAACUAUGUAUCAAAGUAAAUCCAACAUUGAACUGCGCUCAGAAUUUAAAAGCCACCAACAUCGUCAUAAACGUAUAUUGCAUAUAACGGAAAGAAGUCAAUUUUGUGUAGUUUUCAAUACAAGCAAAUUAUAUUUUGAAAAAUCAUAUAUUUAUUGUCUUGUAUAUGUUAUAGGCACAUACAAUUAUUAUACGAGUACUAAUAAACUAGUUUAAUUUCGAAUGUACAUACACCGAUUCAGAUGAAAAUUUACAUUACAGUUGUACAAAUUCCAAAUAUUAACAGAUAGUCAAAAUUGUACGAUUUAUAAAUUAAAUUCCCCUCAAUAUUCUAACUUUCCGGCUUCUCGCCUAUGACAGUGGCCCGCCCGUCGUGUCAUAAAUGUUCGUAUUUUUUUUUAUUUUUUUUAUCACGAAUCUAAAACGAAUGCAGACAGUAAAAAGGGGAAAAAGCAAUUUUAGAAAAUUAUAAAAAUAUAGGAGGGAUAGUGUAGCUCACGUAUAUACUAUACCACGCCACGAUUGUUUGUUGAAAUCGAUUAUAGAAUGUUCCGUAGAAAGAUAAAAUUGGAAGAGAAAUACCGAUAAUGGACCAUGAAUAUUUUUAAAACAAUGGAAUGAAAAGUUAGUGAGUUCGAGAGUCGAAGUAUUUGAAUUUAGCCAGAGAAACGCGAAAAGCUGCAGCCGACCAAUCGAAAUUCGAAAGACCCGCCGGUUAAAUAGAUCUGAAAUAUUUGCCAAUAAAUAAACCCAUUAUAAAGUCCGAAGUUUAUUCACUCUUUUAUUUCAAUAUAUUUUUUUUUUUUUUUUACAAUUGUGGUUAAAAUUCACUUUUAAAUGAAAAACGUUAGUAUAAUAUUUUUUUAAAUUUUUUAACCCAAUAACGAGAUAAUUUAUGGUAACACUAGGAUAGAAAGAGGUUAACGUUUAUAUAAUAAUUAUGGUAAAAUGUUUUGCGUUAUCAUAAGGAUAUGGAUACUCGAGGACAUAAUAAUUGGUUAAAACAUCAUAGUUCAUUGAAAAUUAUCGUUGAAUAAACAACGUUCAAUAAAGUUUUAAAAAUUGCCUAUACGAAACCCCUUAAAUAAUUCCGGUUAAAUAUUUCUAAUUUUCGGAAGUGUCGUCUCGACUAUCGGUUUAGACGAUUUUCACGGACGUUCGUUUUUUAUCGCUUUCGUGUUUUUUACGGAAACAAAAAGAUAGGUGUUGACGGGACGAGGGGGAGGAGAACAGGAAUUGAACAUCCUGCAACCCCCGAUGUGUGUAUACACACCGCGCCGAAAAGACGCAUAUUGUAUUCACGAGGGUUUUGAGCAGAUCACUACAAUGAAUAGAAUCGUAUGUUGAACCAUGCGCAAUAAUAAAUAACUCAUACUUAAAAGAAGAAAAAUAAUAAAAAAAAAAGUCUCAGUACACGCAGUACUCGUACAAUGGUUUUCAAUUGUACACUUUUAAUUUUGUAAAAUACAACUCUAGGCCAUUGUUUCGCUUUAGUAUUUCGGUUUUUUCUUUUUUUCUUUUUUUUUUUUUUUUUUUGCUAAAUGUUUUUCAACAAUCAUCAAACAUUUUUUUUUUCGACAAGAAUAUAAAAACGUAUUGUAUAAAUUAAUUAACUACUUUAAAAAACCGUGCGUAUUGUAUUUUAUAAUAUUUUAAAUCUUCGGAGAAUUAGUAGAAACGUAUAUUUUUAAAACAAAUAAAAAAACAAUUAUAAUUCCAUUGUUUCAAUUGUUGAAGAAUAGCGAAAUUAAUCAGCUAGAGUUUCCGGCAAAUAUUAAAUAAAAUCAACUAUUGUGUUCAUUAGGCGAGCAAUAUCGAACCAAAAACAAAAUGCACAAAGUUUAAGUUAAAAAUAAAAUAUCCAUAUAUGCGCUUCCCCGGUUAGUAAGUUUUAUCAAUGCGAAAAUAUUAUCUGUAAUAAAUGUUUGACUUCUUUUUAGUUGCAAGUAUUAUAUUAUUAUAUAUUAUCAAACCGAAUAAUUUGCAUUGUUUAAAAAACGUCCGGAACAAGAAAACCCUAUUAGGACGUCGUGUACACUCCGGCCGUUAUUAAAAAUGCAGUUUCGUUUUAAAUAUUGUUUUGCGUCUUGGAAAAAAAAAAAACCCCGGGGGAAGCAUAAUAGACAGAAAAUAGAAAUAAAGAUUAUUAUUAUUUAGUUGGUUUCCCCCCCCCCCGCCCCGUCACUAGAAACCGUUGUUAUACGCAGGCACCGUUGAGUCCGGGUAUACGACAGGAAGGACAAUAACCUCCCUAGAAUUUUGUUCGCCCCUCGUUAAAUACGGGUAAAUUAAUAAUUAAUUAAAUAACGAAACAUUUAAUUGGCUUGGCAGAGCGUAGAUAGGUGAAAAAAAAAUAAAAAAGGUUAUUAUUAUAAUUUUAGUAAUUUCAGUAAAAAUUUAGUGAUCAUUGUCUAUGUCCGAAACACCGAGUCGUGAGAACGACAAAACAAUAAUAUGUUUCAAACGUGACGUGUGCGUUGUAACAAUACGCGUAUAGUGACGCGGUGACUUUUAUUUCGAACGGGGAAAGCGCAGUGUUUAAUAAGGGAUUCUACGGAUUUUCGGGAAACACGUUCUCGUACAUUAGUGGCAUUACGGUCUCCCUCCGGGCGGUUCCCGGAUUCCCAUUUUGAAACGUAAUCUUCGCGGAUCGCUCAGAAUCCGCCGGUACACGGUCCGCGGUGUAGAAGGCGACAGCGGCUACGGCACCUGCCGUGGUGCCGACAACACGUGCGUUUGACGAAACGAGAUUAUUGUCGACGUUAAGAGGACGUUAUACCCGCAUCUACUGUUCCGGUCCAACUACCGGGUAACGUGCGAAAAUAAUGCUCGCGCAAGAUAAGUAAAACUAUUGCUCGACUUUGAUUUUAAAAUAAAAGCACCCAAGUAUUAUGAAAAUGUGUAGAGGACAUUAUUUCGGAGAGAGUGUCACAGCACUCACCGCAAGGUUUUCGUUAUGUUCGAAGACGGUACACAGACGGCUCGAUAAUAUAAGAGAUGAAAAACUUUUGUUAUUUGAAUAACUGUAGUUUUUUUAAACAGGUGGCAAUUCAACGAAAUUCACCAAUCGAAUUCCCUCCGAAAUAUCGUUCUCCAUAAAUUUCAUAUAAUAGGUACGUUUCUUUAAAAUCGAAAUUAAGCUAGUUUUACUUAUUCUGCGUAAGCAUUGUUUUCGCAUGUCACUCGGUAGUUGAACCGAGACGGUGGAUGCGGAUGUGACGUCCUCUUAAUAAUAAUAAUAAAACGAGCGUUUCCGAAAAUAUUUCGUUUGAUAACAUUGCGGGGUUGUUAGGCCACCGAUGUUACAAUGUAAAUCGCGAAAACGAUAACCCUACUCGAUAUUGUAUCGAAACCUUGUGUUACGUUGGUACAAUUGUAUCAACAUAGCGUAUCUUAGUUGAUGACACGUGCCAAUAGAAUCGAGAUAAGUGCGGUGUUUUUAUUUCUCUAAAACUAUACAAACGCUGAGCGAUACGCACUGUUGCGACGCAUUAUUAUCAUGCGACGGUAUAGUGUUUUUUUUUUUUUUUUCGCCAAAAUUUCCCCGGAAGUCGAAACUAUUGCGCGCCGUAUUGUGUUUGCCAUAUAUAAAUUUAUUUUUCCCCGGUACGUUUGCACACUUUUAACGGCUCCCUCUGAAUCAAAAAGAGUUAAAACUCGGAAAUCGGAGUGGUUUUCGAGGCGGAUUCAAGUUUGAAGAUUUAAUUUCGAUAUAAACUUCACCGUUGGCUUUUUCUUUUGUUUUCGAGCACCGCUACCGACCUUUCAAAUGGUGUCGGAAGGGAGGGAAACGUAUAUACCUAUACAAGACACUCACUACGGUAAGUAUCAGUGAUGUACCUUUUGGCGGUCGCGGCUCAUAACCCCUCCCCGACCAUUUUUUACGCUCAGAUCUCAAGCUUACACAGGAAACAGUGGGUUUUUAAACACCCUUACAGGUUUAAUGAGUAAUUUGGUUAAAAUAAAUGUGUUAUAUAAAUAGAACUGUUGUCGAGAAGGUGUACUCGUACCUUCAAAAGGUUUAGGCUUCCGACCCUCGACCCCAACGUCCGUGUGUACGUAAGCGGAUAUCCCGACAGCGACUUAACCCGUUUCGAUAACGCCGCUUUUGAUCGCUCAGUUCCAUAGCGUUUAUGUGUACAUAAAAAAAUAUCGCAAUGCGCCGAAGGAAACUCGACACUAGUGACGGAGCUGUGUUGCUCAUUUUCCAUUAUUGUGUUACUAUCGGGAGAGGGGGGAGUGGGGAGGGACGAUAAUAAUAUUGUUAUCAGUAUAAUAUCGGUGGUGUGACACGUGUGUUAUUUUUAUUUUUUUUUUUUUCCCCGGUCCUGCGCAGGCACAACGUUCUGAGCCCGAACAGUAUAAUAGGGCUGAUCAACCAGACCAAUCAACCGCCCAUGCAGCUGCAGCCCGCCCCGCCGUCGGUGGCGCAUCACAACGGCACUGGGCUGCUGAGCACGGUCACCAACGACCUGUUCGACCUGGGACUGGCCGGCGGCGCGAUAUCCAUCAACGCGAUCCUGUCGCAGAACGCGGCCAGUCCGACGCUGUCGAACGCCAACUCGUACGGGCUGGGCGUGGCGGCCGCGGCCGCGGCGCCCAAGGCAAUCGGACCGUCGGCCGCGGCCGCGGCUGCUGCGGCCGCCGCCGCCGCCCUGUUCGAGAUGACCGCCACCGAUGACCAGCAGUCCGUCAAGCGCGAGAUGGACGUGCCCGAGUCCAUCGUGGGCGCGAUCAUCGGCCCGGGCGGCCGGUCGCUGGUCGAGAUCCAGCAGAUGAGCGGCGUCACCAUUCAUAUAUCCAAGAAGGGCGUGUACGCGCCCGGCACCACCAACCGGAAGGUGACCAUAUGCGGUUCGGCCAGCGGUAUAGCGAUGGCCAACUACCUGAUGCAGCAAAGGAUCGUCGAGGAGGAGACGAAGAGGGCCAGGGCCUUUUGAAGAGCGCCCGUUCGCGUCUCCCCCGUAUACAAUGUACACGUAAUAUAUUAUAGUCCGAGCGGUAUUAAAUCUCGCCCUUUGCAUCUUUAGACUUGUCAUCGUCCUCCUUCUCCUCCUCCAUCUCCUUCUGACCGCUUUCCCGUGAAAAAAGCCGUCGUCCGCGAUAUUGUUGUUCGGCUUUUUAUUUUUGUUUUCCAUACAUAUAUUAAUAUAUCAUAUAUAAUUUAAGUACGCAUCGAUCCGAGGUAGGUACGUGUAUCAAUAUUACGUUGUAAUAACGGACAUCGAAAACGGCAAAACGCGAUAGUCAUAAGUUCAUAAGUUUUUUUUUUAUUAUUAUUAUUAUUAUUAUUAUUAUUUUUUUUUUAAGCAUUAUAUUACGUUCAUUACUCGUGUGUCUCUCAAACGCAUUAUUCCAUAUAAUUUUUUUUUUCCUUGAGUACUUAAUGACCAUCGGAAUAACAAAGCGUAUACACGUAUAGUUUAUACUUUGUUGAACGAUUUGUUUUGUUUUUUUUUUGAAAGUUUAAACGUUUAUUUAUAAGAUUUUUGUUUGUUUCAUUCGCCACACAUAUAAUAUAAUACAAUAUAACGAUCAUUAUCCAUAUAAUAUUAAACUAUAUAGAGAUAAAUUAUUGUUGAAUAAUGGUAUUAUUAUUAUUUUAAAUUUUUUUAAAGGGGUCUGAACAAUUUUUUGUAAUAUUAUAAUUAUGCGUUUUGUAGGGGUCGUAUUUUUUAAGUUUAAUGUUUAUACACUUCACCUUCCACCCGCCGCGCACCCCCGCCAUCAUAAGGAAUAUAGGUGUAACAUUUAAGCUGACCGGAAUAAGCGCAAAGGGUCAUUAGGGAAACAUUUUUUUUCUUUUUAAAAUGUUAUUAUUGUUUAUCAUCUUUAGUUAUCGUUGGAUGGCAUUUUCAUAUAUAUAUAUAUAUAUUUAUAUAUAUAUAAUAAUAAAAAAAAUUAUUAUUUUUUUUUGAAAUGAAUACUAUUUAUAAAUAUAGAUGUUUCUAUAAUAUAUUAUAAUAAAAACUAUAUUAUAUUAUUUUGCUUUUCUAUAUAAUAUUUUUUAAAAAAAAAGUGUUUAAAUAAAUACGUUUUCGUAUGACAUUUCAUUGCUAUAUUGUAAAUAAUAUUACUAAACGACAUUUCAUUUAUUAUUAUUAUUAUUCGAAUAAAAUAUCGAGUAGCCCCGUAAAAAAAAAAAAAAAAAAAAAUAAUUAAAUACCUAUAUAAAUUAACGUUACCAUAUAUUAUAUAAUAUUAAUAUUGUGUAUUAUGCGUAAGAAUACGUACAUAUAUAAAAUAUAUAUAUUAAAACAUUCAUCCGAAUAUAUCCUAUGUAUUAUAUUAGAGUGAGUGAACCCGUCGCGAUCCAUAAAGUGUAAUAAUAUUCCGAUAAUAUUCGCGAGUUUUCUCGUCGUUUGUCGUCGCAACGCGUUGUCUAUAAGACUGAGUCAAAUAUUAUAAACGAUAAUAAAUAAAAUACCGACUAAAUAAUAAACAAAAAGCGCGAAAAAAACAAAAAAAAAAAACAAAAACAAAAAUACAAACCUUUUAAUAUUAUUAAGUUGUUUUACGCCGUGUUGUACGCGCGCUGCAGCUUUGUCCGUACGUUUUUCGCGUAUUUUCGCUAUCCUCCCGCCGCCGUCGGAAUGCCGAAACCGGCCGAUAACAAUAAUAUUAAGCGUAACCGGGUUGUUUUUUUUUUCUUCUUUUGAAACGGUGUACAAAUCGUUCGCUCGCAUUUACCCGUUUUCCACGGCCGCUGUACCGUUUUGCGCACGCACAUUGUCAGGUGUGAACGCGCAGUGCGUCCUUAUUAUGCGCAUAUAAAAUCCCCGCGCACGAACAAAGUCUCAGUGGACAAUACAGGACCGAUUACCCUCCGUCAGCCCACCGGCAACGCGAUAUUGCAAUAUUAUAUUAUUGUAUAAUUUAGAUAUUCAGGAUACCGAGCAGAAAGGUCUUGUCGAUAUUUUUCCGAGUCCGCCCGGUUCUCACUGUUUUGGCAUGGCGGCCGGCGCUUCGAUACAAAAUCACCGUGCAAACCGACCAAAACCAGUUUAAAGUUUGGACUGAAGGAGCAGGGCGUGUAAUAAAUUGCGUAUCUAUUCCGUCACGGCCCGAGACUAUUUUCUAUAACAAUACAAUUGACGUUGUUUGUAAAGGGUACACACUAGUUGUUGUCUGUCAGUGACGUUGCCAAAAGCGACAAGGUUCGGGGUUCACCCAUCAUAGGCACGUUCGGUAUCCCGUGUAUCUUAUUAAUUCGUGAUACGCGUUAUACGAAUUCAUAAUCUCGUGGAUGAAAUACUCCUGUAUUUUUAUUAUGCCACGAAAUGUAUUAUGGUUAGUCGUUUCGAGCCGAUAUACAGAUAGGCGCGAUAUAAUUUAAAUCGUAUUUCGAUAAGUAACGGUAAUUUCAUUAUGUUAACAAACAUAUUAAAUAAUUUCUUCCACGGCCGUCACCACGUCUUUCUCGGGCCGUCCGUUUAUGCGUCGCUAUACGUUUAAAUGUACAGCGUUCGCCUGUCUAUAACGCGUUUCGGGAAUAAAAUUAGAUAAUUCAACAUCUCCGUUUCGGUAUAAUCGUUUAGCAGCAAAGUUAGACAACAACUAUACGUAUAUCAAUAAUAGCUGAGUACCUUUAUUCUAUAUGCCUUUUAUAUUGUAUGCGUGUUGUCGUCGAGAAAUACUCGACAUUUUUUUCUGUGCACGAAACUGGUCGUCGAAUUACUGCGUGAUGAAGGUAAAAAGAAGAAAAAAAAAAAAAAAAAUGAAGAAAUUCGUAAAUGUGCGCAAACCGAGUUACACCGUUUCGGAACGGGGUAGUAUAUUAAUUCGCGAGCAGUCGGGUAUGCGUUUCUCCGGCAAUCGAUGGAUUAACGGAUGGGGGGGGGGCGGUGUGUGUGGAGGAAAGAGGGUGGAACGGAGGACAGCGGUACCCCCGUCAAUCAAUCAAUCACAUUCGUACAAUAUAUUAUACGCUAAAACGCGAAUAUGAAUACGUGUAUGUACUUAACGUCGUAUUUACACGUCAUCAUUAUCAUAUUAUUAUUAUUAUUAUUAUUAGUAUGUAGUUUGUGUAUUUGUCAUGAUAAUAAUAUUUUUCGUCUCGUUAUAAAAUAUACGUUACACGCGAAAAAGGAAUGAGAUAGUUCGGCUUAACGGUGACAAAAAAAAAAAAAAUCAUUAUUUUUUACAAAUAAUUUGCUCAAUAAAUCCCAACAAAUCGCAUACUUACACGUUGAUACGAUAUUGUAACAUUAGAGACGAUCGCGGCAGAGGUUAUAGUCCGUUUACCCGUAGAUUUAAAACCGGUACAACGCAUACAACUGGUACCGGACAGUCGACCGUGCGCGCGCGAUAAGUCCGCAGCGGCCGUAAACCGCGUAAACCGAAACGCGUCAAUUCGCGUCGAUCAAACCCCCCCCCCCCCCCCCGGGUGCAAUUUCAGUUAUCACGACAUUACGGGACAAUGCGAAUGCUACGUUUGGAUAUUUGUAUCCAAACAGAAAUACCGUAUUACACUACAAUCGGUUCGCCGACCGCGCGCGUAUUUCGGGUGAUCGUCAGCGUCGCGAGGUCCGCCGGUCCCGCGUUUCCGCCGGGACCGUCGGUGCCGUCUGGCCGCUUAACAUUAAAAUAUAUUCGAAAACGAACGCCGUGGCGCUAUCGACGAUUUUUAUCGUAACGCCGCGCGCGCACGGACCGCGGUCCGGAGAUGGCGUUGGUAGUCCGCGCGAGGACACUCGGCCGUUUCGCCGUCGCAACGCGGGCGAACGACGCGGAAGGUGUCGGCCGUGCGCCCACGAUGAAUGGCGAGCGCGCCGUCAGCGGGCAUGUCCGUGUACGUUCGCGCGACCCGUUUCGAAUGUCUGUCGCAUGACCGCGUAAUCCGCGGCGUAGACUGGUACGAAAUCCGCGGAGUAAAAUAAUCAAAUUUUUUCCGUUUCGGCCCGUUUGACGACCGAGCUUCGAACGUACACACUGCAGAGUCGGCGGCUAUCUAGUUGUUUCGCGUGACAUUAUUGUCUGCGGAUUUGCAAUUAGUAUUUUUACUCGACAAUUAUUAUUGUAAUUUUUUAAUAUAACGGUCGGUUUUAUUUUCGGGUCGCAUUGUGCGUUUUUUUUUUUUUUUUUAAUAAUUAUUAUAUUUAUAGGACGGUAUAAUAUAUUGUGCGAUUUCAUUUCAGCAAAUUUCGCGCGCGUAAAAUAAUAGGUAUCUAUCUAAAAAUAAUAACUACUUUUUUUUCCGUGUUAUCAAGUUUCCGGUUUCGGCGACUAGCGAUUUUAAACCGUUUUUCCAUCUAAAAACGUAUCUAAAUUGUAAUGUCAUAAUAGUCUAUAGGCGUAAUGUAAUAUAAUCCGUCCUGAAAAUACUGUAAACACGAUAACAACAAUAAUACUAUUUUAAAUCGAUUAAUUGUAUUGAUGAACUCAAAAAUAUUUGUUACUGUCCAAAAUUUACACAAAAAAAAAAAAAAUAUAUGAAUUAAAGUACCCAAUCUCAGUACGAUCGAUAUAUGGUAAUACCGCCACGUUACGUACAGAAAUUCCGUCUGAAUCUCAUCGAAUCUCAAUACAUCACGCACAAAAGUACCGUCACCAUUAAUAUUAUUUUAUUAGGUUUUCGUGUAUAAUUUUUUUCCAUAGGUGUAAUUUAUUCGAUAAGAAUUUUAAAAUACAACUUCAGCAUAUGUGACUUCACUGCAGGGACGGAUAAAAAAGAGCGAUUAAUCUCUCCGAUUACUCUAUGCUCAGUAUUCGUCUUUCCUUUUUUUUUUUUUUCAAUCCACCCCUAUUGCGAACAAUUAAAAGUCAAAUCCUCCACCCUUAAACGAUCUAUACCUGCGCCCAUGCUGCGCGCAUUAAUAAGGCGGUAGUCGUAUCGUAACUAACGUAAUAUAACUAUCGGUUGUAUUUAUUUAUUAUUACACAUUUUCCAAGACUUAAUUUUAACGGUAAAUCGUGGGGAUUUUAAUCAAAUAGUGUGUAAUAAAAUUAAAACGCAGGCAAAAUAAGUACUCGAGUACGUAUACCGGUUGUACGUGACCGUACAUAAUAUAAUAUAGGGAUUGUUUUUUUCCCCUACACAAAUCGUCUAUGCAAUAAUAACAGGAUGGUGUUUCGAAAAUUACAUUUUAAAAAUAACAAAUUAUUUUUUCGAGGGCUUUUUAUUAGCGUGUAUUAAUAUCAUAACAUUUGUGUUUAUACUUGCGUAUAGUAUAAUAGUGCGGAACUCCACGUGUAGAUGAAUACGUUCUAACGUUCAAAAUAACAUUACGAUGUACUUAGUGAAUGAAAAUAACAAAUCGGUAUAGUUUGUGUUUUUUUUUUUUUUUUAUUUGUUUUUCUUAACGCAGUGUUUCGGCAAUCAAUAACGGAAAGAAAAAAAAAAAACCCCAAAAAAAUUAAUUUACUGUUAAAUGAACAUAUCAUGCCUUAUAGAUAAAUAUUAAUUACAUAAUUUAUUAUUAUUACCCAUAUUAGAAUAUAUAUAUAUUGUACGUAUACACAUGACGAUGAUGAUGCACAUGAAUAUUGCAUGUUGUACUUAUAAACUAUUUUUCACAGACUCUGUGAUUUUUUUUUUUUUUUUUGUUCAUUAUUUUUAUUAUUAUUACUAUUUAUCAUUUUUAAUAUAUAUAUUAUUAUGUAUUUAUGUAUCAUUCCAUAACUCAUUUUCACGCGUUUCAAACAAAGAAAAUGUGAUAUUUAAAUUUAAUACCGUAAUAAACCGUAUAAUUUUAUUAUUGUAUACAAAAUUGUAAUAAUCCUAAACGAUGAAAAAAAAAAAAAAAAAUAAUGAUAAUAAUAAUACAUGUAUAGGCGAGUAGGUAGCUGCUGAAUAAUUUCCAAGCUAAAAACACUCUUCUAUAUUAUAUUUAUACGUAAAAAAAAAAAAAAAAAAAUCCAUUACGAUCUUUUAAUCAGUAUAUAAUAUUAUUUAAGGUGUAAACUGUAUCAUUGUUUUAUGUUUAUUAAGUUUUUAUUAAAGGGAAAAAUAUAUUAUAUAUUAUGUCCGGCAUUAUUUAUUAACGGAAUUGGUACGGAAAUAAUAAUAAAAAAAAUACGCAUUGUGUUGUUGUGGU